AUUGACGUUCCACAAGUCCUGAAGUUUAUUCAUCGUCAUUUAUGAUAUGUCUUCAAUCAAAUUGGGUCUGUGAGUGUAAUCAUUUACCUCUAUAAUCCCCAUUAUAUUACGUUACUACUCUAUGUCCGUCUCUAUUAUUUUUGUGUUGUAGAUUGUCUUUUGGGAGUAUACUAAUAUUGUUUUGAGGACAUAUGAGGAGUCCUUUCAUCUACUACACUACUAAAUAAGGGUAUUUUUUGUGUAUUUUCACCUAUUACCCACUAGGUGUGUUUUCUGCCUACACACUGAUGUAUUUGUAUCUAUUGUAUAUAUUACCUAAAUCUAUCCCUUGAGGACACCCCCAUUUUCUCCCGGUAGGUCUACUUUAACACCAGGAGCCAACAUCACUGCUGUAGUCUCAAGCAUACGCGAGAGAACAGCAUUUUUCUCUAUGGAGGAUCCCGCUAGAUCCCAAACUGUGUGCUGCAGCGCCCUGGGACGUGCACACGGGGUGCCACGGAAUGUUUCCCCGGUGCUAAGAUUAUAGCUCUGGGGAAACAUUACUGCUGAACAGGGGCCCGGUCGAGUGCCGCGGUCCUUUAAGACUAUGACCGGACUCCUGUAAUGUCGGCUGGCUGGGAGACAGAGCAGGAGGGAGAGGAGGCAGCCGCAACGUAAGGGGAGAGGAGCAUGAAGAGCUCUGGACCCCUCACUCCCACAGCAGCAGGACUCCAAGCUACCCUCCUGGCACAUAAGGUAAGCUGAAAGGAGGGUGGCUGGAGAUAUAUAAAAAAAUAAUAAUUACUUGUAUGUGUGUAUGAGUUUGAAUGUGUGUGGGUUUGUAUGUGUGUGAGUUUAAGUGUGAGUGAGUAGGAGUGUAUGUGUGUGCCAGGGUGUGCAUCUCUGUGUGUGUGUGUAUAUAUAUAUAUAUAUAUAUAUAUAUAUAUAUAUAUAUGUGCUUCUGUGUAUGUGCAUCUGUGUGUCAGGGUGUGUGUUUUUAUGUCAGUGUGUGUAUCUGUGUCAUGGUGUGGGUAUCAAUGUUUGUGUGUGUCAGGAUGCAUGUGUGUAUAGUUCGGUGUCUAUAUGAAUUUGUGUGUAGGUAUCGGUGUAUUUAUAUGCAUCUGUGUGUUAAUGUGCAUGAAUAGCUGUGUAAGUAUGUAUGUGGUAGUGUAUGCAUCCAAGCAAACACCAGCACAACAUACAAGCACACUCCUGCAAUCUAACUCUUAUAUUACAUACACACAGCCAUGCAUUCAAACUAAAAUAAAAUAUACAAACAGUCCCCUUCACUCAAAGACAAAUACAUCACACAAAUGUCUGCAUCCGCAUUUAAAAGUGAACAUUACAUUUAGACACACCCCUGCAAUCAAACGCAAAUAUUACAUACAAACACACCCCUGUAUUAAAACACAAUAACUAUAUACAAGCACCCCUUCAAACACCAACACUGUACAUUACACUAUAGUGCCAAUAAAUGCUGCAGUGCUGUACAGAUACGCAACCUAGAAAUUUUGACUUGGGGAGCUUUGGAAAAAUACUGAAAUAUUAAGGGCGCCUUGAACCUAAAAAGUUUGGGAACCACUAUGCUAGACCGUUCAUAGACAGCGUAGUGGUUGUAGUGUCUCAGUAUAUCUUUUAACUGCGUUCAUAAUGAGUAUUUCAAAUACUCAUUUUUUGAGGGGCUAGUGAGGGGACAAUCCUGCUUUAAUAAAACACAUUUCUUCAAUACCUAUGUUAUGUUAAAACACAGAGAAGGCAUGAACCUUUAAAGUAUCACUAUAGUGUCAGGAAAACAAACCUGAGACUAUGUAAUCCUUGGGGGACCCUCACGGUCCCCCUUCCGUGGCGCCAAAGGGGUUAAAACCCCUUCAGCAGCUUACCUUAAUCCAGUGCAGGGCUCCCUCGGCGCUGGUGACCUCUCCUCCCCCGCCGACUCCUGAGUGGAGUGGAAUGCGCAGCAAGAGCCGCGUGUGCAUUCUAACAGUCCAUAGGGAAGCAUUUCUUAAUGUUGCAUGCAAAUUUGGUAUCCAACAUCACAAAAGUGCCUCUGAAACUGCUAUGUUUACAUGUGAAGGGUUAAAACCUGAGGGACCUGGCACCCAGACCACUUAAUUGAGCUGAAGUGGUCUGGGUGACUAUAGUGUCCCUUUAAAAAUGUGGCUGCUAGAAAAAAAAAGGGGGUAAUACUCUGCACCCAAGGCAAACUGUGUUUUACUGGCAUCAUUGCAGAGGAUUGUAUAUCUUACCAAUAACAUACCCCUAUAUUACAUUGCAUUAUUUUUAUGUCUAUUCAGGGUAAGAUUUUCUAAAAUCCGUAAAAUGCGCAUUGGUGCUAAGACUGCCGUUCCCUAGAGAGGAUGCUUGUUGCAUUUCGUGACUGAAACGCAUUAACUAAGCAGCGCUGUUUCACAAUCCUUUAAAUAAAUUCAGCCCUCUCCCAACCCAUCCAUUAUUUACAGCCUUCCAUGUUGGAGGGGGAAGAACUAGGGAGUAAAGAACACUAAGGCGUUUCACGUUCCACUGUCGCCAUGGAAACUAAAACCCACCUCCUCCUUGCUCUACCCAGGCGGCGGUUUCCGAUUGGCUAACAUCGAGCUCCUAUCACUCCUGUCCUUUUCCACCGAGGGGACCGAGAUGGUGAUUCCACAAACCACGCCCACCACCACUUUCCGAUUGUCAAUCAAACGACGUCAGCUUGUGCUCUGCAGGUGCAGGGAGAGAGCUGCUGCAUUGGUGCAAUAAGAGCUGAAGAAAACACAGAGAGGUAAGACAUUCAGUCCAUCUAUUUACCUCUCUGCCAGGCAGCCUGUCAUUUACCCCAAUACAAUGUAUUUGUACCAGAAACCAGCCUUGACCUGUUUAUAUAUUAAUCUAUGUAUGGCUCCAUCUGCAUUAACUGGAAUGGUCUAACCUUCAUUUGUCUGAAAAGAUGCUGGCUGCUGCAUUCUGUGUCUGACAAUCAGCAUUUACUAUCCAGCUAUUAAAGCUUUUUUUAUUUGCUGAAAUAUGGUUUUAUACACAGGCUUAGUAAUAACGAAGCCCCCCGCCCCCUCCCCCUCUAUAUUUACUCUGGUUUUUUUUUAUUAUUAUUGUUUUUUGCUGUGAUGAAGGAUGAUGGGGGAGGGAAAGAAAAUGUUGAUUCAUUGAUCAGUAUCCAUAUAAACCAGUUGUUGUUGUUUUUUUUUUUUUUUCCUGCAAACCAUCUGUGUGACCCUCACUCAGUAAUAUAUACGGCACGGUCACCGCAAGAUGUAAAAAAAAACAAAAAAAACCCCAAGGAAUAAAAAUGCUAUUUACCUAUAGAUGAGAUGUAUGCCUUCAUCAUUUUACAUUUUGUCUUUAAGUAUAGAUGGUGGUAACGUGUGUGUGUGUGUGUGUGUGUGUGUGUGUGUGUGUGUGUGUGUCGUUUUGAAUUGUUUCAGUAAAAUAUUUAACUGGUUAGAUUAAAGCAGAAUUCGUACAAUAAAUACCCUGAAGAAUUGCACUAAUCAACCCAGGGUAUAUCUAGGUUUUAGUGGGAGACUGCCUCUCAUAGCAGCAAAUGGGGAGCUGUGAGAAAUGUGUCCCUUGUCUGUUAUCAACCUUUCUUUGUGAUUCCCCUAAGAAUGUAUGGUAUCAAAUAUACUUCGAUCUAUUUUUAAACAUAGGUGUUAAAAUAAGGAAACUGAAUUAUUGAUGCUGUUAAAUGAAUAGACUAUGCAUUUUUUUUUUCUUGUUUAUUUUACGUAUUGGUUGCAUAGCUACAUUUUAUCUUGUUUGCUGAAUUGCCAUUUUAAAGGAACAUGUUACAUUUGUUUUGUCGUUGAAGGCAUCUCAUGUGUAUCAGGGCUAUUUCCAGCUGUCAGGGCCCACACAUAAAAAUACUUGUAGUCUGUGGUGUUUUUUUUUUUUUUUUUUUUUUUUUCACUGCAGUAAUUGUUUGCAUUUGGAGCAUUUUAUAAUUUUUACAUUUUUCAAAAACAUUUUUUUUCUGUUGAGUUUCAAUGUAAAAUGCUGACAUGGAUGGAUAUUAAUCAGAAUUAUGGAUGUCUGUUUGUAUUAAAAAUAAACCAUUUCUGUGGUUUUUAUAUUCGUGGUGAUGGAGAAGAAGUGCUUAAAACCCUUACAUUUAUUUAUUUAUUUUUUGUAAUUUGAAUUUUUUUCAUUAUAUCCUUGUGAAUUCUAAUUGUAUGGUGUCGAGAAUUUAUGAGUUGCAGUAAAGAUGUCUUCCUGUUUCGUAUCAUUAACCAAUACUCUUUGGUAUUCUGUGCUUGAGGUGGAUUCCAUGAUAAGCUUUGCUAUUUAUGUAAGUUACACUAUGAAUAUCCAAUUGGCAGCACUUCAUACAAUUUAGAUAUAUAAAUAUCACGGGUUCAUUUAUGCCCCAGAUAUGACCUUGCUGCACAUUCUUGUAUAUAUGAGAUUUUCAUUCAUCUUUUGAAUCAAAUUAAUUUUAAAAUCCACUUGACCUUUCCCUGCCAUAGAAUUUAUUCUUACAUGCUGCCUUUUAGCAUUUAAGGUUUAAUACAGAAAUCUAGAGUGAAAGUGGGGUUUCUGAGCUAUGAAUACUAAAUUGGUUUAUGAAACUGUUAAUUAUCAUUAUUUUUAUACAAAAUUCACAAUUUUAAAGCAGUUCUUUUUUGCGAUGCAGGUUAUAUAUAUUUUCUUUAAAUUUAGUUUAAUGGAUUAAGUUGCCUUAAUGUUAGAUGACUUUAGGGGUUCCCAGAACACAGACAAAAUAAAUAAAAGCGAACACGUUAAUCUGCUUUCAAAGAAAAUGCUGCUGUAUUAAAAAAAUGGAUUUGACAUCUUUCGUCCUUUCAUGCAAAUAUCUCUCCAGUACAACCAGUCUCUCCUUCCAUUGUAUAGCACAAUGUACAUGUUUUCAAUUCUGUCUAAGCAAGGUUUCUGAAUUGUAUUUGAAUAUAUUGUGACUAUUUUGACAAUAAUAAAUAUAUAUAUAUAUAUAUAUAUAUAUAUAUAUAUCUGCCCGUUAUCUCAGUGGUAAUUAAUCAUAUAUCUCUUUAUGGUGUCCCUUCUACUAUGCACGUAUACAAUCUUUAAAUUUCACUCUCCCCUUGUCCUUCUUUGUGAUGUCACGCCAGUUGGCUUGAUAUCACACUGUGUCUGCCUAAUAUAUGCUUUAAAAUCCCAUGUGAUUGCGCAAUACACCUGCUGUUCCACUGCAAAUUCAUGACCAUCUUUGCAAAACAUGUCUUUAGCAUGUUAUGGUAUGCAUUCAUUAUCAGGACCACCGUCAUACCUCAGAUGAUCAAUAUCUCUUCAAUUCUUCUUCUUGCUUCCCAUCCCUGGUGCGGCGAGCGAGACAUAAUCUAUUUAUUUCCCUUUUUUUUUCUGAACACAAAAUUGUGAUCUCUGCAAUUUGCAUUUUUUUGUAGAUGAACACCCCAAUACCCUAUAGCUCCCAGUCAGUUUUUAAAAAGUAAUUACCACUCCUCCACCACUCAAAAUUCAUUAUUUUUCCCAACGCACCCUGCUGCCUAUGUUGCUUCUGCUAAUUAGUCUCUGUUACAGCCUUGCAGCACAGGGUUAAAUAUGCGUAUUGCUUGCUGAUCUACAAAUUCUCAUCAUGUUUUAUUUCAUUCUAGAUAAACAAUAUAGUUAUUAAGAUUAACCUUUAUUAUAAUUUCUAAAAGAUAGAAGAGACACAAUAUGAGGACUGCCGAUUGGCCAGUCACAAAGUGGUCCAUCUUAUUACACAAGACUCAAUUCUUCAGGGAAAGCAUAUAAUUAGAUUCUGCAGAAUAUUGAAUGUACUUCUCCUUUUGGUCCUUGGCCAGAAUUUUCAUGUUGAAUGUGAUUAACAUAUCCUUCUCUUGCUUGCUUUUCUACUUUCUUCCUUGCUCCAUCUCUAAGCAUUGAGGUAACUUAUUCACUGCCAUCUACAUUUUGCAAGUCAAUUUAUGUGUUUUUUUUUUGUUUUUUUAUCCGUACCAUCAGUGCUUUUUUUUUUUUUUACUACAAUGGUGGGUUGAGUGUUUCUUUUUUGUUAUUAAUUUUGACUGGAUUCCCUCUUGCACCAUUUUUACACUUUAAUACACUGUCCUUAUAUAGGAGACAUCCAGACAUGAUAUGUAAGAUGCAUAAAAUGGUGGUAGUGGUCCGAUGACUUCAAGCUCCUCUUUAGCAGGUCACCAUCUUUUUCUUCUUCACCUAGAAGACAUUAAUUUAAUUUGUGUUUCUGUUAGCCAAAUUAUGGUAUUUGAGAAGAUGAGGAAUUGGGGUACUAUUAAUAAUUUUCAUGGAGCCAACAAACAUCUUUUAACUGUUUAUAGUGCUGGAGGAAUGAGCAAUGUAUUGCUCUAUUGCCCAAAGGUUUGAAUCAAAUUGUGCCAUUAAUUCUAUUGACGAACGUUACUGAAUUUUAAUAUUGUAAAAGGCGAAGCAGUGACUCCAUGCAUGCUAAUAGCUGGCACGUUUCUACCUCUUGACCUUUCUUCUCUUGCCAGUGAAAUAUAAUUUGUCUCCCUAAAGAUCCUCCUUAGGCUGCAAUUACCCACUGAAGCAUUAUUCUGCUGAAUUGUCUUUGGUGUGUGUCAAAAAUAGAAAUGUUGCGGUUGCCACAUCCCAAACGCUAGAUUAUCCAUUCUUUUUCUUUCUCCCAGUAAAGCAACUGGAUGUGUGCUUGUCAACAUUACAAUUAUUUCACAUAACUGUGUUAGAAGGUAAGAUUUCAUGAUGCACAGGGACAUUUUUUUUCCUUUAUAAUGACAACAGCCAGUAGAGAGCAUAGUAAAUGCUCGAGAUCUAAUAUUCUAUCCAAUAAUAGUGUUCCAUUUAGUCCUACUAAUGUAUUUCAUUUGCAAAGAAGAGGUUAUUAAGCCUUAGCCGGGUUAAAGAUCAUCUUCUUUAGUGUUAUUAUUGGGCCAAAGAAUUUGCAUGCUUUCAAACGCCACAAUUAGUUUUUCAGACCCUUUCCUCUGUUUUGGGGAGAUGUAGAAGAAGAAUUGAUGUCAUGUAUUUCCUCAUUUUUAUUUUGUGGUGGUAGACCUCCUGGUUUAACCCCUUGCCUCCCAAACAUAUUCUGUUUUUUUUUCGUUUUUGCCAAGACUCCAUUUUGUCUCUGCAUUUCUGCAAAGGGACUGUAAAUAAUCAACAUCUUCAUCUAUUCUCCACACUGUUCAGUAUUUUCUAAAAAAAAAUCUUUAUUUUUGCGUUUUGAAAGACAAUACAGUUGGUCGGUGGAUGUGUACCGAGUAAAGCAUUUGUUAAAAAAUUGGAUAAACAAACAGGGAGGGUUUGUAAUAAUGUGACCGCAUAACAUAAUGUAACAGUAUAGAAUACAAUACAGUUGCUUAGUCAUUUCGAGGUAAGAGUGCAAUCAAUCCUUGUAUUAUGUCGGUUUUGGUUCUAAUGAAAGUGUAUAACUUUAUUACAGGACUGUGCAGCUUGGUUUGUUUAAUAUAUUGUAGAACAAUUAAGCUGGGUUAGGUAUAACUAGGGUUGAUGGUCUUUGUGUAUUUGCCUUGUCCACUUGAGGACGGUUUUGUGCUUGCUUCCGUUCAUCUGGUAUCUGGUAUUUCUGUGCUGGGCUCCAUUUUGGGUGUGACGACUGGCCAUGUAUUCUGUGCUGUUAGUGUAUUUUCGUUCUGGUGUUGUCUGUGGAUAUUUGGUUGAUUAUGAGGAGGGUGGGAAGGGUCCUUGGGGGUCAUGCCAUGAUGCGAUGAGGAUGUUGCCUUGGAGAUCCCCAUGAUGCCCUUGUUUCUGGGUGCUGUCAUGGCGUUAGUGACUUGUCUAUAGUAGUGUUUAGUUAAGUGGAGUACUUUUACCUUGGGGUUUGGGGGGGUCUGGGUGGGAAGUGUGUGGAGUCGAGGGGUGGCAAAAUGUGUGGGCGAUCCAUUAGUCAUUGUUGGUAACCUCGGUAGGUAUCGCUGGUUUGUUUUUUAGGGUAGUAGCGUGAGUAGCCGAUGCCAUGACCCCAGCCGGACCCCGGCAACUAAGUUGGAAUGGGGAACUCAAACAGCCAUGGGUUCCAAAUUUUGUCACAGUGUUUGGUCGUGUCAUGGAGUAGGGCUGUCAGGCAAUCCAUUUUACUACUGUCGUCUAUUUUCUUUUUUACGUCUCCUAUACUCAGGACUGUCGCCAACCCCCCAGUGUGAUGCUAUGGCUCUUCUGGUGGCCAACAACAUUUUGGCUAUUAGUUUGUUUUGUGCUUGGGGCGUGUCUUUCAGAGGUUUGGAUAAUAGCCACGUCAAGGGGUCCUUAACUAUGGUUGUGUGUAAGAUUUUGGAAGCAAGGUUUGCUAUUUCCGUUCACAAUUGAGCUAAUUGAUGGCAUUCCCACCACAGGUGGUAAUAUGUUUCUUUUUUGGCCGCAACCCUUCCAGCAAAGGUCAGUUGUAGAUAUUCCCAUCUGUUUAAAUUUUAGGGGUGUGUGGUACCACCGCAUAAAUGUUUUAUAAGCCUGCUCAUAAUGGGUGAUGCAGACUGUGACAGUUGCUGUGGCUUCCCAAAUAUCCCUGCAGUCUGUAGGGUCCUCUGGGGGUCCCAGAUCCCUCUACCAAGACAUGACAUAUGACAGUGGUGUGUCCGGGGCUGUCCGGACCAAGAGGGAGUAGAUCAAUGAGAUCUGUCAUCUUUGUACCUGAUUUUGAAUGCAUACUUUUUUGAAUGUCAUGGGGGCGGUUUGUUCUGCUGUUUUGUAGGUGGUGGUGUCCAGGAAGUUUCUGAUUUGUAUGUAACAAAAGUAAUCGUGGGUAGUAAGUGGUGUGUUAUGUGACAGGUCUGUGAAUAGGAUGAGUUAGUGGUUUCAGUAGAACCGGUAUAUUCGUGUUGGGUCAUUGUCUUCAUAAUGGGUAAAAUUGCACAUGUUCAUUCCCGAUUCGAAGUGUGCAUUUUGCAGAAUUGGGGUUAGUGGGGACGGGUUUGUUGUGCGAGUUUGUCCUAUAUUUUGAUAGAGGUUGUCUGAGGGGGUGUGGGCCUUGCUUGUUUUGGGAGCCAGAUGUAUAGGGAGGGGAAGUCCCUGCCGAACAGGUCGUGCUCCAGGUCCACCUAUCUCUUGAGCCUGGCUGGUUCGUGCAGGGUUUUUACCUCUGUACCGGUAGUGCCUCUGUUUUGUCUAGAUUCAGUCGGUAGCCUGAGACUGUGGAGUAUUGUGCUAGUGCGCUAAGUAAUGGUGGUAGUGAGUGCUUUGGGUCCGUAAGGGUGAGGAGUAAGUUGUCUGCAUAGCCUGCCACCUUUUCAUUGGAUACAGCGGUUCAAGGGAUGUUUUUAAAGUACUACUAUAGUGUCAGAAGCACAAACAUGUAUUCCUGACACUACAAUGUUAAAAUAUCUAUUUUUAGUUGUCCAGCCACCCCCUCUGUGCGGUAAAAAGGUUAAGCUCGCUUUUUUCCCACCCGCUUUGCCGGUCUCACCAUGGCUCGACCUACCUGGUUUUGCUUCCAUUGCUGAGAUGAACCUGAUGAUCUCAGCCAAUCCAAUGCUUUUUCAUAGUAAAGUAUUGGGAGGCUAUUUUGCAUGCACAGCAAAGAGCUGCACUGUUCCAACCACCAUCUCCUCAUAGAGAUGCAUUGAUUCAAUGCAUCUCUAUGGGGAAUGUUCAGUGCCUCCAUGGACUAGAAAGUACCUCUAGUGGACGUCUGGUUGACUGCCACUAGAAGUGUUCCUAGGCAGCAAUGUAAACACUUUCUUUACAAGAUUUUUACGAAAACUUUCUUUAUAGGAAAAUUAAAGUGAUGUGGGAAAAGCCUUCAAAUAACAUCCAAUUGUGACUAUAGCGACACUAUAGUCACCAGAACUACUACAGCUUAAUGUAGUGAUUUUGGUGACUACAGCCUGUCUUUGCAGGCUUUUUAAUGUAAACACACCCAUAUUUGCUCCGUUUUGUUUUAGGGGAAUAUUUGAGUUUUUCUCCCCAAGUGGUGGUGGAGGUUUUUAAAGGAACCUUAACACAAGUUAUUCUCUUCAGUGAUUCCUUAGAGUUGGGGGUCUAUAAACUAAUGACUAGCUUGGCCGUUUGUUGGAGGGGAAGCUGCCGACAUCUCAGUUACAGGACUGUUAGGUUGGGCACCUGGCAGCGGCUGAUGUCUGACCAGACAGUCUAUUAUUAGCUCCAUUAGCUGCUUUCCCACUAAUGCAGUGUGGCCACCACCAUCCUGGUAAUCUUUUCGUUAAUAGGACAGCCUAAAAAACAAUAGGUUACCCAUUUAGACUUAAAGAGUGGAGAUUUCACCUUACAGCAGAAGAAUGGGUACUUUACUGUAAGAAUAAUAUAAAAGUGGAAUUCUCUGCCUAAAGUGGUUUUAUCAGAUUCUCUAAAGGUUUCCGAACAAUAUCUAGGUGCUUCUUUGGAAAUCCAGAAUAUUCGAGGGUAAAAUAGUUAAUAUGUGGGGUAAUGCUUGUUGAUGCAAGGAGAAAUCUGGCAGCAUUUUUGUAGUCAAGAAUUAAGUUUUCCUCAGCGUGUGUUCAAAUUUAAUGUGAAAGGCUGAACUUGGUGGACUUAGGCACCUUGUCAGCUUAAAUUAAUAUAUACCUAUGUGAAAAGGGUUAAUAAACAGCCAUCUUUUCAUUUGCUUACAUUUGCUUUGGAAGAGUCUUGUUCAAAUUUGUGACUGAAACCACCUCCUUCACAAUAAAAAAUAGUAAUUAGUUAUGAUUAAGAUUUCAAAGCAGUUUUUUUUUUUUUUUUCGUCAUCCUCUUUUUAAAAUUCUUUUUGGCAGACCUGUGUACCUAAAAAGGACAAUUUGACUCUUAAGUGUCAUGUAGGGAUGGGUUUACCAUCUGUUUUAACUUAUCGAGCCGUGCAUAUUCUCCACUUGGUAGAUUGGCACAUCCCCACUCUUAACGUGCAAAGAAUCUCUCUUAAAUUGGAAUAAACUGAGGGAUUUCUCCCAGCCCAACCUAGGUUGGAUCCCAGGCACGCACCUUACUUACAGACUCUCCCCAUGAUAGGGGCCACUCUUUCAAUUUGGCACUCAGUAAAGACAUGUUCAUCCCAGGUCCCAUGGUUUUGUUGACGUAUAACCCUAAUAUUUCUUGUAUUCAGCGUCCCUACGCUUUCUUAAGAAGAAGACGUGUUUGUGUGUGUUUGUAAAAAUACAUGUUUCGCCUGCCGGGCUUUUGGAACAAUUCCGAUUUGGUCAACAUACUAUUACAGGACUUUGGAUGAGUCCGAGCUAGAGGCUUACUGUUUUUGAAUGGACAAUUCCUGGUAAGGGGCAUGUCUAUGUUAACUGUUGCACACAUUUAUCACCAUAGCCCCCUUACAUUUGUUUCUAGCUGAAAAGCAGAGCUUUUGCAGUGGUACCGGUUUCCUUCGCUUCUUCAGAGUAUUCCCGAUGAGAUACCGGAUACAUGUUGGUGGUGUCAUAGUGAGGUUGGCACAGGGGCGUACCUAGAGCAAAGAACCUGUAAAAAAAUUUUCUUUUUUCUUUUACAAUUUGUAAACUUUGCAAAAACGCUGUCAACCCCUCCUACAAAACCCGUUUCCUGCCCCGCCCCCUCCUACAAAACCCCUGUCCCGCCCCUUCUACAAAUCCUUUACUGCCCCGUCUACAAAUCCUGUACUGCCCCCCGUCUACAAAUCCCCUGCUUAUCCCCCCCUUAUAAACACUCCUGUCCAAAUACAAAACCCCUGCCCCUUCUACAAAAUCCCUGCAGCCCCACACACACAUUUACAGGCAGGCAGUCACUCACACAGUUACAGGCAUACAGUCACACACAGUUACAGGCAGACAGUCACACACAGUUACAGGCAGACAGUAACACACAGUUACAGGCAGACAGUCACACGCACACAGUCACAUGCAGACAGUCACACAUACAGUCACAGACAGUCAUGCACACAGUUACAGGCAGACAGUCACAUAUACAUUGACACACACACACACACACGGUCACAUUCAGACAGUCACACACACACACACACACAGUUAAAGGCAGCAGCAGACAGUCACAUGCACACAGUCACAGACAGAUAGUCAUAGGCGUGCGCAGCCCAUUGCAUAAGGGUGUGCACCCUAAAGCACAAACAUGCUGCUUAUUAUAUACACACACACACACUACUGUGUGUGUGUGUGAAGGCGCUGUAUGUGUGGGCGUUGUGUGUGUGUGUGUGUGUGCAGGCAGUGUGUGUGUGUGUAAGGGUGCUGUGUGUGUUUGUUUGUGAGGGUGCUGUGUGUGUAUGUGUGAGGGUGCUGUUUGUGUGUAUUGUGUGGAGGUGGGUGGGCCAUUUAGUUAAUAUCCCCCCUCCCUUCUUACCUUAUGUCGGGAGGGGGGACCGUGCUGCUGUCAUCCCUGGUAGUCCAGUGGUGAGUUAACUUUAGCCCCGCAUCCUGCGGGGUUAGAGUUCACUCUCGAGAGAUCUGAGCGUUGCCGUGGCAAUGCUCAGAUCUUGUGAGAGGAUCCUGGCAGAGCUGCUGUCUAGAGCUCCCUGGGUCCUCUUCUGCCUCCCUCCAUGCUGCUGUGGGCCAGUGAGGUAGAUCUUUGAUCUCCCUCACCGGCCCACAGAGGGAGGCACAUAGCGCGUGCCGCAGGGAUUAGGGUGUGCCCAGGCACACCCGGCACACCCCGUGCCCAUGCCUAUGCAGAUAGGCACACACGGUUACAGGCAACAUCAAACAGUCACAGGCAGACAGUCACACAUAUAUAGUCACAUGCAGUCACACACACAGUUAUAGGCAGACAGUUACACACACACAGUCAGUUACAGGUAGUCGCACACAGUUACAGGUAGACAGUCACAUAUACAGUCACUCACACAGUCACAGGCAGAGAGUCACACACACUUACAGUCACACACACACACAGUUACAGGCAGACACACACACAAAGUUACAGGCAUGCAGUCACACACGAAUACACAGUUACAGGCAGUUACACACACACACAGUUACAGGCAGACCGUUUUACACACACAGUCAUACACACUCUUACUUACAGACAGUGGGCUGGAGGAGGAGUGUAUUCCCUGUCGUCCUUCCCUGAAGCCUGUGGAGAAGCAGGGAAUGAGGUUCCAUUUUACUGCACCUCCAUGUGUAGCAGUAACCGGUAAGGGCCUUAGUAAGCCCCACCUCCGCUGCCGGUUUGGCUUCGCCCAUGAUUUGUGUUAGCUCCGCCCCCACUUUACCUCCGUGCGGCCAGUUCAGCUGCUCUUAGCAUGUGAGAGCUGUUCUGGUCGCCUGGCACCCUAACUAACAUGGGGGGUACUGUGCUGCCACAGCUCACACAGCCCCCUCCAGCCCCCAGACCAGGGUCAUGACACCCCCCACCCUGGUGGCACCCAGGGCGAACCGCCCCCCCUUAGUACGCCACUGGGUUGGCGCAUGGCUUUGCAUAUAUAGUGGACUAGACCUUGCAUAGUCACUUUUUGGAGUGCUGGAACUUAUUUUACCUCCAUCAACCCCCAUUUUGUUUUUUAUCGCUCUCAAUAAAAAAUACCCCCUACUUAGCAUCUACUAAAUGCAACUAAUAUUCUUAUUCCUCAUCACUGGAAAUCCGAGGCUGCUCCUGUUCUCCAGCAGUGGAUGUUCUCCGCAGAGGAGAUGUAUAAAAUGGAAGCUCUUACCGCUGAAUUGUAGAACUGUUCAGAUAAAUAUUCAGAAUUAUAGUUCUCAUGGUUGUUAUAUAUUGCUAGGAUGGGCACACGUAAGUCUUUAAGCAUUGAUUUUUGCUUUAGCCCCUCCCCCCCCAAACAUGUGGAUCAUUUACUAUCACUGGUGUGGUGAACUCCCUCGCUCUCUCCUCACAUGCUUUUUCCCUCCCAUUGCUUGUUUUCUCAUUCAAAUCUUGUUCUAUAUUCUGUUUUAUUAUUAUUCAUUUAAACACUUUUUUCUAUUUUAUAUCUGUUUCUCCAAUGGCCUUAAUGUCUGUCCCUCACUUUUUCUGUUCUAGUUUUUCUGUUGCAUCUCCCAUUUGUCAUAUCUUUGCAUAACUAAAGAUUGUCCAGAGAAAAAAAAAGAAAAGUGAAUGAGACCUUACUUAGGCCUUGAUCUAAUACGCUUUGCAAAUGAUUCAAUACUGUUUGAAAAACUUUCCAAAUGAGUUAUAUACAAAACCUCCCCAAUCAUUAUAAUGUUGACUUCUGUAGAUUUAUCAUUUGGAAUUAUUUUAAAACGGUAUUGAAUCACUUGGAAAGCUUAAAUAGAGGCCUUUGCUGUGUGAAAAUGGCAGUCCCAAAUACUCACAGCUUUAUCUAGGUCAGAGGUAGACCACCUUUGGCACUCCAGAUGUUUUGGACUACUUCUUCCAUAAUGCUCUUAGAACCAUAAUGCUGGCAAAGUGUCAUGGGAGAUGUAGUCCACAACAUCUGGAGUGCCGAAGGUUGCCUAUCCACUGGUCUAGGUCAUGUUUUUUCUACCUUUCACAAACCAAGCUGGACUAUUAAUUUGUUCAUUUCUGUACACUGAAAUGCUCAAAGUCCAUACUUCUUACUCUGACAGUAAAAUAAACAAACAUGCUUUUAAAAAGGUGCAGUUUGGUUUUACACAAAGGUACAUUUAUUUUUUAACAUAAUAAAUAAAAAUAAAUUUUUGCUCCUAGUGUUCUGAUUAUGCUCUUUAAGGCUCUGACGGCAUGAGACGUGUCGAUAGAAUGAUUAGAUUGUAUGAUCCAGAAGUCAAAGAACUGGGUAUUCUUGCAGGGAUUGUUGGUCAGAUCACCUAUAGUGAUUUGUGGAGCAUCCAUAUCAGCCAUCCGUGGCUAUUAUGACAGCAGCACUGAAGAUGCCAAUGUUCUGUCCAAUGAGUCGCAUCUUGUUCCACAAUUCCACCCGUCUGUUAGUGUGCCAAUAGUUCAGGUUGCCACCUACGAGGAGUAGGGUUAGAGGAAGCAGCACUGCUAGAACCUGGGCAGCAAUCCUCACGUAAUACCCAGAUAGGAAAGAUUAAGCCAAGAUCCCAAAUAGGAUAAAGACGAUUUGCAGGGCGGGUUCACCUCCCGGCAGGAACUCUAGAUACGCCAGGCGAUCCUCCUUACUAUGCUGCAAGGUAUACGCCAUGCAAUUUAGGUAGAUCCCUAUGAAGACCUGUCCAGUGGACUGCAAAGAGUGACUCCGUGGCUUCUGUCUGUAUAUCUCCCCGGCACCACUGGCCAAAACCAGGAAGCCACCAAUGACAGCAAUGGUGCGUGAAUACAUCCUGACCUUCAACCAGUCUCCAUAAUGCACAUAUCCACCAACGUGGGCAGCGUAGGUGCCGAUUGCCAGCUCCAUGGCCGAUCCUAAGGCAAACCAGCGCCGUUUAACGCCAAAAGACAUGAAACUGGCACAGAUUACAGAGGCCGCCAGAUAAUAAUAGAGAUAUGGAACAGGGAUAUCUGGCUUCCCCUUUGCCUCUGCCCGCUCGGCAUACACGUGAAACAAAACCAGAACGGGCACCGGGUAAGGAGCAGCACCCCAAACUGGGUCACCAGCUGCAGGAGUUUCCUUCGCCCACCCGCCACCAUUCUGCAUUCACACUAGGGAGAUGACAACCCAACCAGCCGGAGCCUUUCUUCCGCCAACCCUCCUAUCAAAUAUAGAUCAUAUAUAAGCAAAGAUGGCAUGGAGUUCACCAAUAUUGCUUCUACAUCUUGUAUCCAACAAAACAAAGAAUCAACUCUAAAUCCAGCUUUUUCUAGACUCUAUGACAUAUUUAAUGUAUUUUACACCUCUGCCCACUCCUUCCUUUCCUUCCUAUCAAAUUCUAACUCCUCCUAAAACAUUUGAAAUAUACUAAGUGAUCCUCAACAGAACACAUUUUUAGGCAAUAGUCAAGAAUGGAGCCUGUACAUGGUGCACCUAAACCUCAUUUAUGCUGUCAUUUGUUUUAUGUGAGGUAUCUUAAUGUACAAUAUGUGUUUUAUUAUUGCUAUGAAUCUAUUACUGUUGCAAUUUACUUAUUUCAUUUAUUUAUUUUUUGGUAUAGAUAUAUCACUCCAUGUGCCUGUUUCUGGUGUGUUUCUUUUUUUUUUUUAAAGGCUGCCCAUUUGCACAAUAAAGACCAGAACGCACAUCUGUCUGCUUUAUUUUUUUAAUUUUGACACCAACACAGCAUAGAGGCAGGCAUAGUUCUUUUACAAUCUUGUAGUUGUAAUUAACAGAGGAAAAACAUGUACAUGUAUCCAUAUACAAAUAUACACUCUCUUUUUGUAUUUUAUUUAUUUUUUAAAGUGAGGUCUCCCCUGCCUCUCUUUUCUUACCUUCAAAGCACCUCUGUACUGAUGUAGGACUAGGGUGCCGUCCUACCCAGACUCCAGCAUCAGUACAGGAUGCACAAGGGAGUUGGGAAAUUUAAUGCAGAGAGCUCCCAGCAGCCCCCCUACCGCCUGUGCCACAGACAUCCGCAGCACGGCACCAGAGCAGGCACCUAUUGCUUGGUACACUUGCGAGCAAGGAUAUGGUAGAAGUGGACUUGCUCGGUCGAAAAGCAGAUAUACCCCUUUGCCUCUACUCACAAAGGGCAGACCGCCUCCAAUCCCCUUCUCUCUUUCGUCAUUGGUUACUAAUUUACAGUGCACACCCAUACAAUGGCGUGGUAUGUUGCAUCCAUAUUUUUUUUGUGAUGAAGAACCAUGCAGUACAGGAGUGACAUUUUUCUUUCAAUUCUUCUUAAUGUUUAAUGCAUACAAAAUAAAGAGAAAUCUUCCCUGGGGUGUUCCAUUGAGAUAGGGAUAGAAUGUCACAUGGCUGAGCUGACACCUUGCAGUCAUAUUACUGACACAAAGUUCUUUGUUCGAGAAUCAAUGAAUCUUUUCAAAGUAAAUGUUUACAUCCAGUAAGAAUGUUUAAAGAAGUGAGAUGCUUUCAUUCCAGCUGAUAGAAAUUAUUUAUUAACAUAACAACCUACGGAAAUGUACUACGCAUCAUUAAUUUGUAAAUUAGUGUGUUCAUGAUGUGUUAGGAGCCCUGCAGUUUACAUUCUAUUUUCCACUGCUUGAUAUAUUUUGCUAGCUUUGGUCUCAGUUUAAUUCUUUUUGAUAAGCUAUUCAAAUGAUCACAAUCUGUGAUAAAUAAAAUUUUCCUGUAUGUGAGUUUACGGACAUAUUGUGCAGCAAACCUCUAGGCCAGGGGUGCCAUAAAAGGUAGAAUCCCAAAUGUCAUAGAACUACAACUCCCAUGAUGAUUUGCAUGGCUUUAGAAUGACAAAGCAUCAUGAGAGUUGUAGUUUUAAAACCUCUGGGGAUGUACCUUAUGGGCACCCCUGCUCUAAGCUCUGAUUUAAUAAAUGUUCAAUCAGGAUCAAUGAACAGUCAUAUUUCCUGUGAUACAAUUCCACCUGUCUGCCUUCCCAUAUCUGCUUCUUUUGUUGGUGUAAAAUUAACUAUUGUUUUUUUUUUUUUUUUACUAUUUGAAAUAAUUGUUUUUAUUUUUAUAAAAAAUAAUUGUCAGCACUGCCACAAACAAAUCUUUAGACAUACAGUGGAACCUCGGAACUCGAACGUUCCUGUUCAUGAACAAUCCGGUAUUCAAACAAAAAUUUGGAGUGAAAAAUGUCUUGUUACGCGAACGAUCCUCGGUACCCGAACACGUCAUGCGGCAUUCACCUCUAUGGUAAUCUCGUUUGUAAACUUGUUGAUAAACUCGUUGGUACCUCGUUAGUAUGACCCAUCGCAAUUCUAUUGUCAGCAGAGUUCCAUUUUGUCAGCAGCACAGCUCCAUUCUGCCAGCAAAAGCUCCAUUCUUGCAGCAAACCGCUCCAUUCAGUCUCCAAAUAGAGUUCAAGUCAGUCAGCAAUCAUCUCCAUUCAGUCAGCAGAGCUUUAUCCAGUCAUCAGAGCUCCAUUUAGUGUUCAAAUAUAGUUCAAUUCAGUGUUCAAAUAGGACUCCAUUCUGCCAGCAAAAGCUCCAUUCAGUCAGUAGAGCUCCAUUCUGCCAGCAAACUGCUCCAUUCAGUCUUCAAAUAGAGCUCCAUUGAGUCAGCAGAGCUCCAUUCAGUCUUCAAAUAGAGUUCAAUUCAAUCUUCAAAUAAAGCUCCACUAACUCUUAAAUAAAUUUCAUUAAGUCUUCACAUAGACCUCCAUUCAGUCUGCAAAAACUCACCAUGGGUCCCAAGGAUAUUAGCCAACCCAAGAGGAAAACUGUGUCAAUAGUUGUUGAAGAAAGAGAUAAUUUUAAAACAUGAAAGCGGUGUUCGUGUGUGAUCUAGCAACACAGUUUGGUAUGGCCAAAUCUACAAUUUGUACCAUAUUAAAAAAUAAAGAUGCCAUCAAAGGAACCAAUGUUGCUAGAGGGGUGAAAGCAAUUAUGAAACAAAGAAGCCAGACACUAGAAGAAGUAGAAAAAUUGUUAGUGAUAUGGAUAAAUGAAAAACAGUUAGCCGGUGAUCGCAUAUAAGAGGCAAUAAUUUGUGAAAAAGCAAGACAUGUGCAUGCUGAUCUUGUGAAAAACACCCCAGAAACAAGUGCUGAUAGUGAGGUUUUAAAGGCAAGUAGAGGGUGGUUUGAAAAGUUUAAAAAGAGAAGUGGCAUACACGGUGUGGUGAGACAUGGUGAAGUCUCCAAUGCUAACAAAGACGGGGCGAAAUUUGUUGUGGAAUUUAAAGUCUAUGUAGAGACUGAGGAAUUAGUUCCCCAAAAAGUGUUUAACUGUUAUGAGACAGGCCAUUUUGGAAGAAAAUGCCAAAGAGGACCUACAUAACAAAGGAGGAAUCAUUGCCAUGACACAAGCCAAUGAAGGACAGACUAACCUUGUUCUGUGGAAACUCAAGUGGGGAUUUUAAAUUGAAGCCUUUGUUAGUUAACACCUCUGAGAACCUGAGGGUAUUUAAGAAAAAACAUGUCCUGAAAAGCAAAUUGCAGGGGAUGUGGAGGGCUAACCGCAAAGCUUGGGUAACCAGGCAAUUUUUUAUUGAGUGGGUUCUUAAGGUGUUUGGGCCAAGUGUUAAAAAAUACCUACAAGAAAAAAAACUUACCUGUCAAUGAUCUGCUUCUUAUGGAUAAUGCUCCUGCUCACCCUCCAGGGUUAGAGGACGAAUUAAUGGAGUUCAGUUUUAUUACUGUGAAGUUUUUGUCCCCCCCAAUACAACUCCUCUUAUCCAGCCCAUGGACCAGCAAGUAAUUUCAAACUUCAAGAAGCUUUACACCAAAGCACUGUUCCAAAGGUGCUUUGAAGUAACCUCAGACACUAAGCUAACGCUUUUAGAGAGUUCUGGAGAAAUCCUUUUAAUAUCCUACAUUGUUUACUCCUCAUAGAUAAAGCAUGGGGGGGAGGGGGUGUCUUCUAGGACCAUGAACUCAGCCUACAAUAAAUUGUGGCCAGAGGCUUUCCCUGAAACAGUCUAUGAGGUUAUUGAAGAUUGAGGUAAUUGUGUCUCUGGGGGAAAUCAAUGGGCUUGGAUGUGAAUGAUGAAGAUGUGGAGGAUCACCAGAACAAACUCACCACAGAAGAACUGCAAGACUUUCAGAGGGAGAAGCAAAAGAGGGCACCUGAGGAAUUGUCUUCAGAGGAGGAAGAGGGAAGUUAAAAUAUUCCUAGUGCACUGAUCAAAGAAAUGUGUGUGUGAAGUGGGUUAAAGUGCAAAAUUUUGUUGAAAAAUAUCACCCUGAUGAAGCUGCUGUAAGUUAAGUCAUGCCACAAUCAUGUUCAUGAUAAUGCUAUGUCUCACUAUAGACACAUUUUAAAACCUAGGCAACAGCAAUCUUGAGGCCAGCUUCUUCAAGCCGUGGACUAGUUGGCUGCAAGAGUCCCAGUCCUUCUCCUUCAGGGAGACACAGAUGGCAGCGCUCCACUGAUGCGGGCAAUGCCUUGGGGUCAUGCCCCUGGUGGCAUUCGGCCCAGGUGGGCUAGCAUGGGUAGAAGCAGGAUUUGCAGGUUUGGCUAUGCCCGAAGGACAGCUGCUCCCCUCCUCCAAACCUCCCUCUGUGACUGAUGUGAUACUUUUGCUGCACAUCUCUAUAGAUCUGUUACAAACUGCAAAUAUGGCAUCCAAACGGUGUAGGGAUGGUUCAAAGUAGUAGUGGUGGGCCCCCUCAUGCUGCGGAGUGGUGCUGGUCAGAAAAUUGAGCGCAUCCGCCAUCCUGGGUAUACUCGGAGCUUGUGGGUGUGGUAGCAUCAUGCAGGAGUCGGGUCAGGUAAGUAGCAUCGGGAUAACAGUUGGUGUGGUAGCGAGGACCGAGAUGAGAGGGGGGAGGGGCCGGGACUCUGUCACCAAUCAGUCCGCUGGUUCUCACAUGGGAGGUCGCGGUAAAUAAAGCCCCCCGGUACUUCUGUAGAGCCCAGAUCUACCUCGUAAUUUAAAAAACUUUUUGUGGCAGCAGGGGUAACACAAUAAUCAAUAUUUACUGCAUAUAAUUGUGGAGUUCGUGUCUCUUGCGACCGUUCGACAUGGCGGUCAGGCCCCGCCCCCAAAAACUUGGUUAAUUUAAAGGGGUACUUUCAUUGUCCCUGAAUUUUAAAUAUUAGGCUUAUCCCUAUAUAUACAAUUAAUCUGUAAUCUGUGAACUAUGAUAAAUUAAAUAUAGAAAUUCACACCUCUUUAUCCUGCAACUGGAUGCCUCCAUCUUGGCUCCCUGUCAAUCACUGAAAGAGUGAAAUAAGAGGAGAAAGGAAACAAUGUUUCUAUUUUUCUUUAUUUCCAAUGUUUGCUUUGGUUUGGAUUAUGAUGUCAUUUGAAAAAUGUUUUCUGUAAUUGUAGAUUAUGUAAGCUUUAGUGUUCCAGUAGUAUAAUCAUGACAGGAAGCAAAUAUUUUGAAAGGUGAUCUCAGGGUUCAAGACGUGGUGGGGCCCGUUCUCUGCACACAUGCUAUUGUGCCAUAGUUAUUAUGAUUGUGGCUUACAUUUAUGUCAAAAUAAAUGUAUCUAUCUAUCUAUCUAUCUCAAUUAAGAUAACUAGGGCAUCGUAGCAUGUGUGCAGAGAAUGUGAUUCACCACCCCAUGCACCUUAGGCAUCCUAUUGCAAAAUAUGAAGCCUCCUGUAAUGUAGAAAAUUAUAUAUUAAAAAACAAACAAAAAAAAACAAGUAACAGGUGAUUUUCAAUGUUGUGGUAAAUUGUGUCAAAUCCAGAGGAGUGACCAUACCUAUUUAGCAUGAUUAAGCUACUUGUGGUGAAAACUGAGGCAUCACGGCAGGGUCCAUGACUUUUUGGCCUCCCGAUGUCCUGUAAUGUUAACUGUCUCAGCAGUUUUGAGUUGGGCAUCUAUGUUCAGAAGUACCACUGAUGAUUGCAUUAUAUAGCAGAAGGUUGGUGCUGAACACCCAGCAGCAAGCGGAUGCAAUACUGUAAUCAUAGAUAAAAACUCGGAGCAGUAACUUCUUUGCAAUUGAAUUUAACAAAAACAUAUAUACAGAAAACCGGUUUGGAGCAAAACUAUGAAAGACCUCUUCAUGCUGCACUGCACAUACAGUUUUAAUGUCACCCAUUUAUAUAUACUCUUUUUACGCUGGUGGAAAAACAGGAUUGCAUUGGAACCAGUGUGAAGUGCUUUACAAACAAACUUUACAGAAUAAUUGCUUGCUUAGUGUGUUGUAACUGCUUGUGUUCAUUCUCUGACAUACAAUGACUUUUUAACUAACCCACCCACCACCCUUUAGGUAUAGUUGCUAAUGCAGAAUCACAUUUACUUACGCUAUACAGUUAAAUAGGACACUGCACAGCAUCGUAAAUGGCAGCAAUGCGUGAAAAUGUGACAUGGAUAUUUUUCAACUAUUAUGUGGUGUGUGAAAAAGAUUUAUGAAAUUCGAAACAAUCAAAUAUAACAUUGCAAUGUAGGCAUGGGGAAACAUUAUGCAUGACUACAGGGGGGCAUAUUUUCACCCAUUUCCUCUUUCUAUGUUAAAUGAUCUCUUUCUUCCCAUGUUCUUGAUAACCUACCUUGGCCGUGCUGUGACAAAAUGUUUUAUAUUUUUAUAGCACAUCAGCCCAAAUUCAUGCUUCAGGAUCUGAAAUUGUGGUCAGGAGGACUAGGGUUGGGAUUUUUAAUGUAGGAGAGCUAAAGAUAGGUUGACUAUGAGUUUCUGAUCAGCAGCCACUCACAAAGACAAAAACUAGUAGCACCUCCGCUGUAAUUUUCUACCAAUUCAUUCACUUGCUUUCUUCACGUCCCCUUUUCCACCUCAGUCUCUCCCUAUAAAUACAUGACAUCUCCAUUUUCUCCCUCUCCCUAUGCCUUCUUUUGCCUUUUACCUUUAUUUUGUCUAAUUGUAUAUACUUACCUUAUGUCCUGUCCACUCUUCUUUCCCUCGAGUCUCCUGUUAUGUCCUCUUAUACUUGUCUUUAUCUCAAUACUGUGAUUUAUUUCCGAACAAUUGUGUUUAUCCUUUCUUCAUCUGGGCAUCCUUCUACUUUUGCCCUCUUGCCUCUUUGUUACAGCACAUACCAACUGCCCACUGUUGUUUUCCCAUGCCUAUUGGCAUUCCACUUUUCCAUGUGCUCUAUUAUGCCCAUGCAAACCACUACAUUAUGUAUGUCUAUGCCCUCACUGCUCACCUGAUUUUCUUUUACCAUGCCCAAACCAGCCUUCCAUGUGUCUCCCUAUCCCACCUCUGUUUCUCUACCUAUUUUAUCCCCAUUGUCCACUUUUUACUCUCUCCUUCUGUCACCAGUGCAGCAGAACAAUGUUAAUGCUGCAUGGAACCCCACAAGUAACUCAAGUGACUGGCCAUGGAUGUUGCACAACUGUCUUUGGUGCCAACGUUUUUGUUGAUUUCAGAUGAAAAUAAAUCUCAAUUGGCUAGACUAAGAAAUUCUCUGAUCUCCAGGUGUACUUAGGUUUUAAUGAUAAUAGUGCCAACCUGUACCCUUUCUUCACAUGGGAAGUGACAUGCCACUCUUUAUCCACAUCAACCCCUUGCAUCAGGAUUUGCCAGGGAUCUGUGCUUAUCCGCACUAAUCUCUUAUCCGCACAUAUCUCUGCAGAAGCGUUUCAUACCACCCACCAGCAGAUGUCCUAUUCAUUGGUCCCCAGGAGCACAAUUGCAAUUAUUUAUGUAGUGCCAACAUAUUCCACACACUGUACAAUAGGCAAAACCUAAAAUAAGACCGACCAUUCUAACAAAACAUGUUUGUCAUUCGGAAACAGUAGUUCAAGAGGGCCCUGUCCAAAUUAGUUUACAAUCUAAAAGGAAGAUGGACAAACACACAGAGGGAAGUCAUAGAAUCAUAUGAUCAGGAUAUGCUUGAAAGGAUGGAAGGGGUGUUUGGGUAAAGAGAGCACAGUGGAUGGAAGAUAGUAGUAGAAGGUUGUCGUGGGGUGAGGAGUUAAGGGAAGAGCCUGUAACUUUCUCUAGAAAGUGUUUUUUUUAUAGAAUUUUUGAAGGACUGGAGAGAUGGGAGAAUCUAAUGAGGUGUGAGAGGGCAUUCCGUAAGUAUGGGGCAGCCCUGCAGAUAUGACACUGGGGAGCAGUUAUAAGAAAAGGACAGUAAUAGGUUGGUGGAGAAGCAAAGAUAUCUACUAAUGAAGGAGGAGAUAUAAGCAGGGAUACAGUUAUGGAGAGCUUUGUAAGUAAGGGCAAGAACCUUGGGUGGGAUUCUAAGUAAAAAAUGAAGCCAGUGUAGAGACUGACAGAGGGUGAUGUUAGAGAGUUGUGUGAUGUAAGGAAGCUGAGUCUUGCAGAGGUGUUCAUUAUGGACUGUAGCGGAACAAUUUGAGCAAUUUUCAGGUUUUUAAGCAGAGGGUUACAAUAACCAAGGUGGGAAACAAUGUGAGCUUGGACGAGCAUUUUGGUCGCAUCCUGAAUGUGAAAGGUGCAAAAGGGAGAUAUGUUUUUAAUGGUAAAGUGACUGACCGGAUUUAAUUAUAGAUAUAAUAUAAUAGGUGAAGGAAAGGUCAGAGUCAAAGAGCUUCACAAGACAUAAACAAAAUAGAUCAAUUUUGAAAAGGUCUGACCUGUUUGACCUCUUUUGGUUAUAAUAAAAGAUGACGCUUCAUUGACCUGCUAUGUUUUAAUUUGACAUUGAUAUGUGCAUGUGUUUCUUUAAAAAGUUACUUAAAGUACCAUGGCCACUGCAGUGCUUUGAAGUGGUUGGAUUCCGUACAGCGUUUCAAUAAGAAAAGCAAGACAGAACGUUAAUGCCAGAGGUGUAACACCACCUCUGACAAGGUCAUUAGCAACCUAGAACGAGUGUUUCAUGCUGCUAGUGUCAGUCCUGUGUAUAAAAGACAUCCUUCAUCAGCAUGCAUAAAGUGCUGGAGACCAUGAAACAAUUGGCAGUAUGGGGACCACCCUGUGUGCUGCCCUAAACUCUGCCUCCGCAUGGCAUCUGGGUCAAUAAUCGUACGAUCCCUAACAUGAACACAAGCACACAGAUUAUUACCCGUUUGCUUGGUCCUGGCACACGUCACUCACAGUUAGUGCUCACAGAUGACCUCUCAAAAGGACAUUGUAAGCAAUAGUGUAGCUGCUCCCAACAUUCCCGCUUUUGGUGGGACCUUCCAGAUACCACCAAAUGUUGUGGAUUAUGCACCUGGGACUAAGCUUAAUGAUUAGCAUUUGGUUGUUUCCAGCUUAUAUCCUCAUUUAAGGUGCCGCCUGGGUCUAUUGGACCCACCAGGACUUCUGUAGGAUAAGUCCUGACCAAAUUAGUGCUGUAAGAAAGAGAUUAAUGUUAGUAUUAUUAUUUAUAAAGCGCCAUAAAUUCCACAGCGCUGUACAAUGGGUGGACUAACAGACACGUAUUUGUAACCAAACGAGUUGGACACACAGGAACAGAGGGGUUGAGGACCCUUCUCAACGAUCUCACAUGCUAGAGGGAGUGGGGUAUAGUGACACAAUAGGUAAGGGUAGGGUUGAAAAGUAGGUUGCUAGUCUAGUAUUCACUGAGGGCUUAGUGUUUUGUUUUGAUGACCGUUGCAGGAGAGGAUAAUGAUGUAAUGUCGCUGUAGAAUGUCUUUACGAAAUGCACAGAACUUAGAGAUAGAAUAUUUGCUUUGCUGGAGUAAGCCAAAAAGUAUGUGUUACCCCUUUUAUGCAGGCUACCUUUGUUCAUUCAUUGUCUUUAAUUAACAGAGGUUGUAUUAUUUUAUAGUACUAUUGCUUUGCAUUUUGUAUAUAUUUCACUUUACAUGAAACAAUGCUUAACAAUUUUCUUCAUAGUAUUGCACCAAUGUCUUUUUUUGUAUUUCAAUAAAAAAUACUAAUACGGCAUUAUGUUUUGGGGGGUGGGGGGGUGAAAUGGUGGGCUUGAUCACCAUGAAAAUAAUAGCAUAAAAACAUUACCGAUCAGAGUUUUUUUUUUAAAAAUAAAAAAUUCUGCUACAUGUAAGUUUUUUUUUUUUCUUCUAAAUUUAGAUAUUUUUCUCUCUCCUUUUUUCCCUUUAUUUUAUUAAUGGAAUCCGAUGUAUCACACCAUUUCUCUGCAUAACCAGAAGUCCUAUUAAUUCUCAUCACUCUUAUCACACCUUUUGAUAGAUAUAGAUAGGGGAGAAUUUGUCAGGAAGAAGGUGAGAAACAGGAAGUGUUAAAUGGAAUUAAAUACAAAGUGGGGGCUUGGCGUCUCUCUGAACAUUUACAGUGAAAAUGAAUUGUGAUUUUCAUUUAUUCCUACUAGAAAUUACUCCUACCCCGUUUUAAUGUCUUACAUGUAAAAAAUAAAAAACACACACAAAAAAAGAGUAAAAAUUUAAUAAAAUAAACAUUUGCAUAUCUAGACUCUAUUACUUGCAACAAGAAAGUAGCUAAUUAACUGCCAGAAAAUCAAUGAUCUCCCAUACAAGCGUGAGUGUAGCAAUCAGCGAGAGUGUACAGGGUAGUGAUGUCAUGUGGACACUAUUAAAAUCUUUUAAUAAUGCGGAAUUGAAGCUCUAACUCUCCAGUCCAAUCCUUCUUGUUCAUAAUGCAGGGCCUGUGAUGUCACGAUUGCACAUGUAUAGUAGAUUCUUAUUUUUUUGAGAGCAUUGAGGCUUGUACAGUAGCCCUGAAAAUAGCUUACCGGAAAGUAAUGAGUUUUACCCAGCUAAUCAAAAAACCCACUUGUACACCUAGUCGUGUACUAGACCUGAUCUACAUCAGCUGUUUACAGGCAGUGCGUAUCAACACCUUCAUUAGACAGACAUCCACAUCCAAUCCAUUGUCCUCCGAAAUAACACAUUCAUAUCAUAUAUGUUAGACCUUGUAUCCCUCUUCAGCAAUAUUAAAUGUAUGUGCCUUUAACAAAGUCUCAACAAAACCACCUUUAGAGUUUUAAAUGAACACUCCAAUUCCCAUAACCACUAUCACUUGCUGUAGUAGUUAUGGUGCCUGGUGGUGACCAUUUUAUGUAGUUAAACCAUUCACUGCUCCUCGCCACUACUUCUAACUCCGGAGAGAGGGGGUGUAGGGGGAGGAGGGAAGGACACCAAUACAGCAAGCUCUAGUAGUUAUAAUACUUAAACUUCCUUUUAUACUGGAAAACUGUUUUACAGAUAAACAGAAGUAACAAUUUAUUUGUCAAGAGAAUAGAACAAUGUCUAUUGCAUUAAAGGAUGUUUCAAAGUUAUAUGUCGGGAAAUAUCUGCCAGCUUUUAUUUUUCAAAGAGGUAUAGGUAUAGAUAAACCUCAAUCAAAAAGAAAAGGAACUCUACCCCAACAUACAUGACUGAUUCACCCAAAGUACACUGAUCAAUCUAUCUCCCCAAACGAGGAUAAAUCAAAGAAAAUACACGAUUACCUCAUUUGCAAAAUAUCUUUUAUCAAACUUAAAUUCUCCACAGGUGUUUACACAAACUGGCCUUUCCUACAUAGAGACAACCAUUUGAGAUCCUUCCAAACAAAUAAAACGGUUUUAUUAAGUGGUUAUGUAAUCCAGAUCCAGAUCUGAUCGGCCUUCAGUCAAGGAUUUUCAGCUCCGCCAUAUUACUUGUUGCCAAAUACUGAAGGUCAUAAAAUAAAGAAAAAAACUGGGCGAAUGCACGGUCUCUAUCACUUAUUACAUAAAGGUAUUUUGCUGUCCUCUGUUUGCAACCCCAAUUUUUCUUUGUUAAUUCACAUAUUGUUGGAUGGUUUCUAAGUCAAUAUUUAGUAAUUCUGUUGUGGGACUUCUCUUGAGACUUGACUGUCAGAGCUCUUGCUAGCCAACCAAUCGGAGCAUUACAAAGUUGAGGAAAUUUUUCCACGCUUUGUGAUGGCUUUCAUAGCGUGGGAAAGCAUAUUUAAGAACUUUCUCCACUCCCAGCACUCAUUAUGUGGCGAGCCCUCCAUGGGUGAAGAUGGAUUUAAAACAUUUUUUUUUUUUUUGUAAUUUUUUUUUUUUAUUGCAGUGCUGUUUUUAUUUUAUUUUUGUGUCUUUUUUUGGUUCCAUUUAGGCUUUUUUCAUUAUUUUUUUAAAAAAUUGGUUAUUCUGAUCCUGGAUUUUGAUUUGACCCAUGGCCACCUGGGGUGUCAUGCUAUUAUUUAGGGUGGGGGACAAUGUCAUGUCCACAUCCCUAGUUUAUAAUUAAUUAGGCCACCCACCAUCCAUGGGUGGGGACUAGGGGAAAAAAAACUGUAGGUCAUCUGUAGGUUAAUCCCCACCCUUUGCCUAAUAGGCUCCACUUUAUUAUUCAUCUUAAGCCACCCAUGUUUGGGCCCUCACCCGUUGCCCAUGGUAUCCGUGGACACACACUAGGUCCUGCACCAUGAAUGUUUAAAGCAGCUUUGGGUGGGGACACAUAGGGAUGUGUCCCAUUAUUUCACAGACCACAUCCCCAUGGGAUGGGGUCAUGUCUUGUUUGCCAAUCACUUUUUCCAAACAUCUUGGAGACAUGCCCCCAACUGCUGCAUGGCAGGUAGAGGCAUAUGGAGGUACAGUACAUCCAUUAUAGUAAUAUGGGGGUCUUAUUAACCCGUAUUUAUUUAUUUUUCUUUAAAUUUCAAUGUGGCAACUGGCUAACAAGUGCUAGGCUGCUGGCACAUAAUUUACCUUUGCAUUGCUGCAGUUAUUUUUUUUACUAUUUGCCCGCUGCGCAAAUAGUAUGUUUUUUUAUUUAUUUUUUAAAAUCUGGUCCGGAUUUGCAGUAUUUGGUCUAGCUUUAAACCGUCUGACGGUGUUCAGUCCGACUGACAGAAACAAAUUCAUGCUUGUUCAGGGCCUCAAUUAAAAACUGGACAUUGAUGAAUUCUAUUAACUAUGCCUAGAUUUGCAGUACAAUUGGCCCUGCAUGCAGUCUAAUAAUUUUUCCCCAUUCGGCACAGAGCCAUUCGCUUUUAGUUUUUGAGUAUCUUUGAGUACAACAUAGGCAUGCAGAGAGAAAGAGUGGCAAGUGGUAAAGUUUAAAGAUGUGUGGAGCUCCACCGUUCCACACAUUUAACACAUUGUGUUGGGCUCUACCCAUUUAACCCCAUGAGAUACCAUGUCCUGUUAAAAACCAGCUGCAUCUAUAUUUAUCAAUGAAUGGGAUAAUAGAAACUGCAGAUAUUAUGACAGACAUGUUGUUUUUCACUUAUAAAACACUUAUCAGUAGUCCUUGAGAUUGAGAUUUUUAAUAAAUAAUUUGCAACAAAAACUGGGUAGACACUUGCCCCCAUGGAUCAGCCUCCUGGAGUGUUGCAGUGUUAUUAGGGGCUUUAUUAAACUACUAAUGAAAGCACUUUUGCUGCGUCUUUUCCAUGCUUUAUUCCAUGUAAAGUAAAGUUGCUCCCAUUUUCAGUGACUUUGCAGAGUUGUUAAAUCUAAGAGGACGUGAAUUAGGGACUCUGACAAUGUAAGCUCUUCUUAAAUGAAAUCAGAAAUAAACACGAACUAGCAGCCAGUAAAAAUAAAAUGCUUUCAAAAUGCUAGCUUAUCUGUCUUAUAUGCAGACUCUAAAGUGUAUGCAAAUGCAACUUCAGCUAAAGUAAAAGAUAUCUGUACACCGUAUCGGAAGAAUUGCUAGUAUUGCUGGUAUUAACAUUUUUAUUGAGUCUUUUUACUCGCCAAGUUCAAUCCAUUUACUUGACUUUAGCCCAAGAUGACUGUGUGCACAGAAAAUCUAAGAAACAGCUGAGUCUAAAGCAUAAAGACUAAAUAUAUUGGAAACUAAUGAAGCAACCUAUGCCUGAAAUGGCAGUAAUUCUAGAACAUUUCAAGAAGUUACCUCUCCUGAUCACCCCUAACUGUUAAAGAGAAUUCUUAUGUACCCGUUUCGUUUUUGUACUGUCUCAAAUACAGGUCAAAAUUAAAUUGCUUGAAUUUUAAUACCUUCUUAAGGACAUUGCAUGGCGUCCUUAUCUACUUUAGAUUUGCAGUAGCAAAACAGAAGUUACAGUAGUGGGGUCGGAGAGUUCCUCUUUACAGUUUGAAUUUCGGAGAGUUCCUCUCUACAGAUUGAAUUUCUCUGUCUACAUCAGUCACUAGUUGUGGUGCCGGAUUCACCAGUAGUUAGGCCGGAGAAUUCCUCACUACAGUUUGAAUUUCUUUAUCUACAUCAGUCACUAGUAGUGAAUUUCUUUGUGUCACUAGUAGUGGUGCCGGAUUCACCAGUAGUUAGGCCGUAGAAUUCCUCUCUACGGUUUGAAUUUCUUUGUCUACAUCAGUCACUAGUAGUGGUGCCGGAUUCACCAGUAGUUAGGCCGUAGAAUUCCUCUCUACGGUUUGAAUUUCUUUGUCUACAUCAGUCACUAGUAGUGGUGCCGGAUUCACCAGUAGUUAGGCCAGAGAAGUCCUCUCUACGGUUUGAAUUUCAUAGUCUACAUCAGUCACUAGUAGUGGUGUCGGAUUCACCAGUAGUUAGGCCGGAGAAGUCCUCUCUACAGUUUGAAUUUCAUUGUCUACAUCAGUCACUAGUAGUGGUGUUCGGAUUCACCAGUAGUUAGGCCGGAGAAGUCCUCUCUACAGUUUGAAUUUCAUUGUCUACAUCAGUCACUAGUAGUGGUAUCGGAUUCACCAGUAGUUAGGCCGGAGAAGUCCUCUCUACUGUUGGAAUUUCACUGCUUACAUCGUAAGCCUCUGUGAGGGACUCUAUCUUUAUCACUGGAGUUUCCCACAUUAUUUUCUUUCUUUCUCUACUAGCUAUUUCCUGAAACGUUUGAAUAAUUGUGUAUUUCAUCUACCUUGUAGCCUGACUAUUAUUAUUAUUAUUAUUAUUAUUAUUAUUAUUAUUAUUUAUAUAGCGCCAUCAAAUUCCAUAGCGCUGUAAAUUGGGUGGACUAACAUACAUGUAAUUGUAACCACUUCUAGUUUACUGCUAUAAAAACUUUCUCUGUGCUUGUCUUUCGGAGGAUGCCAAUGUUCUUCUUAUACCUCAUUUAGCUUUAGUAAUUUUAUUUCUAAAAUAGAUUUUGUACUCUACAGUUUUUUCCUGGAAAUACUAUAUGUUGUAUGCAUGUAUGUGAUAUUGUAAUAACAUAUACCAAGUAAAACUUUUUUUUUUUUUUUUUUACUUUUAAGCUGUAAACACACUUUAGUGAUACCUACAUCGUGUUGUACGAGUGUUAACAGAACAGACCUCGGUGAUAUUCCAUUGAUCUGCAGUAAAGGUCAAACUUUCAAGGCCUAUGCCCCCAGUCAAGGCUAAAUCUAUAUAUAUAUAAUUUUAAUUCUUUAUUUUUUAUGCUUUCUUGUUUCAAUAACAUCCUACAUUUCACAAGGUAAAAGUAUUACAAUGUUAACACCUUUUUCAUGCAAAACUUUGUGGUUUUCAGCAAGAUAAACAUGUACAUGAGGAUAGUAAGCACUUUUUCUGGCCCAUUUGCCGAACUAAAGCAAGUAAAGAUAAACUAAACAUAAAGUAUAAAAUACAUGGAAAGGAACUGAGUUGUAAACUUGUUGGUAAGAGUUAUGUUGCCGGCAACAUAUUUGGGUGCCGUAGUCCCUGAGUGGUUUCAGGUGUCAAGAGCCUGUGGGCAUCUUGUCGUCGGGCCAAGAGGGGUGCUGCCGUCAGGGACCUCCAGGCAAUUUCCAGCUGUAGUAAGAGCUGGUGGAGGAGUCAGUCCUAUUGCUGUCAGAAAGGUUUAUGCUCCAGUCAUAGAUGUGAAAUUUUGGGCAGUCCCGUUGCCAUGGACGAGUAGGGAGCCAGUGUUCCCCCAUCUGUAGGUGUACCGGUGGCUGUGUUAGGCGUGGAGUAAUCUGGAUACCUGCUUCUUUCUCCCGGUACUCCGAGAAUCGCCUCAAGGCCCAGGAGUGGCGAUGCGCGGUAGGCCUUGGAUUUGCGCGUUUGCCUAGGCUGCUUGGGAGCUUGAAAGAAAGGAAUCAAUCCGAGUGAGUGCUUCAUUUGUUUGGAUGAGCCCCUGUUAGUGAGAUAUUUCAUAGAUUAUAUCAGGUUACAGGAGAGCAAGCUGAAAUGGCGUCUGAACAGGAUGGCUCUCAGGCGCUGACCCCGCCAAGGCAAUGUUAACGGUCACUGCAAGCCUGGAGAAUCAAUGGAACACUUGCAAGGGGUUAAUUUCUACUUGCCAGUGCUUAAUUUUCACUUGUUUAUGGUUAGUGGGCAAGUAGAAAUUUUGAGCCCUGUCUACACACUUUUUUUUGUCAUGACAAAAAAAACUGCAAGCACCAUAACUACUAUAACUUAACAGUGUUGAUUUUGUCCAACAAAUGGCAGUGAUUGGUUGAGAACAUUAUGAAUGUGGAAAGGAUGGGUGUUCUCUGGGUGCUGAUGAGAAUCGAAGGGACAACACCCAGAGAUUAGUGUCAACGGGGCUCUUUAAGGAGGCUUGUAAUUUUACUCUGGAAUCAGUGCUUUGAUUAAUCCACUAUUAAUGCCACUAAAGUAGGCAAUCAAUGCUAUGUCCUGUAUGGCUUGCAAAGUCUUAUUAUACACCGUUGUAGCAAAAGAAUGAAUCCUUUUGUAUGUAUAUUGGUAUAUAUUAUCAGGAUGUUCUGUUUUUCUUUUUUUCCUAAGACUAAAUGUAUUUAAUAUCUUGGGUACUACAUUAUGUUUGUUAGAAAUAUAUCAUAUCCCUUGUUUUGUGCCUUUUGAUAAGGAUGGUACAUAUGCUAUUGGCACUACUAGGGUGCUGCUUGGGUUCGAAUUUUAUUGCGCAGGCAUACAAACAUACCGGAAUGACUUUAUCUUUUAUUGCCAUUAAAACAUCGGACAGCUUUAAUGUCCACUGAAAGCACCCAGACCUCUUCUAUUCAUAGAGAGCAUUUGAUUGCCGCAACGCUGUGUUUUGCCACACGUGUGCACCAGCCUCUCAUUGCUUCCUUACUGGGAAGCAUUGCAUUGGAUGAGAUCAUCAGCCUUGGGAAGGGCCACAGCAAGACCAGCAAAGAGAAGGGAGUAAGGAGAAUUAAAAACUACCCUUUUAAACCCUAAAUAGGUAGGGUGACAUUAUAGCACUAGGAAUACAUACUUGUAUUGUUAAUUCUAUAGUGUUCCUUUAAAUGUUGCAAAGACAUUUUGAGUUUUGCAGCUGACUUGAGUAGACAAAGUAGUCACUCCCUGCCAGUUCCCUCCUGGUACUAAGAGCCAAGACGAUCUCUUUCAGCAUUAUACUGCUGGGCUUUGGUCAGAACUCAGAGCUUCUGACUUUCAAUAAGGCAGGGAGCAGUCAUGGCGAACCAUUGGUGGGAUUGCUAGGACACUCAUUGGCACCAUAAACACUCAAUGUGGUAGAGGUUAUGGUGCUCGCGAUGUUCCUUUCAAUGCAGACUUCUCCAGCCUCAGCAUUUAAUUUUCUCAUACAUGUCAGGCUUGCUAAACAGAAGGAAUAUUACAGAACAGAAGAUUGGGUGAUUAAUGGAGCAGCUUUUCAGCAUAGCUGGCAGAAGGUAAGAAAGAGCUCAAAAACCCAGGAGACAUGGCUCUUGCUCAAACUAAUUCUAUUUAUUAAUUUUUUUCCCCCACAAAUUGAAUUCAAUAAAUGUAGCUCUCGGCCCCCAAAUUUUUCUGAAUGCACAUUUGUCCACCCUUGGUUGGGAGUGUUUUUCAUUUUCUAAAGAAUGUUACAAAAACAUUAAUAUGCAAUAAAGUGUACAUCAUGCUCUACAAAGCAACGUUCGUCAUCAUUCUGUGAUCUUGUUGUGUCUGCUUCCUUUGAGGAAAGAAGUUAGACCUCUAUCAGAAGCAAAGGUGACCUAGAUACAUUCCAGUAAAAUGCAGACUUAAAUUGCAGAGCAGAAUAAAAUUAAAAUGUUAGAAUGUUAUUCCUUUGCGUCAUAUUGAGUAUUCCAAUGUGUAUAUCAAAUUACAAGGUCUGGUUGCCAUGGCAUUGAACAUGCAAGUCGCUUGAACAGCUUUUUCCUCAACACUCCCACUCAUCACUAUGUCUUUCUCUCCCUACAGAUGGCAUCAGCUACAGAUUCUCGUUACGGGCAGAAAGAGUCCUCCGACCAGAACUUUGAUUACAUGUUCAAGAUCUUAAUUAUCGGGAACAGCAGCGUGGGCAAAACCUCCUUUCUCUUCCGAUAUGCGGACGACUCCUUCACCCCGGCAUUCGUCAGCACGGUGGGAAUAGAUUUCAAAGUGAAAACCAUUUACAGGAAUGACAAAAGAAUCAAGCUGCAGAUUUGGGUAAGGAUAUAAUUAGACACGGAACAUCUGUAACUGCUCAUCCUGAGUAGCUGUGCAUUAAUGAGCCUUUGUACAGUCGUAACCAUUGUGGAAAUGCUAAAUUCCAUAGCUUUAUUAGUCAUAUUAUUAUUAUUAAUGUAGUUCACAUUUAGUUGACAUGCACAGAAAACUUUUUUAUAGGGCUGGUUAUGCUCAGGUAAAACACAACCGUCAUGUCACUGAUACAUUCGUCUUGAUUAUAUUUUUGGAUGGAAAUAUUUUUUUUCAAAAUGUUAAAAUAGAAAAAAAAAUUAUAUUAAAAUACUAAACUAUUUUCCAAAAUAUUAACUGAUUUGUAAUGCUUACCCAAAAAUAUUAAAGAGGCACUGUCUGGUGACCUCGCCGGAAGGGGGACAGGGGGUCAGAUAAAUGUGAGAUUUAAUUCCUUGAACCUGUCCCUCGCAGGCACUGCCAUCUUUCUCUGACGGGUCCUCCUCUGCUCCUGGCUCCUCAGCGCAAAAUUGGAUUGCUGACUGGCAGCUAACAUAGAGAUGAAAAGUAGAUUUACUUAUGUGAUAGCCUUGAGAAAUGAGCAGUGCCUAAGCUCAUUGCAGUUCUUCCACUAGUUUACUAUGGGUUUGCAUGAAACACAUCUUAUUGUUCGUGCCCAGUUGCAUGGCAGAUUUGAUCGACCUGGGAGAAAUAACUCUACUUUUGGGAACAUAGACAGGCUAAGGAGGGAUAGUAGCAAGAAAAAAGGUUUUGUGAUGACAGAGACUCAACUCUACAGAUUCAAAUUAGCCCUAGAAACUCAUUAUUGUUUUGUUCCCUUUGUGUGACUUGCUUAGGAUUUUGACCAAUGUCUAAAGACAGAUGUCAAUUGCAAACAAACACAUUUAAAGGAUCACUAUAGGGUCAGGAACACAAACAUAUAUUCCUGACCCUAUAGUGUUAACACCACACCAUCUAGCGCCCCCUGGGCCCCUCAUGCCUCCAUAAAUAUAGUAAAAAUGUUACUGUAUUCAAGUCUAAAGCUGUAAAUCUGCAUGCCGUUAGACUCAGAAAAACAAGCAGUCUGCUGACAUGUGGUAGCCUGAUCCAAUCAUAGUGCUUCCCCAUAGGAUUGGCUGAGACUGACAAAGAGGCAGAUCAGGGGCAGAGCCAACAUGAUUCAAACACAGCCCUGGCUAGUCAGCAUCUCCUCAUAGAGAUGAAUUGAAUCAAUGAAUCUCUAUGAGUAAAGCUCAGUGUCUGCAUGCAGAGGGAGGAGAUACUGAAUCACAGGAUGCUGUGCACAGUGCUGCCCUGUGCUCUGCUGACAGCAGAUCUGAGUGGAUGGAGGCAUAUUAUGCCUCCAUCAACUCCGAAGUCCCUCUGGUUCACUCUGAGUGACUGCAACUGGAGGUGUUCCUAGCUUUCAAUGUAAACACUGUAUUUUCUCAGAAAAUACAGUGUCUACAUGAGAAAGGAUGCAGGGAGGUAUAGUUCUCACCGGAACAACCUCAUUAAGCUGAAGUUGUUCAGGUGACUAUAGUGUCCCUUUAAUUAAUUGCGAUAAAUGAAAGAGUCAUCCAAACAGUGGGUAAAUGGGUGACAUCAUUGCUGAUAUGGUGCGAUUUAGUAAAAAGUAAAAACAAUCCCAAAGUACCUGAUCAAGGUGCAUGGACAGACAAACUAUGUAGCACCAAUAGCCCAGAACAAAGCUGGUAAUUAAUGAUUCAGUGAUAAAGGUAUACGUGUUAAUAGAAACAAAAUAGAACUACAUCUAGUUUGCAAUAUACUACCACCAAUCAGCCAGAAUAAACAAUUAGCUGGCAGAUAAACUAUAUGAGGGCCAAUAAAUUAAGUACAAAGUAAGGCAGAAUUAAAUAAAUUGCGGUAAAUAGACGCGCAUUGAGCGAAAAAAGCAGAAACCGUGUGAAACGAGGGAGCAGACAUACAAACGUGUAGCAAUCAGAAGUUUAUGUAAUGUCUAGUAAAACUAAGCAUGUCUGUAAUGCAAAAAGCAUUGCAAAAGAUGGUAUACAGUCAGUGUAAGAUUCUGAAGAUUUGAAGGGUUAAUUUUGUUAAGCCCCUGUGGAGAUAACAUGUCAAGUGUAUAUAUCUAGAAGGCCUUUUUGUGGAGAAUUUCAGUGUCCCGGUCUCUUCCAUGAGCUGAUUCUGGCACAUGGUCAAUACCCAUAAAAUCAUCUAGGACCGACCUGCACAACUUGACAGUAGGUAAGGGCCAACAUAAAAAUAGGCUAAACAUCUUGGGGUCGCAGAUAUGUUUUUAAUGCAUUCGUGUUUGUCCUCUUAUUUCAUUGUUUUCUCCUUACUAUAUAUACUUCCCUUUCAUUCUUUUACCCUCUAUCUUUUCAGUCUAUUUACUGGGUAUCAUUUCCUGUCACGAGUAUGGGCUAUUGGCCCAGCCGAGAUGGUGGGGUGAGUGUGGAAGUGAAAGGGUUAAUGACACCAAACCCCUGGUUACCUGUUGCUAGUCCCAGCAACCACUAAAUUAACCCCUGCAAUCCCUUCUACACUUACACCCUAGUAUACACUUUACUGCCACCAUUUUCUAUCUGGGCGUCUUAGGUUACCCCACACACAGUAGAAUUAUAGUACCACAACCUUACUUCACUGAUCAGACAUAUAUGAUUAACAAUUUUGGUAACGUGUUUACCUGAGCUUUCCUCAGAAGAGUUAGCUCAUAGAGAACAAAGACACAAGAUGAUUAAGUAAAUAUUUAAUCUGACAAAAAGGAUCCACAGUGCUGUGUACAAAAAAUACAGAAACACAGAUAACGAAUUGCAAAACAGUCCAUAAAAUAAAAUAGGAGAAAACACAAGAUAUCUCAAAAAAAAAAAAAAAAAAGAAGAAGAAAUCUCUCCCUGGAUAGUCCAACAUCCUCAUUAUAUAUCUCAAACUAGUUGUUUCUAAGUGGGCAGACCCCUAAGAGGAUCAGAGCGGUUUGGCCUGGCAGUUUAUUGCCCACUCCAUAUUUCCUUAAAUUAUGUUGUCCUGUGAGUAACCCAAAGUCAGAGCAUAUGCAUCAAUACCUUUUACGACAUCCUAUGUCCAGCUCUGGUGAUGGUUAUCUAGAAGUGUUAUGGCUUAGGCCUGGUGUUAGAUUAAAGCCUACAAUAGAUUGUUAUCCCAACAUGUACAAAAACAACUCAUAACAUAGUUCAAAUGCCAACUCAUGCUUUGGCAUGACAUUUCCAUUCAUGGUUUUACUAUGUAUCUUUUUUUUAAAUUUAAUUCGUUGACUGCUUACUGUUUCUCUCUCCUCUCAUUCUAUUACCCUCCUUUUAUUCUUUUAUCCCUAAUAUUUGUAUUAUUGGGUUGACGGUGUGUGGGUGACAUGUGUGAGGUUUGGUUACACUUUGUGUGUGACUGUGAGUGUGACACUGUGUGUGCCUGAAGGAGUGCAUGUGUGUGCAUGAAGGAGUGCAUGUGUGUGAUUGUGUGUGCGCUUGAGGGAGUGACUGUGUGUGUCUGUGUGUGUGUGGGGGAGUGACAGCUUGUGUUUGAGGGUGACCGUGAGGGUGACAGUGUGGUAGGGGUGACUGUGUGAGCAUGAUGACAGUGUGUGGUGGGGGGUUACACUGUAUAUGAAGGGGUUGACACUGAGUGUGGAAGGUUAAAGUGUGUGGGGGGAUGACCGUGUGAGAGGGUGGCAGUGUAUGUGUGCAUGAGGGUGACUUUGUGAGGGGGAGUGACAGUGUGUGAGUGGCAUGGCAUGGCAGUGUGUGUGUGUGUGUGGGCGGGGAUGACCGUGUUGGCAUGUGUAUGUGUUUCGUACACUUCCUCUACCUACUCUAACAUCAUAUUUUAAGGCCAUACAGACUGACCUAACAAGAUUCAUCUGGGCUGGUUAUAUUGGAAGUGCUACAAUCUUCCAAAAACUUGGCGGCUUAGCCUUACUGAACAUAGUCUUACUACCAUGCAGCCAUUAUAGUGACUGCUACACCUCACUUCCUCAAAGACACGCAACCACAAUGGGUGACUAUAGAAGCAUAUCUGCUGAAUGGACACAGUAUAACCAAUAUAAUCUGGGUGCCCCAGAAACUUAGAUGCUAAAUCCACUCACUACCUCCCCAGAUUCAACUACUGCUGCAGACUUGGGACAAAUAUAGACACAAAAUUAGCAUUUCACCAGUCUUUUCCUUAGCAACCCUGGCAGUGGCACUUUCUUAUUUUAGGUGCAACGCAUCUGUACCAUUUAUAUAACCAAAAUAGACUGUUAGAAUACACUGUACUAACAACUAAAUAUUCCAUACUCACUCAGUCCUUUUAUUCUUACCUUCAAUUAAGAUCUUACCUAACUUCGGAUAAAUCAUUGUCUUUACAGGUCUCUACAACUUCUAUCUCCACUUGGGAACAAAUGUGCAUUAAUAUGAAACAUCUGUUUGUAUGUACGCCAAUCUCGAUGUGCUAUCAAUUGAUAGCAGAUUAUGUACCCUUUAUUGCCUCUAAAUAUGCAAGGCAAUGGGAAAAUGAUCACGUGCUCACGUACAAAGAAACAAUGGGAAUUGUCUCUUUCGGCUCUUAUUCGGCUAAUUAAAUCCUCUACACACCUUGAACAACAUCGCAAAAUACUUUAUAGAUGGUACUUGGUACCAAUCAGACUUCAUAAGAUUUUCUCAAGCACUCCUAUCUGCUGGAGAGGCAGUAAUGCUGAGGGUACAAUGCUCCACAUAUGGUGGACAUGGGACCUUUUGCAGCAAUACUGGAAAGAGGUACACGCUCUAAUUAAAAAUAGUACAGGCUGCAAUAUGACCUUACUACCUAGCAUUUACCUUCUGCUUGUCUUACCAGAGCUAAUCCCUCGUUACAAAUUAAAACUGAUUGUGCAAAUUACUUUAAAGACACAGCAGAACAUAGGGAGAAAAUGGAAAUCCCAGUUACCUCCAAGAUUAACAGAUUUAUAUAAACAAUGUACCUAUGAAAGAGCCUAUACGCCUUUUUCCCGCUACUGCAAUUUAUAUGAAAGCAUAGGAACUUUGGAGCACAUGGAGAUUGGUCAAUCCUCAUUUAUUGUAAAUAAUGUGUGUAUAUGGCUAUAUUUAUGUACCAAUAUAGACUUCACAGAUCCGUUACGGAGAGAUUUAGGAUUACCCAUAUUAUGUUCUAGGCCCACAAGGAACAAGGUUCUUAGAGAUAUAUAAUUGGGGUGAAGCCCUUAUGACAGGAACCAGUACGCAAAUAUGUCCAACGGGGUCUCUAUAAAUGUAAACAUAGCGUAAAACAUCACUUAUAUCUAUGACAAGGUACUAUUCUAGUACCUUUUUGUAACAGGUUAUGAUGGAGUGCUACUGGGAUAGGAUUGAUUUUAUUUUUUACCCCCCUUGUAUCUCCUCUGCUCUCCCUUAUUUAUUGUGUUACCCACCUUACAUGAUACAUGAAUGUGUAAGAACAUUCUGAUACAUGCAUGCAUAUGUGUGACAAUUUUGUAACUUGUAAGUCUUAAAAUGUCGAUUUUUGUUUUGUGAACAAAAAGUGCUCUACUCCAUCUUUUUCUGUAUUUUCAGUACCCUCUUCACUUCUAUUCUUAACAUAAAUAAAAUAUUUUUAAAAGGGGAAAACAAUGUGUGUGUGUGUAUGUGUGUGUAUAUAUAUAUAUAUAUAUAUAUAUAUAUAUCUUUGACCCUUCAAAGUGAGAGAUUAUUUGCAAAUAUGCAUCCUGUUGUUUGCAUUUUGUCCUUAUUUAGUUAAAAAUUAGUACUUUGUACAUAUUCCAAAUACUAUACUUUGCUUUGAAUAGGGUUUAGAAGAGAAAAACACAGAUUUUAAACCAGACUCAACCAAAUGUAUCCAGUCGAUGGGUUCUAAUUUCGGUUGGGAUGGCCAAAUUCCAACCCGAAUUAUCUUUUGUAAAAACGUAAUUGCCAUUUCUGUCAGAAUUCGCUAUUUUUACUUUUGUCCAUCCGUACAAUACAAGAUAUUUAGUAUAGACAGAUAUAGAUAAAUUAUGAAACUACAUGACAUUGGACUAUCGAGCAUUAUAUACAGGGAGUGCAGAAUUAUUAGGCAAAUGAGUAUUUUGACCACAUCAUCCUCUUUAUGCAUGUUGUCUUACUCCAAGCUGUAUAGGCUCGAAAGCCUACUACCAAUUAAGCAUAUUAGGUGAUGUGCAUCUCUGUAAUGAGAAGGGGGUGUGGUCUAAUGACAUCAACACCCUAUAUCAGGUGUGCAUAAUUAUUAGGCAACUUCCUUUCCUUUGGCAAAAUGGGUCAAAAGAAGGACUUGACAGGCUCAGAAAAGUCAAAAAUAGUGAGAUAUCUUGCAGAGGGAUGCAGCAUUCUUAAAAUUGCAAAGCUUCUGAAGCGUGAUCAUCGAACAAUCAAGCGUUUCAUUCAAAAUAGUCAACAGGGUCGCAAGAAGCGUGUGGAAAAACCAAGGCGCAAAAUAACUGCCCAUGAACUGAGAAAAGUCAAGCGUGCAGCUGCCACGAUGCCACUUGCCACCAGUUUGGCCAUAUUUCAGAGCUGCAACAUCACUGGAGUGCCCAAAAGCACAAGGUGUGCAAUACUCAGAGACAUGGCCAAGGUAAGAAAGGCUGAAAGACGACCACCACUGAACAAGACACACAAGCUGAAACGUCAAGACUGGGCCAAGAAAUAUCUCAAGACUGAUUUUUCUAAGGUUUUAUGGACUGAUGAAAUGAGAGUGAGUCUUGAUGGGCCAGAUGGAUGGGCCCGUGGCUGGAUUGGUAAAGGGCAGAGAGCUCCAGUCCGACUCAGACGCCAGCAAGGUGGAGGUGGAGUACUGGUUUGGGCUAGUAUCAUCAAAGAUGAGCUUGUGGGGCCUUUUCGGGUUGAGGAUGGAGUCAAGCUCAACUCCCAGUCCUACUGCCAGUUCCUGGAAGACACCUUCUUCAAGCAGUGGUACAGGAAGAAGUCUGCAUCCUUCAAGAAAAACAUGAUUUUCAUGCAGGACAAUGCUCCAUCACACGCGUCCAAGUACUCCACAGCGUGGCUGGCAAGAAAGGGUAUAAAGAAGAAAAUCUAAUGACAUGGCCUCCUUGUUCACCUGAUCUGAACCCCAUUGAGAACCUGUGGUCCAUCAUCAAAUGUGAGAUUUACAAGGAGGGAAAACAGUACACCUCUCUGAACAGUGUCUGGGAGGCUGUGGUUGCUGCUGCACGCAAUGUUGAUGGUGAACAGAUCAAAACACUGACAGAAUCCAUGGAUGGCAGGCUUUUGAGUGUCCUUGCAAAGAAAGGUGGCUAUAUUGGUCACUGAUUUGUUUUGUUUUGUUUUUGAAUGUCAGAAAUGUAUAUUUGUGAAUGUUGAGAUGUUAUAUUGGUUUCACUGGUAAUAAUAAAUAAUUGAAAUGGGUAUAUAUUUGUUUUUUGUUAAGUUGCCUAAUAAUUAUGCACAGUAAUAGUCACCUGCACACACAGAUAUCCCCUAACAUAGCUAUAACUAAAAACAAACUAAAAACUACUUCCAAAAAUAUUCAGCUUUGAUAUUAAUGAGUUUUUUGGGUUCAUUGAGAACAUGGUUGUUGUUGUUCAAUAAUAACAUUAAUCCUCAAAAAUACAACUUGCCUAAUAAUUCUGCACUCCCUGUAUUAUUGUCAGAGCAUACAUCAUAUUUCAUUUUAUAUGGAUUUUGUUAAGUAAGGUUAGGGGGGGGGGGAGCACCUGCUCCAUAUCUGCCUUUAUUUACAGACUUGAAGACAUGAAUCAUUGAUCACCUAAAAAUUUGUAUGGAUACUAUUUAUGGUUAAUUGUUUUCAAAUAAUAUUUGCAGGGAAGGCCUUAAAGCAGCUCUGUCCCUUUUCUGUAUCUGAUAAAGAUACAGUGAAAUACUGCUCCAUAUCUGCCUUUAUUUACAGACUUGAAGACAUGAAUCAUUGAUCACCUAAAAAUUUGUAUGGAUACUAUUUAUGGUUAAUUGUUUUCAAAUAAUAUUUGCAGGGAAGGCCUUAAAGCAGCUCUGUCCCUUUUCUGUAUCUGAUAAAGAUACAGUGAAAUACUGCUUUGGAAUUUAAUUGAAAUGCCAAAACAGAAGAAGACAAAGUAGUAACUAGGCAAAGUCUAGGUUGAUAAAACAUGAUAAAAGACAGAGUUCCAGCUGUCAACUUUUAUCAAUUCUCUAGUGAUGUGUGUGGGAAGCUGUAGUCAUAUUGUGCCAAAAAAAGAUGUCUGUGCCUGUGGGCUAAAGCUUCAGGUAAAUAUACCUAUAUUAAGCCUCAUCCUUAGAUUGAUGUACACACAGUACAGAUGUUAACUUUGUGGCCUUUGAAAAAAAAUGGAAAGACCCUGAAACCAGCUGAGCCACUUUAAUGAAACACGAACACUAACAGCACUAAAACACAUAUAAAUAAAUAUAUAUAACUCUGCUUCAUUCUCUCAGUUGGACAAAAGCAGCUCUCGGUUGGACUAGACAGAAGGUCUACAUCCAAAGACUCCUUCAAUACAAUAGAUUGCAGUAAAGAUGGUGCUUAAUUAAAAAAAAAAAAUCUAAACUUAUUUGAACUUUUUUUUUUUUUUUUGUAUACGUACUAGGGUACAUGUUUUCAACAAUUGGGAUGACCGUUUUAAUUACAGAUAUCAAACAGCUCUGAUAAAGUUUAAAGAGGCAGCAGCUGUUAAAUGGCCCAUGUUCCCCUCCUCUUUCUCUACUGAGAAUAUACCAAUUAGUCGGGAUCUGAGGAGUGUGAAACGUGACUCUCGGAAUUACAAGUGCCACAGUCUUCAAGAAAAGAAAAUGUAGAACUAUUAAAAUGGGUUUGAAUAAUUGUUAAUGUUAGAUAAUAUUACAUUUUCUUGCAUGUGCUGGUGGAUAUGAAAACCAUAUUCCUUCCAUUAACUAGUGCUGCUCUAUAUAUAGAUUUGCUAAUGCUGAUUAGAUGAGCAAAGUCGUGGCUAUGUUUGUACUAUCUCAUGUUGAACAUAUUGCUGUAAGAGGAAAUGGCUAGGGAUCUCCAUUCUCUCCCAAAGUCGCCUGUCACCCUGGACUGAAAUCUAUUCUUAAUGAGUAUUCAGGAUCUUUAAAUAAUCUUAUAACUUUCUCUAAAAUCCAAUGGAAUAGUUUCUAUACCUGCUAUGAAAAAAAUAUAUGGACCAAGGAUCUUUAGGAUAAUAAAUAGGAUAACCUUUAAUAUAACAUUUAAAAUACAUUUUUCAUCAUGCUCUCUGUUAUAUUGAAACACGUCACAAUUUUUGUUAUAACAAUUUUUGUUGGGAAGAUAUGUAGAAGUGUUAGUGGGAGAAAAAUAGUUUAUGUUCUAAAAGUGGAGAAAUCUGCAGGGACAUUUUGGGUUUCCAUGGUGAUAUGAAAAGAAAAAUUCACUAUAGUGACUAACAAAAAUAAUAUAAGUGAAUGGGGUGGUACCUAUCAAGGUUUUACCUCACCAAAAACACCCCAAAACAACAAAGUAGACAAAAAAGUGAAAAAGAAACCAAAACUCCAAAAAUACACUGAAUAUAAAAUGAAAAGAAUUGAAAUAAAUGAAAGAGAAAAUAUUUUAUGUAGGUCCAAACAAAUCUAGAAUUAUAGAUGUGCUUGGAAUUACAUAAGGUUUUAUUUUCUGUUUCAUUUAUUUCAUUUAUUUCAACUCAUUUCAUUUUGUAUUCAGUGUAUUUUAGUUUCCUUUACAGUUUUUUGUCUACUUCCUUGGGUAUAAAUCCCACUAUUGUAUAGUUUGCGUCUAUUUCUUUCGCCUAGCUACCUUCUAAGCAGGUGGUUUUGGCCCUCCAUUGAGAAGCUCAAAUUAUCUUCCCACUAAAGAGUGCAUAUUCCCUCUUUCAUUCGCUUUAUUUUUCAGUUUAAAGCAGUUGGUGCCAUUGCUAAGCCAUUCUCAAAAGCUGCAUUCAAUAGACAUCCCCUGAUCAGCUUUACAACAUACUUAAAAAGGGGAACCAUGCCCCAGUUCGUGUGAUAAAAGGGAGUCGGCCUGUGAUGCAAAUUGCACCAGUUGCACAGUCCAAAGAGAGUGGACACACUGCAAAAAAUGGAACACCAGGGAACAAUUUUGGGACUGUGGGACAGGACACUGAAAUAGGGACUGUUACACUAAAAUAAAGAUUUUUGACUAGGGAGCUAGUACCAUAGAGCAACAUUGAUAAUCACCUAUAUUGUAACCGUAAGGCUUGUGACAUGUGAUGCUCCGUUUUCUUUAUAUUAAAGAUUUAGCAAGUUAUGUCACAACGAAGUUCAGUACAGACACACCUAAAUGCAAAUAAGAAAUUGAAACAUAGUUUCUGUACGCUUUCUCUAUGCCAACUGCUAUGUGAAAGGACAGAGCUAAUUAACAAAGACCCAAGAUGGAGGCACCCAACUGCAGCCUAAACAGAUGUGGCUUCGUAUGUUACAUUUUAUUUUUUUAAAUGUCACAAAACCUCAAACGAAGCUAAUGUCGUAUACAGCCUAAACUACAUCUGCUGUGGGAUCUAGUCUCCAUGUGACUUAGAUGAUGAUCAGAUCACAUUUUAUGACCAAUUUGUGCAAAAAUCCAUAUCAUUCCAAAGGGUUCACAUACUUUUUCUUGCAACUGUAAAUAUAUAUAUGUAUAUAUAUAUAUGUGUGUGUGUUAAGGCUUUGUUGGGGGAGGGGCCUGGAUUUGGGGGAGGGGCAUAUGGAUAUAUAUAAGGGACUCCUCCCCCCCUACCCCCCAGCCUACCUCACCGUCAUUGAUCUGGCGAUCAUCAUGCUGCUAUUUCCGGUGCAUACAGACCGCCCUCUCACCUACUACCUGUCCGUGGAAACUGAUGUCUGGAUCCCCAGGUCUUCGUGGCUACAUUCUGUUCUGCCGUGCUCCAAUAUGGUCUCCUGACCUGGAAGCCCCAGCCUGACCUCCGACCCCAUGGACCGAGCAGUCGCACAGGCGCCCUCCAUUGGCGUCUUUACUGUUUGUGCUUUUCCUUUCAAUCAUGUGUUGAAAUGUGGACACGUGGGCUCUAUUCCCUCAUAGAGCAUUUGUGUCCUUUUUGUACUUAUCCGUUCAGCUAGUUUUUAUACGAACGGGUCGUGUCUAUUAUUUAUUUCAUAUUUUCGAAAAACGCGGGACGAAACGCGUUGAGCCGACAUCACUAGAUCAGCGCACCAGCAGUCCAGAGACCGUAUUUAAGAUCUUCGUUCAUUUUUUUGUCUAUUCAUAUUGCUGACCAGCUGCAAGUAGUAUUUUAGAUCUAGGAUCGCGACCUAGAUCCAUAUAUUCCAUCUUUUCUGCUUGUUAGCAUAGCAGUGUCUAGACAUAAGUUGUUUCAGAGUCUCAUAAUUGUACUGCUGUUUAGCGAUCUUUUAUAUAUUUAUAUUUGUUCUUUACUGCAUGAUGUGCAGAAUAAAAUUGUUCAUUUUUUAUUGAAUUUGUCCCUUGGCCUGUAUAGUUUAGCGCCCUCUUUUAGGUGGGUUUAUCCCCAUCUUAUAUUUGUUCACAGUAUUAUUUAUUUCAUGCCUCUCCCCUCCCCCCUGUUCGGCUCUUUACCAGAUGAACGGGUCAUUUAGGCGCACUACUGCGUUUGCACGUAAUCAUGGUAAACUGACUUGUGGGCUCUCCUACCGUUCGUGUCCUUUUCCCACUCAUUCGCUUAGUAAGGGAGAUUCAGUCAUUUCCCUAGGUUUGGCUAGCCGUAGCUAAACGAUUCUCAAACAUUUACGCCUGUGCUCAUGAAAACUUGGCAACUAUUCUCCAUAGGUUGCUAUGGUUUCCUAGCUCAGGGUGAUUUGGCUGACGGCCCUCUAGCGGUCAGAACUUGAUGUUGCAGUAGUAUAGAGGUAUAUAGGAGACCCUCAUACUAGGAAACUAUUGGUUGACAGAAUGUAUUUUUUUCUAUGUAUAGGUUGUACAUUAUAAUAUUGGGCUCAGCAGGUCAGUCUGGAUGCGGUUUCUAGUUAGCACAUGUAUAGGUACAUAGUAUACGCAUAGCGCUUUGUUUAGGAUGUUAUUUGGUUCUACAUCGUUUUCUAUGUAAUAGUUCCUUAAACAUACUAUGGGGGUUACGAUUGAUGUUAAUACAUGUCAUUGGCUUGCUUACACACGUAUUUGUGUCAUGACAAUCAUUUUCAGAUCUUUAGGUGAAGAUAUAGAGCAGCAUUUGCUCUUCAUACCUCGAAUCCUAUAUCUUGUAAGUAGGUGGUCUUGUUAAGGGGUACGAUUCCAGAUGUUUCAUUGGCGUAAAUGUAUGCUAAUCCUUUAUCUUUGUUAUUGUGGCAAAACCGAACUCGCCACGUGUCCUUGGAGGGGGCUGCUUGCCCGCCUCUUGCCUUUGGACUAUGGCCCUGCAGGUUAAACUGUUUAUUUUCCCUGCAGAAAGGCUUAUUCGUGUGAUCUGAGUGCCAUUCAUCUAAUAAUGUGCAGUCAGAUCCAAGCUAUCUGGGGAUAUGUAGAAAUGUGUGUUUUAUGUACUAAAUGUGUCAGUAUGUAAUUUUAUGUCUUUUACUGUCUUUUUGUCUGCCAUGUGGGUAAUGGAGUUUGGCUCUGUCUUUGGAGAUAAUUAGAUUCCUUCUCCAAUUAUCUCCAGGGCAGAAGGGAGGAAGCCAGGAUGCAUUGUGGGGAUGUUUUACUUUUACUGUUUGAGCCAGGGGGAACAAAAGAUACUUUUACUAACUUUUGAACCCCUGGUCUGAUUCAUGCCAUUUUUUAAUAUGUUGUUCCCCUGAAUGGAUUGAUUGUGAAUAUGUAUUUUUAUGCGAAUGUGAUGUAUAUUUUGGGAGUUAUGAAUGUUGUGUAAAAACUGUAUUUUCCCUACCUAUGAUAAUUGUAUUUCCCUGUGUGUACAGAUAAUUAGUUUACAGGUAGAGGGGAGGGCUAUGUGUGGGAUGUAACUAUUGUGUGAUUGGUUAAUGUACGUUACUGUGUGUGUCCCUCCCCUUCAUGGGAGCACCUAAUAAAAAGGGCUGCAAGCUAGCAGCCAGAGAGUUCUAUUUUUACCCUCAACUUGAGUCCUGUCUCUUAUUGGGGGAAUCUGCUACAAGGGAUUGCUAUGCUAGGCAUAUUCCCUUGCUAUAAUCACUGAGCUCUUGUAAGAGCUUGUUCCUGCUUCGUUCUGAAGGGAGAUAGCUGCAGUCUGCGGUGCUUAUGGUGUCUGGUGGAGUGCUUGGAGUCCUCUGGAAGCGCUAGGAGCAUCUUUCAAUGGAGGUACCCAGUCGGGGUGCCAGGUGAUCCGUUACAGUUAUUAUUAGAUAUAGGCCUCUCCUUCCCCUCUCUACCUUCUUUAGUGGGAAACACAGUAUUCUGUUACAGGUAAGUUAAAAAUAUAUAAUAUUGUAAUAAAGUGAAGGCAGAGAGGCCUAUACCAUUUAACCCCAGCAGGAGUACGUGUUGUAUGUAUGGUGUGCAACACAAACCUAUGUUUAGUUAUGGGCCCCUGGGGUGAAGCAUUUGGAGAGCAGGGUGGGCCAAUGCUCCACUCCUCAGUUUAUACACAACUUGGAGAAAUAAGGUCCAGGCCAGAGUUUUUUGGAACUGUCUCCAACCCACUGCUCAGCUGCAGAUAAUCAGCUGUAGCAGUGUGAAUAAACACCUCCAUGCUAGGCAAGUAAAGGGGGAUUGCUUGCUUCCUCCCUGGAAGCAGGUAGGAGAGACGCUGUUGUCUACUGUGAGAGAGUCAAUGAGACUGAGCACUAUGAGUGCAGAAGGAAGCAGUCAAGGCUGGCUUGGAGCACUAGGAGUGCAAAAGGAAACGGUCAAGGCUGGCUUGGAGCACUAGGAGUUCAGAAGGAAGCGGUCAAGGCUGGCUUGGAGCACUGGGAGUGCAGAAGGAAGCAAUUAAGGCUGGCUUGGAGCACUAGGAGUGCAGAAGGAAGCAGUCAAGGCUGGCUUGGAGCAGUGGGCGUGCAGAAGGAAGCAGUCAAGGCUGGCUUGGAGCACUGGGAGUGCAGAAAGGAGAGCAGAGUGUUGCUAUCUAAUAAGGUUGGUGCAACCCAAUGAUAAGUUGUGUUAGUUUAACCCUGAUAGAGAGGGAUAUUAAAAGUGAAUCAGUGCUCAGACGAGCUAGAUUUUUUGUUUAAAGGGGAAACCUGUUAUAUUUAUGUUUUAGUUGUGUUGCUGUGUGGACUUACCAAUAAAGUGCCUGGAUUAUAUGAAAAUAAAAGGACUGUGCCUGUUGUUUACCCUAGAGGACCGUGCUAACUACAAAUAAGGAUCAAUAUAUAUAUACCCCUUCCUUUUGGUUGGUGAGUUUUUCCCCUAUUAUUACCGUAUCCACGCUGCAACUUGUACGAUUCAAUUACAAUAGGUUACAACUACUUUCUGACCUAACAAACACGAGAAUUGACUUCAGGUACGUUUACCAAAGGUGACUUCUCAACAUCCCAAUUUUCUUUUAGGUUUUACUGGCUUAUUAAGUGGUAACACUUCCGGCACCUCUGCCUUGUCUACAGUGGUCCCGCAAGGCCAACACCCAUACUCCAUGCUAGAGGUGAAAUUCGCCGCUUGGGCCAAAUCAUAGUUAGCCGCCUCACACGGUUGCAUAGGGAGGGCCUCUCAUGUCACUCCCCUACUAUCUUUGGGCUUUGUCACAGAGAGGCCGCCACCCCGCCACAAGUGCAGUGGUCACGAAUCCCCUCGCAACAAAUCAUAGGUAGAGCCUCUCUAGCCUCUUGGCAAUUAGCAGGGCCUCAUCCGUCACCGAACUUAGUGAAUUGUUUCGCCGCUUGGCACUUGUAAGCCAGCCAGUAAAACACCUAAUUUUCCAAGUUGUGUUUAAUAUUUCUUUCAGUAUGUCUCAGAUCCCUGAUGAAGCGGGCGAGUUGUCAAUUCCCAGUGCUCCUUCUGGUACAUUUCUCCUACUCAAAAGGGCGAUAUCAGUAGCCCUGCAUCUAUUAGGUCUUGGACCAUUCCCCAUAUAACGGCAGAACUUCAUAAACGCAACAUCCCUUUCCCAGCAACGGCCCGGAAAGCGGAACUGUUUCAGCUCAUGCAGACACAUACUGACAACGCUGGGGCCGGAGAAGGAACGAAUGGCUCCAGAAAUUUGGAGUUUCACGCCAUGAUUUCCUCACUCUCUACCUCCAUGGGGAAAGUUAACGAUAGACUGGAUAGAAUUGAAGCUCGUAGCCUUCCCCUGUCAUCAUCUGCGACUUUAACUGCUGAAGUUCCAGGUUCACUACAGAUACAAUCGGGUAAAGUACCCCCGGAGUUGGGUACUCAUAUCAUCACCCCCACCCAUAUGGUACCUGCAAAUCUCAAAAAAGACAUCCUGGAAGGCAAAUACGUUAAUCUUGUCUCACUAGUGAUUGCCUCUCAGGAUGUCAUGGAGAAUCGCACGUACGCAUACGGCGAUAUAUCUGUUCUAUUGAAAUCUAGGGAUCCUAGACUAAGUAAGAAAUUGUCUAUCCCGGAUUUUGUCAUUGCUUUUGGGAUUUAUAGGGUUGUAAUAUGCUCGGUACACCCUCAUAGGAGGGAAGAGUUGGAUCUCUACUUGCACAAGCUGGUGGACUGGCAAAAAUACAGGGGUUCAUCAUUCUAUGAUUACAACCGGUCCUUUUCGGCGAGGGCCUCUGCCAUUCUGGCUCAGUUCAACAUCAAAACUGAUUGGAGCAGAAUGGACACUGAGCUGUUUUGCAGGCACGUCACCGGGCUGAGUACACCAGCUUGUGCAAUCUGCGCAUCCACCGCGCAUGCCACAGACUAUUGUCCGAUCUCCCCUGACAUCAAUCCUACCAUGGCUUUCCUAGGCGCCCGAGCCAAGUUUGACAAACCGGCCAAGGAUAAGCUGGGUUGUGCUAUUGUAUAUUUAGGAAAAUAUCAGGUGUGUAACCAUUACCAUGAAGGUACCUGCGGUAUUAGUGCUUGCCGCUUGUUGCAUGUAUGUUCUCACUGCUUUAAGGCCCAUGCUAAGUCUAUGUGCUCAAAUAAAAUGCAUGCUAAACCUUAUCUGACCUCCGGUAAAUGUUGGUUCUCUGGCUAGCUCUUUAACCACUCACCCUUCCAGACACUUGGUCGAUUUCUUAAUAACGGAGUUCUCACAUGGUUUUCAUACUGGUAUUAUUCACAUACCUGCAGGUAUUGUAGAGUGCAGUAACCUCCAAUCCGCUAUGGUAGACAUGGACGCUGUUGAUACACUGUUACACAAAGAACUAGGGGAAGGUUUCUUAUUAGGAACAUUUAAGGAACCUCCAUUCUCCAACUGGAGGACUAACCCCAUAGGUGUGGUCACCGGGAAAACCUCUGGCAAACAAAGAUUGAUAGUAGACUUCUCCGCACCUCACUCUUCGGGUAUUCCCAGCCAUAACUCCUUGAUUCCCUCGGAGGAGUUUUCGCUGCAGUAUUCCACAAUUGACAACGCAAUUGACACAAUCAUUACAACAGGGAUUGGGGCCUGGCUCAGUAAAACAUACAUUUUAACGCCUUCAAAUUGCUACCCAUUCAUCCUACUCUAUGGCAUCUGCACAGUAUCAAAUGGAAGGGUCUAUACUACUUUUUCAUAAAACUCCCCUUCGGGUCGAAAACAGCCCUAAGAUUUUUGACACUUUCGCUGAGACCUUGUGUUGGCUUCUAUUGAACACGUGCAGGCAGGGACGUAUUAGCCACGAGGCAAACAAGGAAUUUGCCUUGGGCGGCACUUUCCAGGGGGCAGCAAAAAAAGCCGCCCCCAAAUGCCCCGGCAAAUGUCUUGUUAGCCUGACAGCUAACUAAAAAUCCGGACGAAGCUGGCGAGGGAGCACUGAUUAGUGAGCUCUCUGCUCAGCUCCCUCUGGCGCCGCAGAGUGAUGCCGGGAGCCAUAAUAUAACGUCAUAUUCCGGCUCCCAGCAUCACUCUCCGGCGCGCCAGGGAGCUGAGCAGAGAGCUCACUAAUCAGUGCUCCCUCGCCAGUGCCGCCCGCCCGCCCAACAGCCCCAUUGGACCCCACGGAAAGGGAGAAACCCCCCCCCAAGCAUUCCCAAAGGUAAGGCGGCUGGGGGAAUUGAAUAAAAAAAAAAAAAAGUGAGUGUGUUAAUGUGAGUGUAUGUGUCUGUGAGUGUGUUAAUGUGAGUGUGUCUGUUAGUGUGUGUGUGUCUGUGUGUACGUCAGGGAGUGUGUGUUAGGGAAUGUGUUACUAUGUGUGUGUCUGUUAGUGAGAGUGUAUGCGUGUCUGCUAGUGACUGUAUGUGUCUGCUAGUGACUGUAUGUGUCUGUUAGUGAGUGUGUAUGUCUGUUAGCUAGUGUAUGCGUGUCUGUCAGUGAAUGUGUGUGUGUGUGUGUAUUUAGAAGGCGGGGUCGGGGGAAGGGGGGCGUCUGAGUUUUGUCAUGCCUUGGGCAGCACAAAACCAGGAUGCACCACUGCGUGCAGGUGCCAUACAGUAAUUCACUACCUGGAUGACUUUCUGUUUAUCGAGAACAAUUUCUCCACCCCAGGCAACUUAAACAAAGCCAUUAAGCUAUUUCAUUCCUUAUGCAAAACUCCCAGCAAAACUGAAGGUCCCAACACCAUAGUUAGUUUCCUGGGUAUUCACCAUGAUUCCAUGGCCAGGGAAGCCAGCCUCCCGUUAGAUAAAAUAAGUCAUAUCAUCAACCAAUACGUCCAAGUUGGUUCUUGUAAUCGGAAGGAGUUACAAUCACGGUUGGGUUCCCACGGCCACCCCUUCGUUCCAGGAGCUAGUCCUGUAUUUUGCCACCUUAAGCUAUACUUAACAGGCAUUCAACACCAUAUGUAUUCAUAUUUUCCAGACAACACCAGUUUUCUUUCUUCUUACCCAAUGAAGACCAUACUUAAAGGCAUACACAAAGCCAGCGGUCCUACUCAUUGAUAAACAGCUGUUCAAGGCCAUAUCGGACUUGCUAGAUGCAACCCCUUUUGAACCUAUCACCAAUACGGUCAUUAAAGCUACAAUCUACCUGCCCUUUUUUGGGUUCCUUUGACCUUGCAAAAUUACCAUCCAUAGCAAAAAUCACUCCCAUGAAUGCCUCAAACGCUCCUACUUGGUUAGACAUCACAAUCAUUAUGUACUGUCACUACUCUGUACCAAGACUAGCCAGCUGGGACAACCGGUUCAGAUCACAUAUUAAGGUUUUUCUUUGUGUUCUAUUAUGUUCAUUGUUUUAAAAUUUUCUUUGGCAAGAUAAUUCUUUCUUUUUGCCCACUAUUUACUGGCCUACCGACGUUGUACUAUAACAUGUUGCGUCACUACAGGACUUCGCAUCAACAUAUCGAUGGUUGCACUGAACACAAAUAAAAAUAAAGAUAUAUUUCGCUUUGGCACCUGGCAUUUAGCAGCUCUGCUGGGAAUAUUAGAGCCGUGAGCAGCAUGAGGGCAGCCAGGAGCCAUGAGCAGUGUGGAGCUAGCUCCUAACUUUUUUAGCUGGCUCCUAGAUUCCAAACACAUUUGUCAAGUUGUGUGUGUGUGUAUCUAUAUAUAAAAAAUAUUUAUUUAACAGUUGUAUUAUUUUGAUUGGAGUACUUGCUUACCACCAUGCUUACCACCAUGCUUAUGGCAUUUGCAUACUCCUCCCAACAUUGGGAGGUAUGAGAUUGGGAUGGGAUGGGAUAAUGGGUGGUCCUUCCCACUGAAAAAGAAUGGCAUGCCAGACUGACUGACCGCAUCUAGGCUGGCCUCUUCCAUACAGGAUCAUACAGUGCAGCUGUAUGGUCCUACCGCCCGUUCACUAUCGAGCAUGUGAAAUUCUGUGCUUAAGCUUUGCUGCUUGAGAUCAAUUUUCUGGUGUCCUGCGUCUGUGGAUAAAAUUGGGAUAGUGGGACAGGAUCCACAAAAUCAGGUCUAUCCUCACAAAAUCAGGAUUGUUGGGAGGCCUGCGUUUGUGAGAGAAGUUUUCGUUGUCUGGUUAUACAGAUGUACAUAAAUAAUAAUAGUUUACCUAUUGUACUGUUUUCACUUUCAAUCUGUGUGAUGAAAUGGUGUACUUUCCCGCAUUUGAAUAUACAUUAUAAAAAGUAAAAGUAGAUACACUUUGUGAUGUGAAUGUAGACCAUAGCUAAAUAGCUCACAUGGGUCUGAAUUUUCCCAUUUUUAACUGUAAACAGCCCAGGGUUGGCAGAGAACAUGCUUAUCUUGUUUUGUUCCUAUAAGAUACCCACAGUUCUGCAGUAAAACAUGUCCUUUAGAAAUUUAUUUAAAAGCAGCAUGUCAGUGGGAUGUUCUGGGAUUUAUUUGGCAAGCCUGAUUGCCAGAUCCGAUUUUGAUGUAGAUAUAUGAAAUGGUUAUGUAAUGUAGAAACACGUUUUCAGCAUUACAGCUUGGCUCUUUCCUCUGCAAAAGUAAAUUACUUCAAUACCCUCAUAACCACAUUCUCCCUUGAACCCAAACGACUAUUUCACAUUUUUUACUCUCUUCUACGCCCUGUUUCUCCUCCUCCUCCUUCCAACUUAACCGCCACAAAAUUUGCAACUCACUUCACUGGCAAGAACUCUACAAUCAGGGAAGAGAUCUCUCAUCUCUCUCCUUCCCCUUACAAUACUCCCCCCAACCUCACUCCCUGUGCUGUUCUAUGUUCAUUUGCACCCGCUACAACGGACAAGGUUUCUGAUCUGCUCCGGUCCUCCCACCCCACCACCUGCUCCCUUGAUCCUAUUCCCUCGCAUCUCAUCCGUACUCUCUCCUUCUCUUGCUUUGCCUCUCACUAAAAUGCUUAAUCUUGCCCUCCCCUCUGGCAUAUUUCUAUUACCCUUCAAACAUGUAACUGUAACUCUGAUUCUUAAAAAAAAAAAAAAAAGCCCAACAUUGACCCUGAUUUCGCUACUGCCUUUUGCGUCCAGAAUCCUUGAAAGACUUGUGUAUAUGAGAUUGACCGACUUCCUCAAGUCCAAUUCUUAGCUCGACCACUUCAGUCUGGUUUACGCACUCCGCACGUGGAAACGGCUCUGACUAAAGUAUCAGUCUACUUGCUGCAAAAUCUCAUGGUCACUACUCUAUCUUAAUAUUCCUUAAUCUUUCUGCUGCUUUUGACACUGUUGAUUAUCAACAGCUUCUUCUCAUCCUCCGUAAUCUCUGUCUGCAAUAUUGCUCUCUCCUGGUGCUCCUAUCUCACUCCAGUCUCUUUCUCUGGCUCUGCCUCUGCCUCUUCCUCCCAACCUCUCUCUGUUCGUGUUCCCCAAGGGUCUGUCCUUGAUCCCCUAUUGUUCUCAAUCUAUACAGCCUCCACUGGUAAACUCAUCAGCUCUUUUGGCUUUCAAUAUCACUUCUAUGUGGAUGACACACAAAUCUAUCUCUCUUCCCCGAUCUCUCACCGCCCCUCUUGACUAGUGUCUCUGACUGCCUCUCUGCUAUUUCUAACUAGAUGACUGCCCACUUUCUUAAGCUCAACUUGUCCAAAACAGAACUUCUGGUCUUUCCCUCAAGUGUUGCUACUCCCAUCUCUGUCUCCCUCCACGUUAAUGGUGCUACCAUCAGCUCCACCACGCAUGCUCGCUGCCUAGGUGUUCUCUUUGACUCUGACCUCUCCUUUACGCCUCAUGUUCAGUCUAUCGCUAAAUCCUGCCGCUUCCAUCUCAAAAACAUUGUGCGCAUCCGCCUACAUAACGCCAGGUGCGGCUAAGGUGCUGGCCCAUGCCACUGUCCUCUCUCACCUUGACUACUGCAAUCCGCUUCUCAGUGGUCUUACAUAUUUCCAACUUGCCCCAUUGCAGUUGGUAAUGAAUGCGGCGAGGCUCCUCUUCCUGUCCGCCCGCACCUCCCACGCCUCACCCUUCUGUCAGUCCCUACAUUGGCUUCCGGUAAGAUAAAGGGCUCAAUAUAAAAUUCUGGUUCUUGCUUUCAAAUCUCUACAUAAUGCCACUCCCACCUAUCUAUCCUCCCUAUUAUACAAGUUUGUCCCAUCUAAGCCCUUAUGUUCUGCCGAAGACCUAUUCUCUGUUCCUACUCCCAUCUCUGAUGCUCGCAUUCAAGACUUUUUUAGGGCUGCACCAUUCCUAUGGAACUCCCUUCCCUUUUCCAUUAGACACUCACCCAGUCUCCACUCCUUCAAAAAAAUCAUUAAAAAAAUUCACUUUUUCACAAAAGCAUACCAAUUAAACUGUUAAUUGCUCUAAAAACCAACACAAAGUCUUCAUUAAAUACUAUUCUACCAAUCUACUUCCUUUACCUUUUGUGUUACUUUACCCCACUCCCUCUAGCAUGUAAGCUCAUUGAGCAGGCCCCUGAAACCCUCUGUUUCUGUGCAUCAAACUUGUCUGGUUACAACUACAUUUUUGUUAGUCCACCCAUUGUAAAGCGCUAUGAAAUUUGUUGGCGCUAUAUAAAUAUAAUAAUAAUUUACAAUAGAAGACAUUUGGCCUCACCUAGAUCAUGCCAAGUGAAUUCAGUAAUGGCAAAGGUAUGCCUGCCAUUAUAAUAUUAGUUCGUAUGUUUUUUUUAGGAUCUAAUACUAUCAAGUAAAGUGAUAAACUCUCCCUUGACCAGCACCGAUUUUUAUUUAUUUUUUUUCAGUUUUUUUUUUACUUUUUAUUGCCAUUCUGAACAAAUAUUUAACUUUGAUAUAUCAGAAUGUAAUAAAAGGUAACUCCACUCUUCCAGUGACUUGAAGGGGUCCUUGUUGUAGAUCAUAAUAGAAAGUAGCAAACAUAAUUUUUUGUACUAAAAUAUUCUCUUUUAACCCUUUUGUUACACCGAAAAUUACAGUUUCUCUAUAUUGACUCUUUCUAUAUCAGUUAUGGUGCCUGGAGUCUCUGCGUGCAUUGUUUUGCUAUGAAAAGCUGCACAUGCAGAGUUUCAUCCCUUCGCUGCUGGAGUUAAAACACUGUCUACUGCAAUGUCAUUCGGGCUUGCUAAUGUCAAUUCUGUACAUAUUCUUAUGCACAGAAUGUCAUUCAUUGGCUGAAAGUGACAUCGAACACCCUCAGCCAAUGAAUGGCUGUAGGGAUUGGCAUUGUGCAGCUCCGCAGAAGCCGUAUGUCAUCAAACAAAGCUGCAUAGGACCCUUGGCUAACAGACCCAGAUUAGGUGUGCCACCUGGCCAGUAUUUGAGGCCGGUGCCAGUAUUGCAAAUGUUAUUUAUUUAUGAAAUAUUUUACCAGGAAGGAUACAUUGAGAUUUCUCUCGUUUUUAUCUAUGUCCAGAUAUACCGGCAGUACAAAGGCCUGUAUUUUUCUGAGGAAAAUAAACCCAGAAUUCACCUCUAUUAUUCUCAUUUCUAAAUACACACACUAACACACACUUAUUCAGACAGUAUACACACACACCACUACACAUACACAUAGCUAAACGCACGUUCACUCACUUUAGUACAUAACCCUGUGAGAUAUGUUCAUCUCAGUAGUAAAUACUAAAGUAAGAAUCAAAAUGAAUUUCAGAUAUUUUGGUUUCUAAAUUUAAAAGUAUAACAUUACAUCUGUUCUGUGGCUGCAUUUUCAGUGUUGGUUCUCUAUUCAGCUUUUAGUUAGACGUGCACAUUUUUUUUUAAAAAGUCUCAAUGAAAUGGUAAUCUUGAAAUGAAUAAUUUCUGAAGAUUUGGUUCGUUCAUAAAAAAAAAUCACUUAAAGAAAUAUGAUUGAAAGGAGACGUGCAAACUAUUUUUUUAGGUGUGUUUCCCUUAAUAGCAGCAAACUGUAACCAUAUUUGUUUCUCUCGAUGGGGUUGGGGAAUUGGGCAUCCAUUGUUACUCUAGAUCCAUCCAUUUUGGUGAAAUUCUCACAUCCUUUUGUAUUCUAAGCUUUUUUUUCUGCUGACACCCUAUAGCAGGGGUAGGCAACCUAUUGCACGUGUGCCAUGCACGACACUCAAGGUGCCUUUGCACGGCACUCAAGGCUGCUAGAGCCAAACAGGCUCUGGCCUAUCAGGAGUCCCAGUGACACUUCAGAUAUCUGCUAAUAUGAAAAGGUGGUGAAGGACAAUCCUCAAUUUAUGCAUUGCACCACAUAGAGGAACUGAUCUCAGAUCACUUCCUCCUAGCACUUGUGAAUGGGAAUCCACACUGGAGUAGAGCAGCCUACAGCUGCUGUUGCAGCUCCUGUGAUUGACCUGUACCUGGGAACCCAGGGAAGCCACCCACUCUGCUAGAUAUACACAGAAAUGCAGAAUAACCCUCCCCUCACACAAAUAAUACGAACAGCCCACCCACAAACGCACACAAUCCACACAAAUAAAACACCACUGACAAUCCACAUACAUGCACACAACCCCACACGCAGUCUCUUACAUGCAAUACCUUAAGCAGCCCCACACAUACACACCCCAACAAACACACAAUGUGACAUAUCCAUCCACACACAAUUCCACAAGCAGCCUCCAUACACAGCCCACAUUCACAGGUAUCAUACACAACACCACAAACUACUCCUGAACAUACACAAUAUAAUAGCUCAUAUCUGCACAAAUACAAUGAUACAAAGCAAUUGCACUAUAAAUAACACCAGCAGAGUAUGGCAACAUACACACCUCAAUUUAAAAAAAAUAGGAUGAGCACGCUGUGGGACAUCACAAUCCUAUUUCGGCACAGUGCUGCUAAAAGGUUGCCUACCCCUGCUUUUUUUCUUUUUUUCAAUUUUUUUAUAUGUAUGCAAUUUGAAAAGAACUCUGCUUUCCUCCAAAAAUGUGGAUUAAAAUAUCCCAUUCACAAAACCAUACAUUUAGUGAUACAUUGUGCUGGAAAAUUCAUCAGUAAAGAAAUUAUUACAAUAUAUACCAACAUGAAGAUUACUUCUGCGUUCUCAAGAUGACCACAGCCACACAAGUAGAGUAUGACUUUGUGUCUACCCACCCCUUCAAGAAUUAUAUGUGUGCUACUUAUUGUCUGCUGUGCAAAUGUAAUUUAGGGAGAUCAGGAGAUGAGCAUUGGUGAAGUUGUAUUUAGUUGCGCUAAUAUUAAACAUUGUAUAUUUAAAAAAUAAAAUAAAAUUUUAAAACCAUGGGUUUUGAAAAUAGUGAUUACUUAUCCGUCUGUAUUUUGUUUUUAAUCCUCCCUCCAAUCUGUUACUCGGCACUUUUACAGUAUGUUUUUCAUAAACGCAGAUUGAGCUGCAGUUUUCUGCUACUGAAAAACAUAAUUUGAUUUCAAUCUAAUUAAAUUAGACUCUGCGUUUAUUAAUGCGUCUCAAAUUGGAAAAAUUAUAUUGUGGGUAAUAUUGCGAAAGAGAAUAAUAUAUCUCCAGCACUAGAUGUUGCAUUUCUAAAGAAUAUUUCAAGAAUAUUAUCCUAUUUAAUACCUUCUAACAAGUAAUAAGGAAAAUGGUAAUGUAAUCUAGUGUACAGUUAUUGUGUAUUGUAGAAGGUAAAGUCUUCUAACCAUCCUUGGGUGUCUGGUUAUGAUUCCUUUGUUCCUAGGUUUUAUUUUUUGGCAGAAACCCUGACUUUACUCCCAAGUAACAAUCUAUCGAGUGUUUGACUGCACCCGGAAUGCUUCACCGAGCAGGGCAAGUCUUGUCAGUGAUGUCCGCACGCUGGCUUCUUUGCCAGCGUGCCUGCUAGUUUUUGCCAGUGCUGGCUAAGGAGUUUCCAUGGCAACCACAGCACAUGCAUUAUGGUUGCUCUGGGUGGAGAGCGGAGGGACCUCCUGUGGUCUUUUCUGCUGUCCCUUGUCAGUCCCUUGGCAUGCCGAGGCAUUGACUGACAGCUGGGAGAAAAAAUAAUAUCCAGACUGUUUUUUUUCUCCUAAUCUUUACAUUUGCUAGAACAAUGUAUAAUUACAAUCUUAUGCUCAAUCUAAUGAGCAUAAGAUUGUUUGGGACAUAACAGGUGCCCUUUAAGGUAAGACAACGCCCAGGACCUACAGACACCAUAACCAGUCAUUAGGUGCCUAGAGUGUCUCUUUUAAGGCAUCCUACAUUAAACAAAAGAAAGAGAAGAAGAAAAAAAAUAUCUCAUGGAUAUGCUGUAUCAUCAAAUUUGUAUCUCAAAUUGUAUAUGACAUUUUUUUAUGCUUAUACCUACUUUACAGUAAGUGUAAGCAUAAUAUGACAACUGAUUAUUUUCACUGAUGCCAGAAUUUGAAAAACUUGGAAAAAUAAAGAAUUAAUAGAAAAACUAUUUUGUUUCUGUUUAUGCAGCCCUUGCCACACCUCCCCUGGCUAUGAUUGACACAGCCUCCAUGAAAAAAAAUUGGUUUCACUUUCAAUCAGAUGUACCGUAUAUCUUCGAGUAUAAGUCGACCCGAAUAUAAGUCGAGGCCCCUAAUUUUACCCCAAAAAACUGGGAAAACGUAUUGACUCGAGUAUAAGACUAAGGUGGGAAAUGCAGCAGCUACUGGCAAAAUUACUGCUGUACCAAACGCUGUCAACUAACUUGAUGGCAUCAUACACUGACAGCGUUAUUUACUAAGGUGUGAAUUUUAAUGCCAGAGGAGACGACCUGAAAUCAUAGCUGACUUUUUCCAGUUCGAUAAUUUUGGGAUUUGCUUUGGUUUUGCUUUGAAUUCUCAUUUUAGUAGCCCUGUGAAUUGAAAUGUAGCUAUUUAUGUUAUCAUCUUGUAAUGUUUCUUUUAGUGCCAACUGAUUAUCACAAUAAAUGACAUUGAACAACCUUAGGAAUACUUGUGUUGGCUGGGUAGGUAAUAAUCCAAGGCUUGUUUGCUAGCAUUGGAAUUAUGUGUUUUAGACAGAUUUUGAUAAGAAAGGAAUUGCAUUUACACUGAAAGGACAAAAAAAAAAAAUGUCACUGUAAAGAGCAACAUGAACUGCAGGUGGCCUUCUGACUUUGUUUAACACUAUUAUGCAUGCAUCGUGCUGGAUUUUGUCCUUCACCAUUAAUACGCUACAUAACAAAGAUAAUAUAUUUAAAUAUGUCUGUCAGCCAGUGAGGCACAAUAAGUCUGAAAGGCUGCCAUUUGAGCAGCUGUUCCCCAGACAGUAAAACAAUUGAAGGGACACUAUAGGCUUCCAGACCACUUCAGCUCAUUAUCCCUGUCAGUUUAACCCUGCAAUAGUAAUUAUUGCAGUUAUUGAUUACCAGACUAGAGGCCGUUCCUGGUUGUUAGGCGACUCUUUGUUGCCUAACUGACGCUGAACGAUCUCACGGUCUGCAUGAGGACAUCCAAUGUCAGCUAAAACCCCGUAGGAAAGCAUUGAUUCAAUGCUUUACUAUGGGGUAAUCCUAAUGCGGUGUUUGCUGCACAUGUGCAUUAGGUUCCCCACCGGGGUAGGGUACUAUAAUGCUAGGAAUACAACAUUGUGGUUUCCCAUCAAGAAUGAUGCAAUUGGCAUGGGCUUGCUCCCCCAUUCUACCUCGAAAUUAGGGUUUUGAGUUUGUGCUCCCAGUCAGUUCAAUCCAUAUAUUUUUGUGUGUGAAAAAUUGGCUUUAUUAUUUAAUCUUUUGUUAAAAAAGAUACUCUUCUCUCUUGGAUACAAUUGGAAACACAACACAAGUUUAUCAAUAGUUUGUUCUACCUCCCUUUGCCUAGGUAAUAGCUCAAAGUAUUUUCCUACUAUGCCUGAUGAGGUUGGAGAAUACAUCGCAAAGGAUCAGAGACCAUUUCUACAUACAGAAUUUCUCCAGAUCCUUCAAAGUUUGAGGUCUAUGCUGGUGGACUCUCCUCUUAAGUUCACCCUACAGGUUUUCUGUUGGGAUGUCCAUGGCAGUACAUUUUUCAUGCUGAUUGUUAUCUCUGUUGUCCUGUUGGAAGAUCCAGCGAGGGACAGUUUUAAGGUUUCUUGCAGAAGCAGUCAUGUGUUCAUUUAAGAUCUGUUGAUAUUUGAUAGAGUUCAUGAUGCCGUGUAUCGUAAUAAAAUGUCUCUGACUGAAAAACAGCCCCAAAACAUUAAGAGACACCACCAUAUUUAACUGUGGUCCUGAGGUACUUUUCCAUAAAACUACCUCUCUGUGUGCACCAAACCCAUGUCUGGUAUUUGUCAGAAAGCCCCCAAACUGAAGACACUUGAGUUUGUGCUUGGAUUAGAGGAGAGGCUUUUUUCUUCAAACCCUUCCAAACAACUUGUGGUGGUGUAGGUGAUGUCCUAUUGUAAUUUUAUAGAUUUCUGAUCUCAAGACGCAACUAACUUCUUUUUUGGUCACUUGAACCAUCCUCUUAACAGGGUGUUGUGACAAUUUAGACACACGUCCUUUUCGAGGUUGAUUCAUAAUAUUUCCAGUUGAGUAGAACUUCAUAAUUAUUGCCUUAAUGGUGGAAAUGGGUGUUUUUUUUUUUUUUUUUUAUGCUUUUGCAAUUUUCUCAUAGCCACUUCCAGUUUUGUAAAGAUCAACUUUUUCCCACACAUCACAGCCAUAUUACUGUUUCAUACUAGUGAUGUCCCGAACGGUUCGCGAACGGUUCGCCGCAGACUCAUCUGAGUCCGCGGCGAACCGUUCGGAACAUCACUAUUUCUUACCCAUUGUAAUGAAUGACUAAGAGAAUUUUGUCUAUGUGUGACCUCAUAUUUUUACACCUGUGAAACAGGUAGUCACAGUUGAACAAUUUUCGGUUCCUAGUCACCCAGGUGUACUGAAAAUGUAAAUAUUGGUGGGAAUAGACUUCAAAUAUAUUUUUCUUAUAUGAAUUCCCUAGAGGUUAAUUGUGCCACAGAAUGAUUUAUAUUAUAUAUAUAUACAGGUAUAUAUGAACAAAUGAUCCAGAUAGCACUCCCAGGACUUGUAAAUAAAACUUUGCUUUUAAUUAGCUUUAAAAAUAAAUCGACGUUUCAGUCUGUUAAACACAGACUUUCAUCAGGACUAACUAAUACAGUGCAAGUGCUAACAUAUAUACCCAAAUACAUACAGAACAAUUAACUUACCCACCACCUACUCUCAGAUAUAAAUAUAUAUGAAACCGAAUUCAUUAUGAAUAAAAUAAAAAAAAAAGUGUGAGAAAUAAAGAUAAAAAAAAAGUUUAGUUCUGCAUUGCAUUUUAACUGUGAAUGUCAUAAUACUGUUAGCUUUUAUUGCAAUAAAAUGCACACAUUUGUAUUCAGCAAAGUCUCACGAGUACAACAGUACCACCCCAUGUACAGGUUUCUAUGGUGUUUUGGAAAGUUACAGGGUCAAAUAUAGCGUGUUUUGUUUUUCAGUUUAUACACAUUAAAAUUUGACAGACUGGUUAUGUUGCCUUUGAGAGCGUAUGGUAGCCCAGGAAUGAGAAUUACCCCCAUGAUGGCAUACCAUUUGCAAAAGUAGACAACCCUACUCAAUAUGGGGUAUGUCCAGUCUUUUUUAAUAGCCACUUAGUCACAAACACUGGCCAAAGUUAGCAUUUAUAUUUUGUUUGUGUUAAAAAUGCAAAAAACAAUUAUGAACGCUUACUUUGGCUAGUGUUUGUGACUGUCUACUAAAAAAGGCCGAACAUACCUCAUUUGCAACACCUUGGGUUCUCUUAUUUUGCAUAUGGUAUGCCAUCAUGGGGUAAUUCUCAUUCCUGGGCUACCAUACGCUCUCAAAGGCAACAUAACCAAUCUGGCAAAUUUAAAUGUGAAAAAACUGAAAAGCAAGCCUUAUAUUUGACCAUGUAAAAAAAACUAUAAAACCUGUACAUGGAGAGUACUGUUAUACUCUGGAGACUUCCCUGAACACAAAUAUUAGUGUAUUAAAACCGUAAAACGUAUUACAAAAACGGCGAAAGUGUCGUUUGUGUGUAAAAAAAUGCCAAAAAAGUAACUUUCACUGACAAUAUCAUUGUUUGAAAACACUAAUAUUUGUAUUCAGCGAAGUCUCCCGAGUAAAACAGUACCCCCCAUGUACAGGUUUUAGGGUGUCUUGGAGAGUUACAGGGUUGAAUAUAGUGCUAGCAAAUUUAAUUUUCCGGACUUUCUGCCUGGGUUGUCAGGCAGGUCCCUCAAAUUGUAAUCAGUAAAAUGACUUAAUUAUUUAAAAAUACUACAUAAAUAUGCACAUAGAAUUUUAAAUAUAUAUAUAUAUAUAUAUAUAUAUAUAUACAUAUUUAUAUAUUUGAAGUCUACGUGUAUAUUUAUGAAGUUAUUUAUGUAAUUAUGUGUAUGGGUAUAUUUAUAUUAUUUUAUGUAUAUAUAAUUUCAUUCUAAGUGUAUUUUGAUAUAUUGAGAUAUAUAUAUAUAUAUAUAUAUAUUUAUUAUUAUUUAUUAAUUAAUUUUUAUUUAUUUUUCUAUAAUAUAUAUAAUAUAAAUACCAUAUAUACUCAAGUAUAAAUCGACCCAAAUAUAAGUCGAGACCCCUAAUUUUACCCCAAAAAACUGGGAAAACGUAUUGACUUGAGUAUAAGACUAGGGUGGGAAAUGCAGCAGCUACUGGUAAAUUCCUAAGUAAAAUUAGAUCCCCCAAAAAUUAUAUUAAUUGAAUAUUUAUUUACAGUGUGUAUAUAAUUUUUUGUUUUUGUUUCAAUAUUUUAUUGAAUUUUAAGACUUAAGGGGGAAAUGGGUACAGAAAAGAAAGGGAUGCAUUGUACAGACAUCACGACAGUACAACAAUGCUGGGUAUUAGAUCCCUCACCCAUCCAAGUGGGUCAAGUGUUUAUCACUCUUGCUUCCCGUGUCUUGUAUAACUUCAUAUGUCAACAGGGAAGCGUCAAGGUGUAGGGAACCUCGGUAUCAUCACCCGUAUGUCAAUGCCUCCGUAGUUUCCGUCUUUUUACAUCAUACCCGCCCUCUAGAAACUUGGGUUGGGGAAACUAGGGAGAGGUUAGGGUCAAUUAUGGGCAAGGUGUCGGUCCUUCAGUAAUAAAAGUCUAUGCUAAGGGCUCUGAGCCUCUGGGCCUUAGUGAGUUGAGUUUUGUUGUCGCCAAGUUUUCCACUGGGCCCAUGUUGCCUGCCAUGUCUCUCCUUUAGGUCUUAGGCAUCUUGUUUCUAACUCAUAUUGUUUUGUGGUGUCCACCUCGUUCAAACACUGCCCAAUCUCUGGCGGAGUGUCCCUGAGCCACAUCUUUCCUAUUGCCGCUAGGGCUGCAAUGAUAAUAUGGUACAUAAGAUGUAGAGUGGCUUUGGGAAGUCUCCUCGGCAGUGCUAAAAGUAAGUAUGUCUAUGGGUUGUGAGUAAGUUUCUUGCCUGUUACUGCCUGUAUCGUGGUUGAAAUAUCCUUCCAGAACUCCACAAGUCGUGGACAGGACCACCAAAUGUGGAGCAUAGAUCCGGGUUCCGUCCGGCAUCUCCAACACAGGUUGGAUCUUUCAUGAGCUAUUUUGUGCACCCUUGUGGGGACCAUAUACAUCCUAUACAACACUUUCCUACUCAGUUCUAUGUGGGAUGCGUUGAGAGUGAGGUUUUUGUGUGCGAGGAAUAUGUCAGCCCAUUGUUCGUCUGAUAUGUUUUUGUGGAAAUCCCUCUCCCAAGCCCUCAGAAACGAUGGUCUCCAUAGUUUAUCGUAUUUCGUUAGUUGCUGAUAUAUUACAGACAGCAAUUUGGGGGAAAGUUUCGGGGCCAUGCACAAUUUCUCCAAUUCUGCUAACAAGGAGUUGCGCUGUUGUAGGACAUCUCCUUUGAGAUUCCAUCGUGCCCAAGAUUGUAAUUGCAUGUGCGAGUACUGUGCUUUCUCUGGAAGUCGAUAGGAUUGGAUUAUGGAGGUAAAAUCCAGGAUACGGCCCUCUGCUAGGAUUUGAUAUAUAUAUGUUACCCCAUGUUUGUGCCACAACCCAUAGUCAAAGUUAGGAAUAUAAAAUUGUAAGGCUUGUAUCGGCAUAGCGAGGGAUAUGUAAGUAUCGCUUCGGUGCCGUUUAAGGAUUCUGUCCCAUAUGUAAAUCGUUGCUGCUGUGGUGGGACUAAUAGUGUUGUAUUUCGGUCUAUGCAUUUUAGGCAACCAAACCAUUGUGGGCAGGGAAAGGCCCCCUAUGUGCGAGGAUUCUAUAGAGUUCCACUUCCGUGGCUUUUUAUCAAAGUAGGUAGUUACCAGUGUACUCAUCACAGCCGCCGCGUAGUACCGUGCUAUGUUUGGCAACCCCAGGCCACCUUCCCUAAAUGGUUUAUACAAAGUUUCAGCCGCUAUCCUAGGUUUCUUUCCUCCCCAGAUGAAUUGAGUUAUCACUUGUUGAGACUCUUUAAAAAAAGUACUCGGUAACCUAAUCUGCAAGGUUCGGAAAAGGUAUUGCCACCUUGGUAAGACCAUCAUUUUAAUGGCAGCUAUUCUACCCGUCCACGAGAUGUAUUUGUGUUUCCAAGCUAAGAGCUGUUGCUUAAUUGAGUUAUGCAGUUUCAGAUAGUUAGCCUUAUAUAGUUGGUUUGUUUGAGGUGUGAGAUUGACCCCUAAAAAGGUUAAGUGGGACUGUUGCCAAUCGUAAGCAUGGGUGGUUUUUAAUUCCAGGAGUUUGGAUUUGGUUAUGUUGAGGCCUAUGGCUUGCGUUUUUGUUGUGUUCAACUUAUAAUAAGAGCAAUUGCUAAAUCGUGUUAAGACAGUUUGUAGCUCGGGGAGGGAAGUCUCUGGUUGAGAUAGCGUGAGCAUUACGUCAUCUGCAAAAAGUGUAAUUUUAUGUUCCAUCCCUCCUGCUAGUAUCCCAUGAAUACCUGGUGAGUUCCGUAUAUGCUGUGCUAAAGACUCCAGCGCUAUUAUGUAUAAGAGGGGGGAUAGUGGGCACCCUUGCCUGGACCCGUUGGAAAUGGAGAAGGGUUUGGAGGUGAAGCCCCCAUUAGAUAUUCUUGCAGUGGGGUUACUAUAAAGCGCCGAUACCAGGGUAAUGAAGCAUUCCGGGAAGGCUAGCUUCCUGAGUACGGAUUGUAGGUAGCCCCAGUGUAGCCUGUCAAAUGCUUUUUCAGCAUCCAGUGACAGUACCACACUCGGGACUCCGGUUUUCCGUAUAGUAUGGAAAAGAUUAAUCAACUUCCUGGUCCCGUCUGAGCCUUGCCUCCCCCUUAUGAACCCAACUUGAUCAUCAUUUAUCAACCUGGGCAGGAUGGACCCCAGUCUGUUAGCAUAAAUUUUGGCUAAUAUCUUUAGGUCCGUGUUUAAUAGCGAUAUGGGACGUAAAUUUUGGCUUCUAUUGGGUGGUUUGCUGGGUUUUGGCAGGGUUGUUAUGUGCGCUAAGAGCAUUUCUUUAGGGAUUUCGCCGGUGAUACGUAUAUGGUUGUACAAUUUCUCUAAUUGGGGGACGAGCGUAUGGGAAAAGGUUUUAUAAUAGAGAUUCGUGAAACCAUCUGGGCCAGGGGAUUUUCCCUUAGGAAGCGAUUUAAUCGUGGUUUCAAUCUCUGAAGAUGUAAUGGGUUCUGCUAGUGAUACCUGGUCUGGGUGUGUAAGCUGCUGUAGCUGGACACCGUGUAGGAACAGGUCUAUUUCCGCUUGGGAUGGCUGGUGUGUGCCUGGGUUCUUUUUUAAAUUGUAAAGACCAUCAUAAUAAUCCGCCAAUUGAUCAUUAAUCGCCUGAGGGUUAUACAUCUUAUUCCCUAUGCUAUCAAGGAGAUACGGGAUUUUUGCAUUUUGUCGUUGUUGCCUUAGUAGCCUUGCCAGUGUCUUCCCCGCUCUAUUCCCUUGUGUGUAUGUCGUCUGUUUUAGUUUGUAUGCCAUGAGGGCCGUUGUCCGCAAAUGUUUAGCAUUUAAUUCCCCUCGUAGGGCCUCUAUGCGUUGUUGUGUGGAUGGCGUUGGGGUUUUGAUUUGCCUGGAAGUUUCUUCCCUUAGGGAUCUCAAAAGAUCUAUGUAUUCCUGUCUGGAUUUUUUGUUAAGAUAAGAUGUGUGACUAAUUAGCAAACCUCUGAUUACUGCCUUGUGCGCCUGCCAUUGUGUGGUGAUGGCGGUGUCUGUAGUACUAUUUAAUUCAAAAAAGGCGUUUAUUUCCUCUUUUAAUUUGGCUAACAAUUCCCUGUUGGAGAGGAGAUAGUCAUUUAGGCGCCACGUGGCCACCCCCCGCGAGGGGAAGGUAUCUUCCAGCAUCAGAUGCACCGGGGCGUGAUCCGACCAUACUAUAUUCCCUAUUUCACUAUGCGUGGCUUUGGGUAGUAGGUCCCCUGAUAUGAAUAUAAAGUCUAUACGAGUGUGCGUUUUGUGUACUUGUGAGUAGAAGGUAAAUUCCCGACUGUUCGGAUGCUGUGCUCGCCACACGUCGUAUAAUUGGUAUUCCGACAAGAGUUUUAACAGGAGAUCUGCCUGUCUUUCCACCACUCUGUGUCUAUGCGCCUGUGCCCAAGCAGUGGUGUCCAUGCUGGCAGAUAACACAUGAUUUAAGUCCCCGCAGAUAAUCGUGGACGCUUGCACCGUAUUAGGGAGUUUAGAGAGCACCUUCCUCAGGAAGUUCCCUUGGUUGUCAUUGGGGCUAUAAAUUCCCACUAGAGUAUAGACAACUUCAUUUAUUUUACAAUGUAGUAUAAGAAAUCGACCCUGUGCAUCUUUUUUUAAAAACAAGCUCAAAUGAGAGUGAUGCGUGGAUGAGCAGGGAAACACCUCUGGAGUUAGAAGCAUAGGUGGAGUGAUAUUGCGUGGGGUAAUCUUUAGUGGCAAAGUGGGGUACCUUAUUAUGUGCGAAGUGGGUCUCUUGUAUACAGAGAAUAUCUGACUGCUGACGCUUGGCAUCCUCCAGGAGGAGCCGUCGUUUGUGCGGCGUGUUUAAACCGCGAGCAUUAAUUGUUUGUAUUUUCAUAGAUCACUUAGUGAUAUUGGACUUCUAAGUAGUAUAACAGGUGCCAGUAUAGCAGCACAAAGUGCCAAGGGGAUAACCCUGUAUGCUAAGUCUAGGUACUGGGCUACCUAUUCAGCUGGAUUCCCAGGCCAGACGCCCGUCUGCGCCGGGAAGCAGUGAUGCAUGGGCCUGUGAGCCGUUGUAUUUAGUAAUGUGUUAUAGUUUGCCUGAUCGACACGAGGGGAAACAAGAGGGGAAAGGGAAAACGUGAGAACUAUGUACAAAUCGUCUCCCAAGGAGACUGCAUGUGGAUCAUCCACAUCUGGGGUAUAGUGGAGAUGUUGUCUCUCCAUUAGCAUGGCUGUAUGCACCUCUAUGUAUGUGCUUUCACUGCCGGCGCAGCUGACACUUCCGUUUAUGUGGUGAGCAGUAGUUUAGUGGGAUGUAGUCGGGCCCUGCCCACGUCCAUGUCCCCGGGUACAGCGCAAAUGGUUUCCGCGGCCUAAGUUUGCCUUCAGACGGUCACCCUGCUCUACUGUCUCAUCAUUUCAACCGUAUCAAACAAUUAUUGACCAAUGAUAGACCCAUAAUAGACCCCCCCGCUCCACCACCCCGGACCCCCGGUGCCCCCCGCCCCACCAAUGACUACCAGUCUUACACUGUCCGACAUGUCUGCAGCCAGGCCUAGGGCAGCUGCUUCCUCUCCAGGCAGCUGGCAGUGUCCGUAUUCAGCGAUGUCGUGCUGUGGCCGAAUGCCUGACCAUAUCCACCCUCGGGGCAGUCCACAACUCCGGGGAGCCCAAACAUAGGGCAAGGGGGGGACCGGCAGGGGAACAGGAAGAGCCCUUACCUCCUUCUUGCAGCCCGGCCCGGCCCGGCCGCUUUCGUGAUCACUCCCUCCCCCGAGCCCUCCCCCGCUCCAGACAUCCAGUCCAUCCCCAAGCGGAGGGGAGACGGCGCGGGGGGUUCACUCAAGGGCAGUCACUCCGCGGAGUCCCGGGUCAGAACGUGUGCUGGUCCCACAUCCCUUAAUCAGACUCUGGCUGGGUUCAAUGUUUCUUGGCGGCCUUUUUCCAUUCCGUGGUAAGUUUCCCCACGGGUUUGGCCGUUGACAUGGUCUGUGCGACUUGUAUAUUCCAGGCACUCAGUUGCUUUGCCCCCUCGUCUGGGUUUGCUAGGGUGGUGAUUCCUCCAUCUUUGGCAAUCAAUAACUUAGUGGGAAAGCCCCAUCUGUACUUAAUACCGUGCGCUCUCAGGGUAGCUGUAAUCAGAUGAAAUGCCUUCCGCUUUCUUAGUGUUGCCGCUGAUAAGUAUAUCUUGAUGUCAGGAUAAUCUGGCGGUGGUGUGGCCCUCAUCUUGCUACCGCGAAGGAUGUGCUCCUUUAUAUGAUAAUAAUGCGCCCUCAUUAGUACAUCUCUCGGCACUUCCUGGGGAAGGUGUUUGGGCUUGGGGAUGCGGUGAACUCGGUCUACCAGCAGCAUAUCCGUCGGUAUCUCCGGGCCAUGGGCAUGCAGUAGGCCCCGCACAUAUGCUGGUAGGUCUUCAGUAGUGACCUCCUCUGGGAUACCCCUCAGUCGUAAAUUAUUUAUUUAUUUUUUAUAUUAUUUAAAUUAUGUUAUUUUUUUCGUUCCCCCUACCUGCUUGAUACAUGGCCAGGGAGGGGGGCUCUCAUUCCCUGGUGGUCCAGUGGAUGAGCUGUGCAGGAGGGGGCUGGCAGGAAGCGUUUACUCACCUUUCCUGCAGCUCCUGUCAGCUCCCUUCUCUCUCCGCUGCUCCGGUCAGCUCCCCUGUCAGCUCCACUGCCGUGCGGAGCGUUGCCACGGGUCUCUGAUCCCGCGGCUCUCGCAAGACUUGCAGGGGAGCUGACUGGAACAGAGGAGAGAGAAAGGAGCUGCAGGAAAGGUAAGUUACAGCUCGCUGCCAGCCCCCAACAGGACCUGGUCUGUAUUAUGGCAAUGUAAGUUGCCAUAAUACAGACACUGACUCGAGUAUAAGACGAGUGGGGGUUUUUCAGCACAAAAAAUGUGCCGAAAAACUCGUCUUAUACUCGAGUAUAUACGGUAGUUAUAUUAUAUAUAUAUAUAUAUAUAUGUGUAUAUAUGUAUGUGUAAUUUUAUUCCAAGUUUAUUUUUAUAUUAAUAUAUGUACAUAUUAAUUAAAAAAAUAAACUUAGUAUUACAUUAAAACCCAUCUCAUUAGGAAAGCUUAUGGCCUCCCUGUCACAUAUUCAUCCGCUUAGAGAAAAGUGAUUAAUUACAUUUACUGUCCACACAGGAAAAGUUGUGCCGAGCAGCAACCUAAUCCACAGAAGGGUUAAUGCUGAGCAGCAAUUAUGCAAAUGAAACCUGGUAACUGACUUUGGGGUCAAAGGCAGGUUACAGCCUAUCAGAACUAAAGGAGGGGUAUUUAGGCCCAGUUCUCAGCCUGCUCAGUGCCCUGUCGUGGUUUCCUUUGUGGUUGUCUGAGAGCGCGUUCCUGUUUAUAGUUUUCUACCUGGUUUUUGACUUUGGCUUUGUUUAUUGACUUCUCUAUAUUCUGGUAUCCUGACUCCUGGCUUUCCUCAUCGCUGUGUCCCUUUCUGUGUUCCCUGACCUCGGCUAGUAUUUUUGACUAUUCUUUGUACGUUAAAUCCGGCCAUUCUAAGGACCGGUAAUACGUUACUUAUUUGUCAUCCGUGCUGUACAGUUCUACGUGCUGGAUCAAACAGUAAUCCUGACAUUACGACAUGGCCAUAGAUCCUGUAGAACUGUGUCAGCACAUAGCUGCUUGUGAGAGGAAAUUAGAGGAGAAUGAUCACCGCAUGGAUCAAUUCACUCAGGCUUUAAGUACGCUUCUCGCUAGAACGGAGCAUCUGCAGCCUGCAGCGUCUCCUCCUAUAGCACCUCUACCCUGUGUACCUCCACCCACUGUUAAUAGGACUCCUUGCAUCUCCUUAUCACCAUCCCUACAGUUUGAUGGCAAUAUCCAGGAAUGCAGGGGUUUUCUUAAUCAGGUGGAGUACCAUUUUGAGGCCUCACCAGGGUCAUUCCCCACGGACAGAGCAAGAAUUGGUUAUCUAAUGAAUCAAUUAAAGGGCAAGGCCCUUGCCUGGGCUAAUCCGUUGUGGGAGAGUAAUCGGAGCAUAGCUCAUAAUUACCAGGAAUUCCUUGCCGAAUUCAAGCUCACGUUUGAGCCAUUGGGUAGAGAGGAUGACGCCUCCACUGCCCUAAUGCACAUCAGACAAGGUAACCGGUCUAUCUCGGAUUAUGCUAUUGAAUUCCGUACCUUAGCUUCCGAGGUAGACUGGACUAACAAUGGGUUAAUCUCAGCAUUCAAAAAGGGUCUCUCAGAGACCAUACUAGAUGAGAUAGCCGCUAAAGAAUUACCUAAGAGUCUUAACGAAUUUAUUACGUUUGUCAUGCAUUUUGAUAGGUUAAGACUCAGAGAAGUCACCAGAAGCAAGACCAGAUGUACGGCUAUGUCCCUAGCACCUCAAUUCUCUAAACCUGUUUUGUCUAACCUCCCUGUACAGUCCGAACCCGAACCUAUGCAGUUGGGGGUCACUAGACUGUCAGAGGCCGAAAAACAGUAUAGGAGAAGGGAGGGGUUAUGCCUAUAUUGCGGUAGAAAGGGACAUAUGAUAACUAAUUGUCCAGUGCGUCCGGAAAACUUCCGCACCUAAGAACCUUAAGGGGACAGAUCUUAGGUGUGAUGGAGUUGUCCUCUAACAAAAACAAAAGUAGAUUCCUCCUUGAGGUAUCUAUUUCCAUUGAUAACAAGAAGUUUUCUUGCAGUGCCCUAAUGGACUCAGGUGCUGCUGGAAAUUUUAUUGAUGUCCAGUUUAUUAGGGGUAAUGAGAUACCGGUCAGGGAGAGACCUACGCCGCUAGCUGUAGAGGCUAUUGAUGGUAGACCACUCACACAACCGCUUAUAACCCACGAAACUGUCCCUAUUACGAUCUCCAUUGGGGCCUCCCAUAGGGAGGAGAUGACGUUUCAGGUUAUUACUUCUCCAUCAUGUCCUAUCAUAUUAGGGUUUCCGUGGCUGAGUAAGCACAAUCCCUAUAUUGACUGGGCUAAUGGGGAGAUAUUAGAAUGGGGUAAAGAGUGUAUGGGGAGAUGUAUAAAACCAGUACUAAAGAGAUUGGAUACUAUUGACCUUCCCACUACCACUCCCCAAACUCCUGGAGUUCCCAUACAAUACCGAGAACUUCAGGAGGUGUUUAACAAGGCUCAAUCCGAUGUAUUGCCUCCCCACAGAGCAUAUGACUGUGCCAUUAACCUGUUUCCAGGCGCUAUGCCACCUAAGGGGGCAGUUUAUGCCUUAUCUCCCCAGGAGAGUAAAAUAAUGGAGGAAUACAUCAAAGAAUCCUUGAGCAAAGGGCACAUAAGAAAGUCAUCCUCACCAGCUGGUGCAGGAUUCUUUUUUGUUGAGAAAAAGGGUGGUGAGUUACGCCCUUGCAUAGACUACAGGGCACUUAAUAAAAUCACUGUAAAAAAUGCAUACCCUAUUCCACUCAUUUCCGAAUUGUUCGAUAGACUUCAGGGAGCUAAAGUAUUUACUAAGCUUGACCUUAGGAGCGCUUACAAUUUGGUUAGAAUUAAAGAGAAUCAUGAGUGGAAGACGGCAUUUAAUACCCGUAGUGGACACUAUGAAUAUCUGGUAAUGCCAUUUGGGUUAUGCAACGCCCCGGCCGUAUUCCAAGACUUUAUAAAUGAUGUACUCAGGGAAUUCAUUUACUCAUUUGUCUUGGUUUAUUUGGACGAUAUUUUGGUGUAUUCCCCUGAUCUUCAAACUCACCACUCCCAUGUGAAACAGGUUCUGCAGACGUUGUUGAAAAAUAAACUUUAUUGUAAAUUAGAAAAGUGCAUAUUUGACCAGCCUGAAGUCCACUUUUUGGGUUACAACAUCUCUGCAUCGGGAUUUCAAAUGGAUCCUAAAAAACUAGAGGCUGUACUACACUGGCCAUUACCCUCUGGUUUAAAAGCCAUUCAAAGGUUUAUUGGUUUUGCCAACUAUUACAGAAGAUUCAUCAAGGGAUUUUCUUCUGUAAUAGCCCCAAUCACAAAUAUGACUCGCAAAGGGGUUAGUAGCACGGUAUGGUCCAAAGAGGCUGUGAAUGCUUUUGAGACUCUUAAACAAAGAUUUGCCUCUGCGGACAUACUAAAACAUCCUGACACCAGUAAACCUUUUAUAUUGGAGGUUGAUGCAUCCGAGACAGGGGUAGGGGCUGUUCUCUCUCAGAGAGAAAGCCAGGGAACACCAUUGCAUCCUUGUGGCUACUUCUCCAGAAAGAUGUCUCCUGCUGAGCGCAACUAUGAUAUUGGCAAUAGAGAACUGUUGGCCAUUAUUCUUGCCCUCAAGGAGUGGCGACAUCUUUUGGAGGGUUCCAAGGACCCCCUGUUGAUCAUAACCGACCACAAAAAUCUGGCAUAUAUAGGGGAUGCCAAACGUUUGUCUUCCAGACAGGCUAGAUGGUCACUGUUCCUUUCACGUUUUAACUUUCUCAUUACUUAUAGACCUGGUUCUAAAAAUACCAAGGCUGAUGCCUUGUCCAGGCAAUUUGAUAAUGAGUCAGCUCCGGAACAGAUGACAUCUCCUAUUAUUCCAGCAGAGUGUAUUAUUGCUACUACUGUCCUCUCACUGUCUUCUCCACUGCUUGGCACCAUACUGGAGGCCCAGCCUCAGGCGCCCAGUGGUAAACCGUGUGAUAAACUGUUCGUUCCCCUAUGUGAAAGGGUUAAUAUCAUGAAAGUGUUCCAUGACAAUAUAACUGCUGGACACCCGGGCAUCAAUAAGUCCACUGCCGCGAUCACUAGAUCAUUUUGGUGGGAUUCACUCAGGAAAGAUGUAAAGGAGUAUGUGCAGGCAUGUUCUGUGUGUGCAGUUUCUAAGGUGACUCAUGCACUUCCUUGUGGCCUGUUGCAGCCUCUUCCUGUUCCUGAGAUUCCAUGGUCCCACCUAUCCAUGGACUUUAUUGUUGAGCUUCCUAGCUCUGCUGGGUUCACUACUAUUCUCAUGGUUGUAGACCGAUUUUCUAAGAUGGCUCACUUCAUUCCUCUCAAGAAGUUGCCAUCUUCGCAAGAUUUGGUCCUAAUUUUCAUACGUGAAAUUGUCCGUUUGCAUGGCAUCCCCCACAAUAUUGUGUCUGAUAGGGGCUCUCAGUUUGUGUCCAGGUUCUGGAGGGCGUUCAGUAAACAAUUGGGGAUUGAUCUCUCCUUCUCCUCCUCCUACCAUCCACAGACCAAUGGUACAGCUGAGAGGGCUAACCAGUCAUUAGAAGUUUAUUUGCGUUGUUUUAUUAAUAGCACACAAGACAAUUGGUCCGAACUACUCCCGUGGGCCGAGUUCGCUAGAAACAAUGCUGUUCAUGACUCCUCUGGGCACAGUCCAUUUUUGUCAAUAAUGGUAGGCAUCCUACGGUUCUCCCUGCGGUAUUUUCUGAUACUGCCAUUCCUGCUCUGGAUGAGCGUCUGGCCUCCAUUCGGGAUACCUGGGUUAAGGUUCAAACUGCUCUAGGGGCUGCUGCUGAACGCUUCAAACAUUUUGCUGAUAAGCGUAGGAGUGCCAACCCGGUGUACCAAGUGGGGGACCGGGUUUGGUUGUCAUCUCGCAACAUCAAGCUUAAGGUCCCUAGCAUGAAGUUUGCCCCCAGAUUCCUUGGUCCCUAUAGAGUGCUUCGUAGGAUCAAUCCAGUGUCUUACUCUCUGGCUCUUCCUGCAUCUUUAGGGAUUCCCAACACUUUUCAUGUGUCCUUACUCAAACCUCUUGUCUGCAAUAGAUAUACUGUUCCUUGUGUUCCUCCCCCUCCGGUGGUGGUGGGUGGUCAGGAAGAGUAUGAGGUAUCUUCUAUCGUGGAUUCUAGGUUUUCUCGGGGCACUUUACAGUACUUGGUUGUUUGGAAAGGUUACGGUCCUGCUGAUCGUUCUUGGGUUUCGGCUCCUGACCUGCAUGCGGGCCGUAAGAUCCGCGCUUUUCACGCUAAAUUUCCUCUCAAGCCUGGUCCUGUCCGCCCGGUGGGCGUUCUUCAGGUGGGGGGUAAUGUCACAUAUUCAUCCGCUUAUAGAAAUGUGGUUAAUGACAUUUACUGUCCACACAGGAAAAGUUGUGCCGAGCAGCAACCUAAUCCACAGAAGGGUUAAUGCUGAGCAGUAAUUGUGCAAAUGAAACCUGGUGUCAUGUAUUCAUCCGCUUAGAGAAAAGUGAUUAAUGACAUUUACUGUCCACACAGGAAAAGUUGUGCCGAGCAGCAACCUAAUCCACAGAAGGGUUAAUGCUGAGCAGCAAUUAUGCAAAUGAAACCUGGUAACUGACUUUGGGGUCAAAGGCCGGUUACAGCCUGUGACGAAGUGCCCUUCGCCACUUGGUCCUGGAGAGGCCUACUUGCCAGCCUCCUCCCCUGUGACUAUGACUCUUUCAUGUAUCUGGCUUUAAAGCCCCUAGUCUACCUUCAGACAGACUAUUUAUGUAGGCUGCUUUAUUUAUCUUAUGUUUUAGUCACCCUGUACCCAUUAUAGGUGCAGGGUGUGUGUAAUGUAAUUGUUUAUAGUGUGUGUGUAUGUACUGUGUAAUGUAUUGCCUGCUCUCUUGUAUUGCUGAGGUUUGCUACCAACUAGGUGGGUUUGGCUAUGGAGCUUGUCUAGUGCCCUCUGUUGGUAGCAACAGCAAUAUGCACUACCUGAAUUGCAAGACUGUUUCAUUUGCAUAUUCGGGUAGAUUUGCAUAUUGCUAAUUCUGCAGGCAGGUGAGAUAUUUACUGUUAAAUAUUGUCUCCCCCCACCCCUUUAAAAAUGUGCCAUUGUGUUGUGAUAAGUGACUGUGUGUUGCUUAAUAUGGUUUGACUGUUUGUGAUUUUAUUGAGGUUUCACAACAAUGUUAUUGUGGUGACCCUAUUGGCUGGUCCCAAGGGAAAUAAAGGUUUUGACAGAUCUUCUUGACCCUCAAUACGUAGCCUUGUCUCGUUAUUGGAGGAAACUGCUAUAUCACACUGGGGAUUGCUAUGCUCUGCAUACUCCCCUGAGCUUUUAAUCACUUAGCUCUUUUAAGAGCUGUUCCUGUUACGCUCUCCUGGAGGAGAGGUCUUCCCAACACGGUCCUGGAGGACAGAAGCUGAUCCAGAGUGGAAGGAAGACGGCGAGACUCCAGUUAAGCUACGGCGGUUGUGGAGUCUGCGGUGGUUGUGGUGUCUGCUGCAGUGUUUGGAGUCCUCAGGAAGCGCUAGGAGCAUCCAUCAUCGGAGGGUACUCGGUCGGAGUACAGGGAGCUCCGUUACACAGCCUAUCAGAACUAAAGGAGGGGUAUUUAGUCCCAGUUCUCAGCCUGCUCAGUGCCCUGUCGUGGUUUCCCUUGUGGUUGUCUGAGAGCGCGUUCCUGUUUAUAGUUUUCUACCUGGUUUUUGACUUUGGCUUUGUUUAUUGACUUCUCUAUAUUCUGGUAUCCUGACUCCUGGCUUUCCUCAUCGCUGUGUCCCUUUCUGUGUUCCCUGACCUCGGCUAGUAUUUUUGACUAUUCUUUGUACGUUAAAUCCGGCCAUUCUAAGGACCGGUAAUACGUUACUUAUUUGUCAUCCGUGCUGUACAGUUCUACGUGCUGGAUCAAACAGUAAUCCUGACACUCCCAGAGUAACCUCUACCUCACAUACCUGUCUCUUGUUCUCUCCUAAAGGGCAGCACUUUACUCUCUCCUUCAGCUCUGCUUCACUCCCACCUUAUUUGUUUGCGAUUUCCUGUCCUAAUGUGUUUUAUAUCCCACCCCCUAUAGACUGUAAGCUCGUUUGAGCAGGGUCCUCGUCAGCCUAUCAUUCCUGUAAGUUUUCUUGUAAUUGUCCUAUUUAUAGUUAAAUCCACCCUCUCAUAAUAUAGUAAAACGCUACAGAAUCUGUUGGCGAUAUAUAAAUGGCAAAAAUAAUAAUAUAUGAUAUAUGUAUGUGUGUGUGUGUGUGUGUGUAUGUAUAUAUAUAUAUUUUUUAUUUACUUGUAUAUUUUUUUCUAUUUUACAGCAGUAGGGAGACUGCCUGUCAGUUUAGGCAGUCCCCCUGCAGGCAGCACUAUGGACGCCUAUUGUGGCCAUGUGACCGCUCUUUCAGAGCGACCACAUGGCUCGCGGGUGCCUAAUUUGCAGAGAGAGGGGGCUGUCUGGGCUGAUAGGGAGUCCCCACCAGAGUGGGAGCAAGUCGGGCUGAUUGGCCAAUCGGGUAAGUAAUAAGGACGGCAGGGACGUUCUAUGCCGCCAUCUGGCCUUUAGAGCCACCCCUAAAAGGACGGCAUAGAACGCCCACCGUCCUUAAGGGGUUAAACAGUGAAGACAAUUUUUCAGAGCCUUCUUUGCUCAUAUUUACCAAGUAAUACCAAUAUAUAUUUUUUUUCUUUGAUAGUUUAAAGACACACACUCACUGACACAAAGUCACUGGCACACAUACUGACACACACUCUCACAAAUACAUUCACUGACAAAUGGCAAUUGGGGACACACCUGGAAUAUACUUUUCUCAGCAGUGAUUCUGCCGUAAAGACCAAAAUUUAUACAAAUUCCAGAAACCGAGCACACACAAAAAUACAGUUUAAUUUAACGUCAAUUUUUCAAAGCUAUUUAAAAUCACCUAUCUUCACAAACAAAUAUAGCGUUAAGUUAAACCAUAUGGCAUACCUUCCAAUGACAUCGACAGUCCCAGAAUUGGGUUGCCGGUGGUUGGGGAGUAAAGGAGGUGAACUAGUGAUGCAAUUGUGUCACUGGCUCCUCACAAAAGGGUGUAUGGAAGGGGGCUUCAACUCCCACAUUAAUGGCAGGUCAGCGUGGUGUGAAAACACAAAAGGCUGCCUGCCAGUCAUUCUAGCCAGCCAACUGAUGACUGACAUUGCAGGGAGCAUGGUUUCAGAAAAUUACAGUGGAACAAACCCAUAGUAAAAGUGCCAACAAGGCCUUGAGAAAGGCAAGGAAUUUUGGGAACAACUCAGAAUAAAGUAAUUGAUCCAUUGAUGAUGGAUCUAUCCAUAUAGAAUGGGUAAAUCAUGAGAGAGAGAGAGAGAGAGAGAGUGCACGUGCACAUACACACACAUCUUGUAUAUCUACAAAUAUGUUUACCAGAUGUCCGUACACCUGGAUCUUCAGAAGCUUUAAGUGUCUGUCUAUCCAUCAUCCUAGAACAGAGUCCCUUUAAAAAUAAAUGUUGAUACAACUUUGGCUGAACUAGAUGUAUCAUGGGAAAAUAUAGCUUUAUGUAAACUGCCGACAAAGGGCAACAAAAGUUAUUUAAUUGGCUUUUCACAUAUGGAACAUCUAGUCUGCAGUUAGUUGCUGUCUGAGAUAUAUUGAGGAGGAGUCAUCAACAUCUGUAUGUUGGUUCCAUUGAUUUGCAUGGUGAUUUCCCUACUUUUAACACUGACAUAAAGUAUCCCAGCAAGCCUUAGCUCUGUGCAUUGCAAGGAGCGACUGGCUGUUGUCACUUCCAUUGCUGACCUGGUUGCAAUCAAGAAGGCCACAGCCAGCCUCAGGUAAUAGCAGCCCACUGGAAAAUAUCUCAGUAUCAUGGUGGGCCAGUCUGGUCCUGCACAGAAUGAUCAGAGAGAGAAGGUAACUUUGUGAACCCUGCUCCUGCCUGGUAUCAAGAUGUUGUGAUCCUUUGGCCAAUGUGCCCCACGUCAGUGCCACUUAUGGUAGCAGUGACCCUGGUUAUAUGAUAUAAUCUAUCCUUUAAUUAAUUUAGUGCAGUGUAAUGUGUUGGUUCUACAUAAAAUAGUUGUGCGAAGAUCUACAGAGAAUCAGCCGCCUGCAGUAAAAAUUGCUGUCAAUCAACAGCAAAAGCUGUUUUGACAAUUUCCAUUAGAGAUCAGUUACCAUAGAUUAGUCAUUACCCAACGUCAGACAGUGUUGAAAUUCUGCUGGAAGAAGGGGUACGCUACACAGAUACUAAGAUUACAAAGAUUUUAAAGAGAAAUUGUCAUGUUUGAAAACAGAUUUAUUUUAAUUUUUUUGAUUAAAAAGCGUGUGUGCGUGUGCAUUGUGUCACAUAGUCAAUUGUUAAAAGGCAAGGAAAUUUUUACAUGAUAUAAUUAAUUACAUCAAUGGUUACAUCACGCAUGCCAUUGUUGACGACCUGAGUAGCAUCAGUAGUGACCUCAGUUAAUGACAUCACCCAUGACAUAUGAAAAAAAAAAUAUUACUGUGGUAUCUCAGAUUACAUCACACAUGAUGACAUAAUCAAUGGCACCACUAUUCUCAUUAUCCUACACACGAGAGAAACCAUAAAUAGAUAAGUAUAUACAGCACUGUGUAGAAAUGGACAAAAAUAAGCUUGCGAUAUGUUAUGUUAUAUGCGAUGUUUGCAUGAUUUCAUUGAUUGUAUUAACUGCAGGCUUUUAUGGCGAGGAUGGAUUGUAUGUGAUAGAGAGGUAUAAAAGGAUCCUGUAUGUCAUGGAGAAGGGUGAGUGAAUGCGGUGUAAAGAACGUUGAAUCUGAGAAUAGUAAGCAAAGGAUGAUGUAUAAGGAAUAGUGAGAGGAAAGAAGAGAAGUUAUAGUGUGUGAGAAAAAUUAGGAAUGAGAAAGGCUAUGUCAGAGCCAUAGUGCCAUAAAAUCAGGACACUGGUGGGAGGGAUUGGUCCAGUGAGAGUUUGCAUCCAUGGCUCUUCCCCAAAAGGAGUAGACAUGUCUGGCAAAGGGUGGAUCGGCACACUCUAGAGGCAGGUAAGCCUGGCAUGAAUGCACACCCGGAUGCCUGCCAAUCUUUUAAGGCUUGCCCACUGAGGGCAGACGCUACCGGCAGUACAUCUAGUGCCCCUUGCAGGGUCCAAGUGUCCUUAACCUGAUGGACUUGUGCUGAGCUUGUCUGGGUCGAUUCCCUGGUGUCAGGAUUGCAAGACUUGACCAGAAAGUCAGGACUGUCCCACUAGAAUUUGGCUUGUUGAAAGGUAUGUCUGCGCAAGAUUGAUGAGAUGCUGUGUGUUAGAGACACUGAAAAGAUGGUGAUGAGCACCCAGGAUGGAGGCAUUUUAUAGAUGGAGGCAGUUUAAGUUUGGAAUUUCCUUGCAAUUUUGAAUUGCUGAAAAUUCAAACUAUGGGAAUCAUAUAUGUAUGUUGGUCAACUAGAGGAAUCAUGGUCAACAUGAGUUUUUCAAAAGCAGUCACUUGUUGUCCGACAAAACCAUGUACUAUGUAGGAGUAGUCAUCAACAGAAUGUGCACUGGUUAACACUUUUCACAAUUUUUCAAAAAAACGUAACACUAAUAAAUCGCCUCAUUAUGUUUCCAGGAAUGAAUAUGCAACAUACAAUAAAAAAAAAUAUAGAAAAUGAGGGGGGUGGGGUCAAAUCAGACUAGAAUGGACAUCAUUUUUUUGUAGCUCCCAAGUUUUCACCAAGUUUUCACCAAGUUUUCGAAUAAUUCCAGUUACCUUUCUGUACAGUUGUCUGAAAUACCACUGGCAGGCUAUCUGGGAAGAUUUUUACUUUGCAUAGAUAUUUUUAUCAAUGGCUAAAUACCCAUUCAGGGAAUAUGUGGCCUAUGCCCUCUCACAGCCAUAGAAAAGGCAGUUUUUACAUUGCCCCCCUAUGGACAACUCCAGUGGCCAUUCCUCAGAUGUGCGCAGCACUGCCAUUCAGCCUAUCCACGCUAGGCAUGGAGACACUGAAUUUUCCUCUACGAGGAGUUGCUGAUUGGCCAAGCUGGCGUUUAGCUCCGUCCCCCUGUCCAGCCCCCUUGGGAAAGCAUUUGAUUGGCUAGCAAUAAUACAUUCUGAUGAUGUCCGCAAGUAAGCGGAUCGGGGGCGGGCCAGCGCCGGUGGACUUGCGUGACACUGGAAAUAUGUUUUGUUUUUGUUUUUUUAUAACCCCUGGAUGUUGGGCUAAGGUAACAUCCCCAGGACAUACUUUAAAACCAGAGUAAUCUGAAUGUACCUUUACUGGUUAAAUACUUUACUAUUAUUAUUAUUAUUAAUAUUACCUGUUAAGGGGGGGGCAAGACUCCUAAAUGGUGGUUUUAACACUAUAGGGUGAGGAAUACAUGUUUGUGUGCCUGACCUUAUAGUGAUCCUUUGAACUUCAGGAAGUGAUUAUUCUAAUGCAAUAUUAACUUGUCACUUUUUAAAUGUAAAUGCAUUGCUAUUUUUAUUAUCUUUAAUAUGAAACAAAGUGUAACCUACUCUUUAAAAUGAAGUCGUCGUCCCCCCCUGGUCCCCCCUAAAAAAUUUAUUUGUAUAAGUGUAAUAAAAGGCCUACGAAUACCUGCAUAAACAUACAUUCUGCUUACCCUGGAAUAUUUAUUUUGCAGGACACUGCAGGACAAGAGCGAUACAGGACAAUCACCACUGCCUACUACAGGGGGGCCAUGGGCUUCAUCCUAAUGUAUGACAUCACCAACGAGGAGUCAUUCAAUGCUGUGCAGGACUGGUGAGUUCUGUAAAUACUUUGAGAGUUGUCUGCGUAAUAACCCUAAAACGUGGCUAUGCACUCAUAUUUGUAUUUCUUCAGCUUCACAAUUUGUACAUUCUCUCACUCAUCUUACUCUUGUUCUUUUACAUUCUCAUGUUAUCCCUCUUUCAUUUUCUCUAUCUGUAGUUUACAGUUUGUCUUCCUGUAUAGUAACCAUACAGCUACAAUAGUCAGCACUUUGAUAAAAUAGAAAGGUGAACAGCGCUAAAAAUCAGAAAAUGUACAUACGUUUUGUAGAAAUACUGGCCAGCAGAGUAGCUUAAAAAAAAGAGAAACAAAAAUACAAAUAAUGGUACAGUAUGUAUGAACGAUAUAAUUCCACAAGAACAAAGGUGUUAUAUUCACACUCACACUUUGAGGAGCUAUAUCAGCUCGGUGUUAAGAGCCUGGACGGAAUAAUCCCGUCUAUGGAUUUCUUGAGGUUCAAGACCGUUGGUGAAUUUAUAGGUGUAAAUAUUCGUUACAUGAAAAACAAGAGUAAAAUACACCACAUGGUAUAGUACGUAAAUAUAAAAUAUUGUGAAAAAAAAGUGGAUGAUCCUACUUACAUAUACUAGAGCAACGACCUGCUCUAGUUUGGAGAAUUUCAGGUGGAAUAAUCCCCACCUUGGGAUAUAGUGGACCCAGGUAUAGCAGCAAAGCAGUAUUGGAUAGGAAGGAGGAAAAAAGGAGUGACUGGAUAGUUUAAAAAAUAUAUAUACUUUAAUACAUUAAGUGAAAAGUGAAUAAUAAACUAUAAAACCAGUCCUGUAUAAAAGUCCAAAAUUCUUCCUCACUUGACGCGUUUCGCCGAAGCUUUCUCAAAAUUUCUCAAAAUUCACUUUUGAGAAAGCUUCGGCGAAACGCGUCAAGUGAGGAAGAAUUUUGGACUUUUAUACAGGACUGGUUUUAUAGUUUAUUAUUCACUUUUCACUUAAUGUAUUAAAGUAUAUAUAUUUUUUAAACUAUCCAGUCACUCCUUUUGUCCUCCUUCCUAUCCAAUACUGCUUUGCUGCUAUACCUGGGUCCACUAUAUCCCAAGGUGGGGAUUAUUCCACCUGAAAUUCUCCAAACUAGAGCAGGUCGUUGCUCUAGUAUAUGUAAGUAGGAUCAUCCACUUUUUUUUCACAAUAUUUUAUAUUUACGUACUAUACCAUGUGGUGUAUUUUACUCUUGUUUUUCAUGUAACGAAUAUUUACACCUAUAAAUUCACCAACGGUCUUGAACCUCAAGAAAUCCAUAGACGGGAUUAUUCCGUCCAGGCUCUUAACACCGAGCUGAUAUAGCUCCUCAAAGUGUGAGUGUGAAUAUAACACCUUUGUUCUUGUGGAAUUAUAUCGUUCAUACAUACUGUACCAUUAUUUGUAUUUUUGUUUCUUUUUUUUUUAAGCUACUCUGCUGGCCAGUAUUUCUACAAAACGUAUGUACAUUUUCUGAUUUUUAGCGCUGUUCACCUUUCUAUUUUAUCUGUCCAUUUAUCACAAGGUAGAGGAACACCUUGUUGGUGAACUGCUGCUCACCCCUGAGAAGAGAGCGCUUAUUAUUCUUUUGCAUAGUCAGCACUUUGAGUCUAUGCUAAGGGCAGUUAACCUUUUGGUAGUGAUAUGCCAAAGUAAAACUUUAAUAUCCCUAAGUGAGCCAGCCCUAUUUUUUUUAUUCAAGUAAGAUUUAUGUAUGUUGAAGAAUUCUGCUUGUGUUAUAUACUGGUGCGGAAGAUGCUUUGUAUAUUGUGUGUGUGUUAUGUAUGUGGGUUGUCUGUGGUGUUUAUAUAUGGGGUGUGUGUUUAUGGUAUUUGUGUGUGCUUGUAGCAUUUUGUGUCUGAAUUAUGAAUGCGAGCUGUUUGUGGAAUUGUGUGCCUGUUUGUGUGUGUGUUGGGGCUGCCUGUUGAGUUAUGCGUGUGGGCCCUUUUUGUGAUAUUUAUGUAUGUGCUCUCUGUGAUAUUUGUGUGUGUAUGUGGACUGUUCAUGGUAUUUGUGGUUGUGUGCAAGUAUGUUGACAGCCUGAUGUUUAAAGUAUGUGUGCAGGCUGUUUCUGGUAUGUAUGUCUGUGGUUUGUGUGUACUGUUUGUGUGUGUGUGUGUGUGUGUGUGUACUGUUAUGUGAGUUGCAGGUAGCAUUUUUGUUUGGUGUGGAAUAUCUGUGGUGUUGUAUGUGUAUGCAGGCUGUUUGAGGUAAAGUAUGUGUGUCUAGGGUUUUGUCUGUGUGGGUGUGUGUUCUGUCAAUGAUGUUAUAGUUGUUCCUUAUAGUAUUUUGUGUGUGUACAAGGGACAAUCUUUGGUGUUAUGUACUUAAGCAAUAUGUAGUAUUGUGUGUGGACUGUCUGUGAGGUUAAGUGUGUGAGGAUUGCUUGUAAAAUGUAGGUGUGUGUGGUGGGCUGUGUGUGUAUAUGUGGGCUGUUUGUGGGUUUCUUUAUGUGUGGGCAGUCUGUAGUGUUGUGUGUGUAUAUUGUGUUUUGUGCAUUUCUCACUUUGAAAAUAUUAUAUGAAUAACAACAACCUAAACAAAUUCUGGCACUAACCCCAAGAGUGAUUCUAAUCCUGAUUUUAGCCAUAAUACUGAUUCUAGCUCAGGAAGCCUAGUCUGUGAGAGCCAAUUACAAAGUAAAAGCAGACACCCUGCUUUAUUAAUGUAAUGAUAUGUGGGCCAGAGAGUAGGGAAACAAACUACUGUUGAUUGUGGCCGUACUUACUAUGACAUAUUGUGUAAAGAAAAAACUGUACCCAACUAUUGGUGUUCUGUUAAAAGCCACAGAUACAUGUAGCCAAGAUGCACAAAAUCUGGGUUCCUGUUUAUAUGUUCGAACCCUUUAGUAACAAUGGCAUACCAGUGGCUGUAGUUGAUAGUGGAACAGUUUCCAACUGCUACAAAAUGCUUCCAGCCCUGGGUUCUGUGGGUGAAUUGUUUUUGAAUCCUUCUGCUCCAAUAUACUUUUCUCACAUCUCUAAUAUGUUUGGUUCAGUUGAAACCUAAUGUUCUAUGUUAUUUAGCUGUAAAUGCUCUUAUUGGAUUUGGCCAUAGACACCGUUGUUACAAAUAUAGAGCGGGUCAGAUUCCACAGUGCCAAAAAUGGUCCAUCUUUGCAAAGUAUAAAGAGAAUGAAUGACCUCUACAUAGUGCAAUCAGAAGUACAUAUGAACAUAUCACCCACCUUUUUAUUUUUUCUAAAUUACAGCAUCCCAUUUCCCAUGAUACCAGUUAAUUUCUAUACAUGUCAUUCUUGCAUUUUAUAAUUUAUUUUCCAGGUCUUUUACUGUUGCUGAAAAUAUUGAUCAUGUUUCAUGUUCUGCAUUCACACUGCGUAUGCCAUAUAGCACUUUUAUAACUAAUAACCUCUCUAAAUAAAUUAACAGGAAAUGUAAGUUCUGACUAGAUACCCAUCAUGCUUGACAUAAAAAUCUUGUCAAUAUGGUGCACAGUGACAAUGGUGUAAAAAACCCAAAAUUGUAUAGAAUGAAAAACAACAUCAAGUUUUAUGGAUGUCACAUAUAGGGCUGAGAUUGUGAAUGACACUUGAUUAUAAUGGCUUCCGAAAAUUAGCAUUUUAGAUUCAGGGGGGAGCGUCAAUUAACAGAUGGUCCACUAAGUGAUGUUCCUUCAAGAAACAAGAAAGAUAAUACUGCAGAUUGUCUGUGAAAUAUGUGCAAUCUCCCAGAAAGAUGUUUCUCAUACAUGCAAAAAAAAUGUGCACUGAAUUCUAUUUUGCCAACCCAGAACUCUAGUUCCAGGCUGACUAGUGACACUGCCAGAGGUAGAGUCACACCUCCAGUAACAAAGGGGUUAAACACGGUAUGUGCAACCUUUCAUAGCGAAAUGCUGCAUGCACAGACUCCAGGCAUCACGUCUGAAUGUUAAUUCAGUGCACAUUUCUUUCACAGAGUUGCAUUCAUUGGCUGAAAGCAGUCAGCUAAAAAAUUUGGCCAAUGAGUGAGCAGCAGCACUGGCAUCUGGCUUAAACGUCACUGCAGAAGGCCAAUGUUGUUAACCUUAACUUGCUUGAGAAGAGACCAGACACCCAGCAGAUACCCAUGUAAGAGGGAAACUGUUUGUUUGUAAAACAGUUUGCCCCAUUACUGGAGAAUGAUGGCAGGGUAUUCCAACCACCAUAACUACUACAGCCAGCUGUAAUGGUUAUGAUUGUUGAAGUAACCCUCUAAAGACGGGCCUUUCCUAUAGGCAAAAACCGCUUUAAAUUUAAGGUGCUUUCAUGCCCUUGUUUUUAGCAUAAUGAAGAUAUAUUUUUUAUUAGUACCUCUUUUCCCAAAUGUAUCCAGUUCUUGACUGUUGGCUGACCCAAGCCAUCGUUCAACUUGCACACUAUCAUAAGCCAUUCUGCUCAGGGAGUGAAUCCCAUGAUUUUUAUUAACAAUGCGUGCAACUUAUUACUUUUAUAAGAAUUACGAUUUCUCUUGAAAUCUUCACUUUUAUAAAAUAAGACCAAGGGGUCAGUCAUUUUUCACAUAAAGCACUUCAGCAAGGUGGAGCACUUUAUAGAUUUGGAGUGUAAGAAAUCAUUAAAUUAAUUCAUCAAAAAAAAAAAAAAAAUAACACCAAAACAAUCUGUCAACAUAAUUCAGUUGGGGUUUUAUUUAUUAAUUGAACCAGAAUCAACAUGCAUUCUUAAACACUAAAUGAUGUAGUCUACGUGUAAAACAAAUUUUGUCUGUAAUUUAUAACUUUCACUGUAAUUAAUUACACAGGUCAACUCAAAUCAAAACAUAUUCUUGGGAUAAUGCACAAGUUUUACUUGUUGGAAACAAAUGUGACAUGGAAGAUGAGAGGGUGGUGUCUUCUGAGCGAGGAAGGCAACUGGCAGAACACCUGGGUAAGUUGCACUGUUUUAGGCAAUGCCCCAAGUUUUCAUGGCCAACUAUUCAUUCAACUGAUCCUUUGUGUGCACAUGACAUAAUAUGAAUGUCACUGCAACAUUCUGUAUUGAAAACAGUGAUAUUCAAAGUAAUGUGUGUUUUAACUACAAUAAAUGUGUUUAGAAAGCAGUCUUUGUUAAUAAGCUAGCUCCUUACAUUGUCAGUUGUUAGACACUUAUCAUUUCUCAUAACAGCCCUGCUCCUGAUCAUACUUCUCAAGCCCCUCAAAUUAAAAUCCAUUAUUUGUCCAUUUGAAACAUUGUGUAUUCAUUGCUGAAGGACAAACUGGUAGCCAAAGUGAGUACAGAAUGCAUUCAUAUUUGACUCAUUACACGUUGUAGAGAGAAACUACACCAAUUGUAAGAAGGUGCUUGUUUGUAAGAAACUAUAUAUUCUGUGAGAUUCAUUUUAAUGGGGUAUAGAUGUAACAUGUGAUGCAGGAGUAAUAUAAAGGGGCAUUGUGUGCUUCCAUGAUCCCAAUACAUGCCAUUAGGUAAUGGCUUCAAUGACAAUCAAAGUGUAUCACUUGUAUCACUUUGAGGCAGCAGUCUAAUUAAAAUGUUUUUGCUCUGAAUUAGACAGUUGCUUCACUCUGCAUGCUGAUAAAAAAGCAGAUAAAUGUUUUUUUUCUUCUUUUUAUAUUUACCUGCUUCUUUUUUUUUUUUUUAAUGCUUUCCACACCCACUCCGGAGGGGUGGGUUGGGGGCACUGAUCUAACCAAUCAGUGUCCUAAUCCUAGGAAUGAUGGAAAAGUACAUUGAGCAUGCCUGCCAGAUUUACACAUGUGCAGUUGGUAGAUUUAUACAGCUUGCAACAUCGUGACAGGGGGAGAUGAUAUGGAUGCAGAGCAAACUCCAGUGUCAGGUUUCUCUUUCCUGCUGCUGCCCAAUGAUGGCCUGUUUCUGUCAUUAGUGGGCUAAUCUGAAACUGAGAUGGGUGGCUAAGAGGGGUGGUGGUGGGGGGGGAAUGGGUGAAGAAACUCCUGUAGCUGAGGAGUGUACCCAACAGUGCAAUCUGACCAAGUUUCUAAAUGUUUAUUACAUGCUUUUCAAAGUUUUUCUUUCUUUAUACCAAUUUGUAUAUUUGUUUAGGUGCUUGAUGGUUUAAAAUAAAAUUGUCAAGUAGUGCGUGUUCCUUUAAAAUUGACCUAUAAUCCAUGUAGGGAACAUAUAAACCCACUAAUUUCUAUAAACCUUGCUUGCACAAUAGCUCUGUAUACGUCUUACAAUGUAUUCGAAUAGUGCAUACCUGGCAAUGUAUCUUCCAUUCAGGAUCCUUUAUAACUUUGUGGGGCCUUUUAGCUUUCUGUUCAUGUUUGCUUAAAUUUGUUAUCAGUUGGUUAUUUCAUCUACGUGAAGCCAACAUUCUGCAGCACUGUACAUUUUCUAAAUAAAAAUAAUGCAACAUUGGAUGCAGUCAUACUUAUGAGAUUGCAAUCUACUCACAUACUGAUUCUAAGAUGAGAUACCUUCAUUCCUUUCCUCAUGUUGUAUUAAGUUUAGUGAUUGGCUGACAUGCUCAGCCAAUAAAUGGCUUUACAAUCUGGAUGCAAUUGAUAGGUAUUGCAGAAUGGAAUUUUGCAAUAGAUGAGCAGAUGACCAGACCUCUGGUGCCUCAAAGACAUCCAGUUUUGGUCAAAACAACCAAAAAAACUUUGACCACGAAGCAGGAAAUUACGUUUACAGACUGAUCGCACUAUAAACACUACAUCAACAUAUAGGAGUUUGGUAACUUGACUUUUAAACAAUCCUUGCGUUUGUUUAAAUGUAAUAAGCUUUUAAAACACAGAAGUGAAGUCUUGAUGACAUUUGUAUUUUAAAACACAUUAAAGAAUUACACCCAGGACAAAAGACAUUUCUUAGCGAUGCCUCCGUUCUUCUUGUGCCUAACUCCUCCUCCUCCUUUACUUUGCAGGUUUUGAAUUCUUCGAAGCCAGUGCCAAAGACAACAUCAACGUGAAGCAGACUUUUGAGCGUUUGGUGGACAUCAUUUGUGAAAAGAUGUCAGAAAGCUUGGACACAGCUGACCCAGCAGUCACUGGAGCUAAACAAGGACCCCAACUCACUGACCAGCAGGCCCCACCACACCAGGACUGUGCCUGCUAGAGAAAGCCACCUCCCCUCAUAAACACACACACAGUUCCACGUCCAUAUCCCUACCUCCCGUAGAGUGGCGACUUCACUGACCUUGAAUCCUGCAUAUCGUCUGGAGAUGACUCUUUAUCUGUUACAACCUUUUUAGUUAGACUAUAUGUAGCAAAGAAAGAGUUAAUAUUGAGUGGUUGGAAAAAAAAUUAUUUAAAAAAAAAAAUAUUAUAUACAUAUAAAUUAUAUAUCUAUAAGUAUGUAUACGUAAGAGAGAGUUACAGCACUGAGUGGGUACACCAGCAGGGUCAAUCACUUAUCUGUGAAUUGUCAAGAAUUCACUAGGAGCCUUGUGAAUUCCCAUCAGUUCAUGGCUUAGUGGAUAUCCCUGUAGAGAAAUGAUUGAAGAAAUUCCUACUUUUAAUAUUCAAGUUUUUCUUUUUUUUUUGAGAGUGGCUUGACUUUGUUUUAUAUUUUAAAGUGUGUUCGUAUAUUGUCAAGCCCUCUGUGAAUGGAGAUUCCCUGUACAAAGCAAAAUCAGAAUUAAGUUUUGGAUAUUGCACCCUGUGUUUUAGUGUAUACGUUAUGACAAUAGAAGGGGUGCAGGAAGGCUAUAAUGUGCUGACUUUAUUGUCAGAGCAUUUGGAAUCACACGUAGCAAUGGAAAAGUCUGUUCAAGGAUAAAGUAUGCAUGUUAUUUAUGAUCUGGCGCAUCCUCCGCUGUGUGCAUAUUUGUGCAUAGGUAUAUACUAUAUAUUAAUGUUGGUCAAAGAAACUGUGUCGUUUGUAACAACUGCAAGUAUCUCUUGUUCAAUGGCAAAAAUUACCAGAUCUACACAUAUAUUUAUAUUUUUUACAGAGCCUUGCAAUGUAAUAUGUUGAACAAGGUAUUCUUUGGAAUACACAGGUGACUUUGUACUGUAGUGGAUUUUUUUCAAACAUUUCUAUAAUCUACCCACCAGAAUGCCUGUAACUUUGUCCGCAUGAUAAUGAAUGUUCUAUAAAUCCACACAAAACUGAUUUCUGUGUGUGUGCGUGUGCGUGUGUGUGUUAAAACACUACCAUAUUGUAACUCUUUCACCACUUUUUUGUGUUCAGAUUAUUUAUAUAUAUAUUUUAUUAUACUUUGUUUUCUUGUGUCUGAAUCUGCGAUCCGUAUGUGAGACGUUAUCAUUCUAGUUUAAUGGAGUGCAGUUCCAGUUUCCGGCCACAAGAGGGCAACCGCUUGCCUGUUUAUAGAGAAGUUCAGUGGCCAGUAAUCCGUCAUUUUAAUGUUCCACCAUUAGGCGGUGAUAGAAUCUUAUCCUUUAAAUAUUCUAAUUCUACAGUAUAUUAUUUUUGAUCUAAAGUAUUUAGUUAGUCAUAUAAAAAUAUAGCAAAUUGUAUGUUGAAUAUCAUAUGCUUUUUAAAACUGCAUUGAAUAGAGUGCUGUGAAUUUCCCCUGCAAUUUUUGUCAACGUAGAUAGAAUAAAACAAGUAAAAAUAGGAAUCCUUUUGUUUUAAUAAUUGUCUUUAUAUAAACUGCCAGCUCAAAAAAAAAUAAUAAUAAAAAAAAAAAAAAAUCUCUUUAAAGGUGCAACUUAUCUUGUGUACGUGUAGAAACAUAGACUUUGAUGAUGGCAGAGGAAAAUCAAAUGGCAAACCUACCUUGACCAUUCGUUAUUCCGGCUGCUACAUUAAAUCCAUGGCAUUUCUAUGUUUUAAAUAUAGCCUUCUAAAGCAGUCUUUACUAUAUCUAUUCUGUGUGCUGUUUUCAAUGGGCAUGCACUAGUAUCUAGACACUACACAUCCCAGUAUUUCUGCAUCUUAAAUAGACUUGUUACAGUGGGUACGUAAAGAGAUUUAAAUUUAAAAAAAAUAAAAAUAUGUAAUGGUGUUUUAUGCAAAAAAAAUUCUUGUAAUUCUUUUUAUUUAAAUUUUUCAGAAACUCUUCCAUCAUAUAAAUACUUCAAUUAAAGUUGUUUUGCCCCUCAGAUGGUUUAAGAUUUGACUUUUUUUGACUUUUUGUUAAAAAAAACAAAACUAUUUGUUGAAAUAUACAGAUAUCUAAAAACAUAGGGGGCAUGUACAUCACUGGAAUUUGUAUAACCAUAAUCCACGAACAUCCUAAAUUGAAGUGAACUUUUUUUUUUUUUACAUGUUAAUUACCAGGGAAAGGAGAGUCGUGUUAGAGUAUGGAGAAGGAAAAAGACCAAUUUUUUUGAAACAUAGCAACUUUUUAUCACUGUUUAGUAAAUUUCUUCUACAUGCCCUCUUAGUGUAUUCAUAAGCACAAGCUGGAACAAAUGUAUUUAAAACUUGGGAGUCAGACAAUGCUGGAAUGUGUUGAAAGUAAUACAUUCGUUAAAUUAAGGCUAAAUAUGUGUGUGUGUAACAUAUAUACAUAUUAAAUCAUAAAUACAUAUCUGUCUAAUGUGUUAGUGGACUUCUUGUUGUAAAGGAACACGUUUAAUUCACUGGCACAUCCAGAGAGGUCAGUGUUAAACCCAAAAUGUUGGGUGAUGUUUGAAGACUUUUAAAGGAGUAGCUAUUUGCCUCUUGUGUUAUUAACACUCUAAACGUAUUAAGUUCCAAACUAAGUAAAUUUUUCAUAGUUUGUGUAUGAAUUGAACUUGGACAAAG